AUGAUGGCUUUGGAAAUUCAAAAAUCCCAGGCUCUUAGUGUCACCUAUCACUCUGAUGGUAAUUAUCAGGAAGAACUAGGAGAAAAGAUGCAUGGUUCCAGGUCUCAGAGUUUACCAGUCUUAAAUGGUUUCUGUAAAACAUCUUCUCAAGGAAUUGCAUCAAAAGUGGUGGACACAACACGUUCAACUGCAGUUUUGGCACAAACUAGUUUUCAAGGAGUACCUGAUCUGAGAGAUGGCCUGGCCCGAGACGUAUCAUAUGAAAGUAAUACACUUUCCUCUAGAACAGUAUUUUCUUUGACAACACCUAGCUGUAAAGGUAGUGGAAAUCCUGAAAAGACAGAACCUAAUAGAAGCACGAGCAAAAGAAAAGGAGUGUCUCGGUCAACAACAUUGUCUACAAUAAGAAGUAGUAAAGUUUUUGGAAUAGCACUGACCGACUCGCGAUGUUUUCUGGUUUGUAUGUGCUUAUUGACAUUCAUUCAAUCCUUGAUGGUCUCUGGUUAUUUGAGCAGUGUGAUUACCACUAUUGAAAGGAGGUAUAGUUUGAAGAGUUCAGAAUCUGGACUUUUGGUGAGUUGUUUUGACAUUGGAAGCCUUUUGGUGGUGGUUUUUAUCAGUUAUUUUGGUGGACGAGGGCGGAGACCUCGAUGGCUUGCUGUAGGAGGGUUGUUCAUUGCUGUUGGAGCUGCACUGUUUUCUUUACCUCACUUUAUUUCGCCACCAUAUCAAAUUCAAGAGUUGAACUCCUCCAUUGCGAAUGAAGGGUUGUGCGUGGAUAGCAACAGUACCAAAAAUUCCUUAGAUUCAUGUCCAGGGGAAUCAGGUGGGAAGGAUCACUCCCUGUAUGUUGCUUUAUUCGUGUGUGCCCAAAUUCUUAUUGGCAUGGGUUCCACACCUAUCUACACUCUCGGACCGACCUACUUAGAUGACAACGUCAAGAAGGAAAAUGCAUCACUCUAUCUUGGUAAGAGAGGUCAAGAAUAUUUGGUUUGUGUUGUCAUGUCAGUAUUAAAACCAUUGCUUAUGGCAGGGCUCAAAAUUUCCAAUCGCCCACUAGCCUUUGCAUGUGCAAAUUAAGCCCUACUAGGUAGAAAUUCAACCCUGGUGAGUGUCCCAUGGCCCCUAAAGACUUACAUUGUUGAGUAACUUUAAAGUGACACUCAGUUGUCCAAAUACAAAAGCAUAAAUAAAUUACUAUUUAGUAAAUAUACCACCAAUGAAAACAUGUAAUCAUUUAAUUUCAUAUUUUUAUUGGAGGUACAUGUAAAUACAGCUUGCAAAAGCUGUAUAUCUCUUCUCUGCAGCCUUUGUAAGCCAUCCCCUUCUUCCCCAGCCCAGACUUUCUGUGACUGUCCAAUCACAGACUUCCCAAUGUAGCUCACUGAGAGGUCUUUGCAAGGCAGGUGCUCUCGUCAGUUGCCUGCCUCUUGAGGUUAGCUCCACUGAACUGAACUGAAGAAACCAGGAAGUAACAGGACUUGUCUGAUUGACAUCUAGGAGGUGUAAUAAGGUUAAUUUAUAAGUCUGCAUAUUUCUAUUUUAAAUCUGCACUUUUGGAACAAUGAAAAAACAAGGACACACUCUUAACACAUAAAGCACUUCAAAAAGCUAAAUUGGUCCUUUAAGAUCUUUCUAGUAGUUUAGGGUUUCCACAGAAAUGUUACUGACGUUUACUGUAGCUCCUCCUAGUAAAUAUUACCAACAGUUAUGCAUCUUGCAUUCUUGUUCUUCAGUCUUCUGGAUGCACAGUGUAAAAGUGUUUUUAUAAUGUUUAUGAUUUAUUUUCAAAUUCAUGUUUUUUUUGGUAAUACAUAUUAUAAGAUUGUGUGCCUCCUCUUUCCUUUUGUGUAUAAAACCUGUCCAUUAAAGGAACCCAGACACCUAAAGCACUUUAUUUUACUGUGAAAGUAUGUACUGAGAAGAGUGUGUCACCUUGUUUUAAUUUUACAAAAAGUUCAGAUUUUAAUAUAAAUUGGCACUUCUAUAAAUGAACAGUGUCACAUUGGGGGUAUAAGUAAAAAAUAAAUAGCCUAGCUACCAAUCAGACAACUGCUCCUGUUACUUCCUGGUUUGGUUUGCUCAGUGGAGCUAAACUCAACAGGCAGGCAAUUGCUCAGAGCACCUUCUCAAGACUUCUCAUUGAGCUGCAUUGGGUAGACUGUGAGUUGAAGACAAAGAAAAUCUGGGCUGGUUUAGAAGGAGAGAACUUGCAAAGGCUGCAGACCAGGGCUAUUUAUUUUUUACUUAUACCCCCAAUUAAAAUAAUACAUAAUUAAAUGCAGGCGUGUUUUCAUUGGGCUAUAUCUGCAAAAUAGUGAUUUCGUUAUUAUUUCUUUCUUUUGGGCAGUGGAGUGUCCCUUUAAGCAUAAGCACAAACUGUUAGGGUUAUUCAAUAAAGAUAGAAAUACUUAGAAUUCAAAGUGAACUGAAAGUUUGAAUUUCUAAGUUAAAACAAAACAGCUAAACUAAAAACAGAAUAUUCUCCAUUUUGGUUAUUUUAGCAAAAUUUUGAAAUUCCUAUUGAAUUCCCAACAAUUCUUACUUAAGUUAAUAGCCCUGUACUAUUUUUAAAAAGCAACUACAGUGAAAUGAUAAUUUUCCUAUACUUUGUAGCAUGUAUUCAUUUCUUUUAAACUAAUUCAUCAUUACUAAAGAUAUUUAUUUUAUCAUCAUAGUUCCCCUUAAAAAUGCAACCCACUCCGAUUUAAAUUUGUUUGUUUGUGUUCUUCUUGUUUCUCUCUGUACAGUUUUUUUGGAAACCUCUUCUAAAUUCCUAUGUUUGAAAAAACAGUUUCUACAAAAUGAUAAUUCAUACGCAGUUCAUUGUUGCACUUUACAACUAGGAUAGGCAUGUGCCUAAAGGGACUGUAUCAAAGCCAUCUCAACAAAUGUGUUCCUUACUGACUUCCAUAAAAACACCGGCAUUAUUUUUUAAAAAUUAAUAUUUGUCAGAUUUGUUUAGGGUUUUUUGAUUUUUAGAGAAUAUCUGUGUUAUUCCACAAAAGGUAAAGGAAUAUAUAUUUUUUUUAAAUAUGAACAUCCAUGUGCAUUAUGUACACCCAGCAGCAAUCCUUUUAUUCUACUGCAUGGGGUUAAUCUUUUGACAUUGUAGUGUUCCUUUAUCAGUAUGUUGAAUGGUGUGUCUGACAUGGGCUGUCAGGCCACUUUGACAAUGCUUUAUAGAGUGAUGGAUCAGUAGCAUGGAUUUCUGUAUAGUAACAAGCUCUUCAGAUAUAUUCCCAAUUAUAUCACAACUGACCUCGAUUCCUUUCCCAGAACGUUAGCCACCUUUUCUACCCCAAUGAGAUGCAAAAUUAUUUGUAUCAGAAAUGUAUGAUCAUAUCAGUGGUUCCCCAUAGGCAUUUUUCAGCAAAAUAAAAAAAGCUUAUUAUUUUAAAUGCACACAGUCACGGAACUGUAAAAUUGAGACUAAAAUAGGCAGAUUGGAUAAACUCUUCAAAUGUAUUUCAGAUCUUAUUUUGGCCUCUGGUCUCCUGGGUCAAAUUACAAUAAUCCUUCUAUUAAUAAUUCAAAUAAUUAAUUCCUAUCAGUUUAUAUUGAAAUGAACAGUUAUUCCAAAAAUCUGUGUACUAUGCGUCCUGUUUAUAUAUCAUACUCUUUGGAUGUCUGCACUUGUUUACAAAGAGCCAGUAAAAGUAGAUGUGUCUGUGAGUGUGCAUUGAGCAAGGUUUAUUGUUAGUACUGCAUCAUGAAUACCGUAUUUAUCGGCGUAUAACACGCACCGGCGUAUAACACGCACCUCAUUUUAAGAGGGAAAUUUCAGGGAAAAAAAACUUAAAGGACCACAUACUCGUUUUCCUGGCACUAUAGUGCCCUGAGGGUGCCCCCACCCUCCGGGACCCCCUCCCGCCGGGCUCUGGAGAGAGGAAGGGGUUAAACACUUACCUUUCUCCAGCGCCCGGCAGGGAGCUGUACUCCUCCUCUCCUCCUUGCUCGCGACGUCAUCGGCAGGAGCCGCGCGCUCAUUCAGCCGGUCGCAUAGGAAAGCAUUUACAAUGCUUUCCUAUGGACGCUUGCAUGCUCUCACUGUGAUUUUCACAGUGAGAAGCACGCAAGCGCCUUUAGCGGCUGUCAAUGAGACAGCCACUAGAGGCUCUGGAGGCUGGAUUAACCCUCUCUCUGAAACUGCUAUGUUUAUAAAAAAAAGGGUUAAUCCUAGAGGGAUUAUAAAGUGGUCUGGGUGCCUAGAGUGGUCUUAAAUUUCAAAUAAAGAACUUAUUUUCCCCUUCCCCCUCUUACCCCUUCUUACUCCCCCUCCCCCUCUUCUUACCCCCCUUUCUUACUCCCCUCCCUUCUUACUCCCCUCUUCUUACCCCUUUCUUACUCCCCCCCCUCCCCUCUUCUUGCUUCCCCCUCCCCUCUUACCCCUUUCUUACUCCCCCCCUCCCCUCUUCUUACCCCCUCCCCUCUUCUUACCCCCCCUCCCCUUUCUUACUCCCCCUCUUCUGCCUCCCACUCCCCUUUCUUACUCCCCCCCCUCUUCUCCCCCCUCCCCCCCUCUUACCACCCCUCCUUCUCCCUGCCCCCUCUCCCUCCCUCCUCUUUUAUUCCCCCUCUCUUGUUCCCCUCCCCCCCUCCCUUCUUACCCCCCUCCCCUCUAUUCACCCCCUUCUUACCCCCCUCCCCUGUAGCGUGGCCGAGCCGCUCUGCUGUCCGCGGUGGCCGGCCGGAGUGAUAGGAAGGUGCACGCUCAGUGUGCACCUUCCUGUCAGUCCGACCGGGUACAGGAAACAGAAACUCCUGUUCUGCGCGGAACAGGAGUUUCUGUUUCCUGUACCCGGUCGGACUGACAGGAAGGUGCACACUGAGCAUGCACCUUCCUAUCACUCUGGCCGGCCACCGCGGACAGCAGUGGGCUCCAACUGCAGCCGCCUGAGCGCUCUUGACAGAGCGCUCAGGCGGCUGCAGUAUUUAAAGGGCCGGCGUAUAACACGCACCCAUAAUUUCUCCCCUAUUUUCAGGGAGAAAAAGUGCGUGUUAUACGCCGAUAAAUACGGUAAAUCAAUCUGUGGUCCUUUAUAUGAGGAUGGAUCAAAUUGUAUAAGGAAAUAAAAAAUAUCUAUACAAUUUGCCCAGGUUUUGCCUGUAUCCCUAUCCGAUGAGAACUGCUAAAUGCCUACAUUUUGAAUCAUUUGUGUUUCUUGGUGUCUGGGCUGGGGCCCAUUGAUGACGAUAUCGACCGUUUUUCUCUGGAUCUAGAAAGAAACUAGCUGUACUUUAGUGAUGAUGCCUAUGUGAUUAAAAAGUGGCUCUUAAGAUUGUUUUUAUCUCUGCUUUUUAGCAGAGACAGGCCUAAAAUUUUGAACAUGGUCGUGGGACUGGUCUGAUAGGCACAUGGAAAGGGAAACUGCUUGUUUGAGGACACAGCAGCGAUGCCAGACCUUAUCUAUCCUAUCAUGCUUUUUUAAAAUAAGGUUAAAAGGACACUAUAGGCAGCCAGACCACGUUAUCUCAUCGAAGUGGUCUGAGUGCAGUGUCCCUAUCCCCUUAAUCCUGCAAUUGAAAACAUUGUAGUUUUAGAGAAACUGAAAUGUUUACAUUGCAGGGUUAGGAUAGCUACUAAAGGCACAUCCUGGCCUUUCACAGAGGUUAACUCUGUGAUACGACACUGGACGUCCUCACAUUUUGCAUGAGGACGUUCAGUGUCUUAAAAGUCUCCAUAUCAAAGCAUUGAUUCAAUGCUUUCCUUCAUGGAAGGACUAAUGCGCCACUCGCUGCGCAUGCGCAUUAGAUCCCCCCUCAUUUUUGACAUAGGAGGAGGCAAAGAGCAAUCUAGGGAUCUGAGCAUGCUAGGAGGGGCACAGAGUUUUGUAUUCCCAACACUAUAUUUUUCCUUUAAUUUUGUCCUUUUUUUUUUGGUGUUUUCGUGAAAUUUAAAUUUUAAAGCAAAUAUGCAAAAAAGAGUAGGUAAAAUAAAUCAAACACCUCGUGUGUAGGUUUAGAUUUAAUUGACCAUGUUGAAUGAGUCAGGCUUGAACUUUAUUUAACCUCUAACAAAUCCGGUAGCCUAGAAAUCCAGAAGCCCAAGGGUAUUAAGUUGUGUCUUUUGUCUCGUCAGGGUCUCAUCUGUAAAUACCCAGAUCUAUGCGCAAAACAUCAGCAGAUUAGGCUCAAUUUAUAGUAAUUAAUCAUUAUCCUGAUGGCUAGGAUCAGAUGUAGGAAAACAUGUGUACACCUGGCAUGUAUAGGCAAAUUAUUUGUUGAUCUAUCUCCAUCACAGCCAUACAUUUUACAACGUAAAUCAACAUCUAGGAUACAUCAGUCCCUUUAAUAAAAAGGUAAUAUUUAUUUCCAUAUUAUUAAAUUAUUAAUAUUAUCUUCUAUGUGAAGUGAAUAAAUAUAAAAUAAGUGAACACAAACAUAAAAUAGGGUGAAAAGACAUUUUCUUGUGAGCGUAUGCAGUUAAUUUGUUUUUUAAUAAAAACCUAUAAAGGGAUGAUUUAAAAAAAUAUCAUGAGUACUUAAAAUUACACAUUGCGAAUUAACGGAAUAGUGCACUUGUGUGUUUUUCCUUCUCCAGGAGUUCUGUUUUGUCACAAAAAAGCCCUUUGUCUUCAUUUUUCUUAGAUAUCUAAUUUUUCUGGGGUUAUAGCACUGUAUGUAUCACUGGGAUCAAUGCAAUAAGUGGCGCAAGUCCUGUAAUAAAGUUAAGAAUUAUGGCUGCAAUUCAAUGGAGUAUAUUUGGAAUGCUCAGAAUAUCUGUUCACAUUUUUUAGUAUUCCAAAAGCUUAAGUAUUCCCCUACAUCGGUGUCCAACCAUAAGAUACCUACGUAGGUCUCCGUGGAGCCGCUCCGCAUCCUUUGUUGAAAUCAUCAGUCUUAAUGCUCUCAGUCAAUCCAAUGCUUCCUCAUAGGAAAGCAUUGGCAGGCAAGUGCGCAUGAGUGGCAAAAAGCCACGCUGCGUCAAUCAACUCUCUAGAGAGUUAUUUGGGCUAUAACUGAAUUUCAAUUAUUACAGCCAAAGCGACUCUAGUGGCUGUCGGGAAGACAGCCACUAGAGGAAUGUUAGAACUGCGAAGAAAACAUUGCCAUUCCUGUAAAACAGCAAUAUUUUCAGCUGGGGGUUAAAAAGACAGGGGCAUGGCUCCCUGAGAUGGAGUGGCACGUGUACAGUCUUGUUAAAUGCAUUAAAAGUACAAUGUUAGAACAAAACUGCUGUGCCCUAAACAUAUUGAAUUGGAUAUUUGCAGAUAGCAUUGCUAUUUGUGGAUAAAAAAUCCCACCCACACACCCCAAAUAAACAUGUUCUUGGCAGUUCAAACCGGUAAUCAGCUCCUUAUAAUACUUUGUAACAGAGACCCUCCAUUCUUUAUCUAUUACAAGGUAUUGUGGUCAGAACCUGUAGUCCAAGUAUUUCUAAUUAUUGUAAAAUUGUUAUAAAGGGAUUUGAAAAGUGUAGUACUUCAUUAGACCAAAAUAUUUGCACAUUUAAAAUUAACUGAGGAAUCACUUUUGACCCAUUCACCCGUGCUAAGUUGACAGAGAUGCCUGUUUCAGUUCAGUCAUGUUGAACGUGUUAAUGCUGUAUUGAUAAUGUAAACAAUAACGAGCAGUUGAAUCUCCCAUUGUGAUGCCUCCGACUGAGAGAAUGAGCUUAGUGCGUUGGGGAAUCCUUUGUUUGUUGUCAAAUUGCUUUGAAUCUGGUUUGGCAGAACUUAAGGGACUUCAGCUGUAACCUCCUAGCACUAUAACCACUACAAUAAGCUGUAGUGCUUAUGGAGUCAUUAUAAUUCUUUCCCUAUAGCCCAACCCCAUUUUUAGCUCCUGCUUACAGGGAUCCUUCUGUUAGUGUGAUCCUGAUGGACAGUUGACAGUGGAACACAUAUUAACAGAUGCUCACUCCUGAAGCUGUUACGAAUAUGCCUUUAACCUUGCAGACACAGGGAUACAUGCAAAAUAUGAAUCCAAAGGGUUCUGAUUAUUAUCUUAUAAAGCUACAACCAUCAAUAAAAGCCCUUAUAUAAAAAACAAUGGUGGGUGAUAUUAACACAGGGCUUGACAAAUUUGCUUUGAAUCUAGGAGCCAGCUCAAAAAUUUAGGAGCCAGGAUUUUUUAAAUCUUACAAAGCUUUAUUUUUAACAACAAAAAUAUUUGUUAAAAAUUACUCUAGUGUCACCAGGACCGCUACAGCUUAAUGUAGUUCUCCUGGUGUCCAUAGCUUGUCCCUACAAGCUUUUUCAAUGUAAAGACUGCCUUUCCAGAGAAAAAACAGUGUUUACGAUGCUGCCUAGUGACAACUCUAGAUGCAGUCACUCAGAUGGCCACUAAGUGCUUCCUAUCUGAGUGCUGUACAGUGUGCAGCACCUACAUUCUACGUCUCCACACUCUGCAUGGAGGUGCCGAAUGCUCCCAAUAGAGGUGCAUUGAUUCAGUGAAUCUCUAUGAGAAGAUGCUGAUUGGCAUAGAGUUUUGUGACGCAUGUGCAAUAGCUUCCCUAUACUUUCCUAUGAGAAAACAUUGGAUUGGCUAAUAUAAUCAAGCAUGAUAAUCUCAGCCAUAGAGGCUGGGAGACCAGCACAGCAUGGGAAAAAGGUGAGUAAAAACACAUUCCAAUGCGAUUGGAGGGGGGCUGGUUACCUAAACAUACACACUCACUGACAGACACAUACAUACUCUGACAGACAGACACAUAUACCAUGAGACACACACACACAGACAGGCAUACACACAAUUAUUAUAUAUUUUAUUUAAAUUUAAAUCCACCUAGCCUCCCUACCUUUGAGAGAGCUAGAGUGGAUCGGCUUUUCCUGAGGUACAGUGGGCGGGGAGGUGGGGGACAGUGGAGUCGGGCAGUCGGCUGUGCGUCCAGUAGGCAGGCGGCGAGGUAGCUGUGAUAAUUACAAAGAGCCCCUGGAUACAUAAUCAGUUUAGCCAAGUAGUGACAUGGCUCAGCCAAGUAUUAAAGGGACACUAUAGUCACCAAAACAACUUAAAGGACCACUCUAGGCACCCAGACCACUUCAGCUUAAUGAAGUGGUCUGGGUGCCAGGUCCCUCUAGGAUUAACCCUUUUUUUUUUUAUAAACAUAGCAGUUUCAGAGAAACUGCUAUGUUUAUAAAUAGGUUAAUCCAGCCUCUAAAGCCUCUAGUGGCUGUCUCAUUGACAGCCGCUAGAGGCGUUUGCGUGCUUCUCACUGUGAAAAUCACAGUGAGAAGACGCCAGCGUCCAUAGGAAAGCAUUGUAAAUGCUUUCCUAUGAGACUGGCUGAAUGCGCGCGCAGCUCCUGCCGUGCAUGCGCAUUCAGCCGAAGAGGAGGAUCGGAGGAGGAGAGCUCCCCGCCCGGCGCUGGAAAAAAGGUAAGUUUUAACCCUUUCCUCUCCCCAGAGCCCGGCGGGAGUGGGACCCUGAGGGUGGGGGCACCCUCAGGGCACUAUAGUGCCAGGAAAACGAGUAUGUUUUCCUGGCACUAUAGUGGUCCUUUAAGCUUAAUGAAACAAUGUUGGUGUAUUGAUCAUGCCCUUGCAGUCUCAAUGCUCAAUAAUCUGCCAUUUAGGAGUUAAAUCACUUUGUUUAUUAACCCUAGUCACACCACCCUGCAUGUGACUUGCACAGCCUUCCUAAACACUUACUCUAAAGAGUCAUCUAAUGUGUAUCCUUCCCAUAUUGCAAGUUCUAUUUAAUUUAGAUUUUCUUAUCCCCUGCUAUAUUAAUAGCUUGCUAGACCCUGCAAGAAUCUCCUGUAUGUGAUUAAAGUUCAAUUUACAGAGCAAGAGAUACAAUUGUUUAAAGGGACACUAUAGUCAUCAGAACAACUACAGCUUAAUGUAGUUGUUCUGGUGAGUAUAAUAGUUCCCUUCAGGCUUUUUUCAUGCAAACACUGCCUUUUCAGAGAAAAUGCAGUGUUUACAUUACCUCUAGGGACACCUCCAAGUGGCCACUCCUUAGAUGGCCACUGGAGGUUUUUCCUGGGUCAGUGCUGCCGAAAAAGCAGCCCUGACGUUCAGCGUCCUGAAUUUUCCUCAUAGAGAUGCAUUGAUUCAAUGCAUCUCUAUGAGGAGGUCCUGAUUGGACAAAACGGCAUUUGCCCCCCCUGCCGAUUUUAGCCAAUCCAAUGCUUUCCCUAUGAUGAUGUCACAAUGAAGGCGGAGCUGCGCAGCGCUGGAAAUAAGGUGAGUUUUAAACUUUUAUAGGGGUGGGGGCAAGGGGGGGCAAGCCACCUAAAUUGUGGGUUAAACACUAUAGAGUCAGGAAUACAUGUUUGUGUCCCUAAACCUAUAGUGUUCCUUUAAAGUAAAUUACAUCUGAUUGAAAGUGAAACCAUUUUUUUUCAUGCAGGCUGUGUCAAUCAGAGCCAGGGGAGGUGUGCAAGGGUUAUUAAAGGACCACUUUAGGCACCCAGACCACUUCAGCUUAAUGAAGUGGUCUGGGUGCCAGGUCCCUCUAGGAUUAACCCUUUUUUUUAUAAACAUAGCAGUUUCAGAGAAACUGCUAUGUUUAUAAAUGGGUUAAUCCAGCCUCUAAAGCCUCUAGUGGCUGUCUCAUUGACAGCCGCUAGAGGCGUUUGCGUGCUUCUCACUGUGAAAAUCACAGUGAGAAUACGCCAGCGUCCAUAGGAAAGCAUUAUAAAUGCUUUCCUAUGAGACUGGCUGAAUGUGCGCGCAGCUCCUGCCGCGCAUGCGCAUUCAGCCGAAGAGGAGGAUCGGAGGUGUAGAGGAGGAGGAGAGCUCCCCGCCAGGCGCUGUAAAAAAGGUAAGAUUUAACCCUUUCCUCUCCCCAGAGCCCGGCGGGAGGGGGACCCUGAGGGUGGGGGCACCCUCAGGGCACUAUAGUGCCAGGAAAAUGAGUAUGUUUUCCUGGCACUAUAGUGUUCCUUUAAACAGAAACAAAGUGAUUUAACUCCUAAAUGACAGUGAAUUGAGCAGUGAAAAUAGAGAGGCAUGAUCUAUACACUACAAUUGCUUCAUUAAAGGGACACUAUAGUCUCCAGAACAACUACAGCUUAUUGAAUUUGUUCUGGUGUGUAGAAUCAUUACCUUCAGGCUUUUUACUUUAAACACUGUCUUUUCAGAGAAAAUUCAGUUGUUUACAUUACAGCCACCCCACCCCAUGAGGAGAGGCUGAUUGGCCAGGGCUGUGUUCGAAUCAUGCUGGCUCUGCCCCUGAUCUGCCUCUUUGUCAGUCUCAGCCAAUCCUAUGGGGAAGCAUUGUGAUUGGAUUAGGCUACCACUUCUGAUGAUGUCAGCAGACUGCUUAGAGUCUAACAGCAUGCAGAGUUACAGCUUCUUGCUUAAAUACAGUAAGAUUUUGCUAUAUUUAUGGAGGCAUGAGGGGCCCAAGGGGCUAGAUGGUGGUUUUAACACUAUAGUGUCAGGAAUACAUGUUUGUGUUCCUGACCCUAUAGUGAUCCUUUAAGUUAACGUUGUUUUGGUGACAGAUAGUAGUCUUGUUGCCAUCCAGACUGUCCUUGUUUACCAGAGGAACAGCACCUCCAUUGGCCAGUAAAGCACUUAAGAUCUGUUGAUACCCUACACGUCCUGCCAUGUGAGUAACAAAGGAGCUUAAAGCAACACUCCAAUACUGAAGCUGUCCCCUCUUGCUUAUUUUAGAAAAGUGUCAAUAAAACACAUUUUGAAGGGUGGGUGGUCCAUUCUUCAACCAGUUAAUUAAUAUCUACAGGUGUCUUUUGGAGCAUCAUCGCUGGCACUAUGGUGCAUUCUAAAGAAACGACAUGAUAUGACAUUGGCUUAAUGAUAUUGAGAAAACCUAAGAGAUCUGUGUUAUCAGAUCUUCCCGGUCCUUCAUUUUACACCAUCUGAAAAGAACACAAAGAAUCCAAAAAUAAAAAUUAGGCUUACCUAUUGAUGAGUGCUGGCUAUUGAUGUGUGCGGGACAUUUUCUUUUUGGAUUAUUUAUUCAUUCUGGAACCAGAAUCCAUUUUUGCUCCUUCAAGGAGUGUGUGUGUGUGUGUGUGUGUGUAUAUAUAACCAGGAUAUGUAUAUAUCGGUAAUUACUUAUAUAACUCCUAAGUGUCCCUAUUUAGGACAUGUCCCUCUUUUAGGAGCUCCAUAUUGUUGGCGUGUCUGAGUCACAGUAAUAAUAGUCACAGUAACAUGUUUUAACUACAAUAUAUGUGUUUAGAAAUAAGUCUUCGUAAAAAAAGAUAUGCUGUUCUUAUUCUUAGUCACAGUUUAGUUACAUAAAUUGUCACCUAGAAUUUCUAGGAACUUCCCCACCUCUGACCACACCUGCAGUCAGACCUCUAAAAUCAAAGUGUCACUCUUGUCCAUUUGAAAUAUUGGGGGUGGGCGAGGGUGGAGAUGCAGUUAUAACACAGCUGUUGUAUUUGUUUUUUAAAUAUAGCCUUGCCUUUGAGGUAGUAUCUAGAAUAAGCAGCCCAAGCUGAGCUGACAGUCACAUUGAGGUGCUGGGAUUGUCAAGCAAGCUAGAUAUCUUUUAAGGUGACAGGUCCACAUUAAUCAUACAGGUACUACCUGUAGUCUCUGGUCUGUAUGUUACCUUUCAUUUUACAAAUCUAAAUGUCCAUCUGUCCACCUUCCUCUGGGUGGGUAAGGAGUCUAGAAUUUGUAGUCCACAACAACUGUUAUUCCAAGCUACACAAAAUAUUUAACUACGUUCCAUUCCACUUUGCUGCAGCUAUUGAGAAUUUGGACUAGUGUUCUCCAAAACGUGUGUGUGUGUAUGUGUAUGUGUGUGUAUGUGUAUGUAUAUAUAUAUAUAUAUAUAUAUAUAUAUAUAUAUAUAUAUAUAUAAAGAAAAUCACAGUAUAAGCACAUCCAAUCAGAUAAACACAUCAGUGGACAACUAAUGAAACAAUUAAAAUAUUUCUGGAAUUAGAGCAUAAACUCCGUUAUUGUUUAUUAAACAUUAAAAAAAAUCUAUAAAAAGUGUUUUAACCCCUUAACGACGAGUGACGGUCAGGGGAUUGCCAUAACGACGAGUGACGGACCUUGUCUGUCACCCGUUAAAAUUAACCCCGGAUUUCCGCUAUCGCGGCAAUCGCGGGGUUAAUGGUGCUCCGGUCUGCCUCUGUAUUAGAGGUAGACCGGGAGCACCCGAUAGUGCUGCCCAGCACAUGUGCUCGCUCUGACAGCACUGUAGCUUCACGAAAUAGUGCCCAAGACAUAAAAUGGGGGUGUCAUUUUACUCAGAAGACUUAGCUGAGCAUAAUUUGGGGGGUUUGAACUUAGUGGCACAUGUGAAAUAUACAAAAUGCCCAGCAAAAAUGCAAUCCAUGUGUAAAAAACGCACAAAAUUAUUUUUUACCACAUACUUUGGCAUAUAUUGGUGAAAAAAUGGGGCCAUGUUAAGGCACAAUAUGCACCUUAUGAGAUACCUUGGAGUGUCUACUUUUACAAAUGGUAGGCCUUUGAGGGCUUUUUUGAACAGUCAAACUGUUAUAAUACCCCAAAUGGAAGCAUAGGCUCAUUAAAUCCGUCUCUCAAAAUGCUACUGUGAAUACUGAAAAGGACAAGCCUCCUAUAUGGCACUGUAAGUUCACGAAAUAGUGCCAAAGACAUACAAUGGGGUGUCAUUUUACUCAGCAGUUGUAACUGAAAACAAAAUAAAACUUUGUACAGGAAUAGUACACAUGAGAAUUUCUUUGUUAUAAGUUUGUGUGCCAAAAACCAAAAAAAAAACACAAUUUUACUCCAAUACUUAGCAGAGGUUGGCGGUGAAAUGGCUACGUAGAAAGUGUCAAAACAACCUUUGGUAAAUAGCCCGUGAUGUCUACUUUAUAUAAAUAUAUACUUUUGUGUGGCAAUUUUGUUUUCUUUUAUGGCUAUUAAGCUUACAAGACAAACAUACCAAAUUCUAAAAUCGCUCCACAUUAAAAGUUUAUUUUACUCCUUGUGCUUUGUGACCUGUAACUACCAAAAAAAACUUAAAAUCCCAGACACAUUAUAUAUUCUGUAAAUCAGAACAACUAAAUGAAUUUAUUUUUAAUUACUUUUCUUAACCUGCACUAAUUGUGCAUACAUUAUUAUUGCAAAAACUGUAAAAAAAAAACGCCAGAAAUUUUCAUUUUUUUGCAUUUUUCUGUAUUUUUUUUUAAAAUAAUAAAUAAGCAUUUAUAUAUAUAUAUAUAUAUGUCUUACAUCAAAUUAAAGCCCUUUCUGUCCUUUAAAAAAACGAUGUAUAAUAUGUGUCGGUGCAAUAAAUUAGUAAAAUGCAAAUUGCAGUUGAACGCAAACAGCAAAAAAUUUAAAAAAUGCUGUUGUCAUUAAGUGAAAGACAAGCUUCUGAAGCUCUGUCCUUAAGGGGUUAAAGGCUUUCCCCUUCAGUUGUCAUUGUUUACUAAACUAUAAAGUAGACUAUGUUUACUUACUUGCAGUUUAAUUAUUUAUUCAUUUACCCACCUAUGUCAGUGCUAUUGAUAGAUUGUUUUUUUUUUUUGUUAUACAUAACAUAUGUAUGAAGAAAAAAAAUCUUUUAAUUUCAAAAGCAUAUCUUGUGACCUAGCACGCUAAUGGGUUUCGUUUUAUGUGUUGUGUUUGGGAAUAAAUGUUUAUGUCCAACUUUUAACACUAAUUAAUUUAUUCCGUGCAAUGUCGUUUAGCUAUUUCUCAAGGGAUUAUUAUCUCUAUGGAUUUUUAUAUAAACUGUAACCUAGCAACAGUAGUUACUUAUAUGUUCUUAAAUUUAAAUGUAUUAAUAUUUUUCAAGGGCAGCUAUUUAUUUACUCCAAAUUAGUGAUGUUCCCUUAAAUCAGGCUUACCCAAACUCCAGCCCUCCUGAUGUUGCUGAACUACAACUCCCAUGAUUCUCAGCCUAUUUCAUUCAUAGAAUCAUUGGAGUUGUAGUUCAGCAACAUCUGGAGGACCGGAGUUUGGGGAAGCCUGCCUUAAAGUGUUGACCGAGUUUGAUGUGUGUUUGCUUUUAUUAUUUAUAUUAGAAUUUUAAAUAUUCACUCUGUCUUUGAUAUAAAGUAUCUUUUUCAUGUAUUAAAAUGCUGCCAGUUGCAUGCGGUUUAAAUGAGACCAUUCUUUUUUAAAUCUAUUAUUAUAGAUUUUCCCCUUGCAAAUUUUGUACAGCUAUAGGAUUUUGUUACUGAAGUUCAGGAUUCUCUAUUAAUCAUCUGGAAUAAUGUCAGGUGCUCAUAAGAUAAAGGUCAGUGAGGGACAAUGUGAUUUUUUUGUGGUUUACUAAUGACCAGCCUUUAGCCAGUGUGCUGCAGGUGAUCAUUGAAUAGGCGCAUCUCUGUAUUGCAAGAAUCAUUUAAAGGUGCAGUCCUGGCACCAUAACCACUGCAGCCUGCUGCUUAAUUAAAACAAUAUUCAGAUAUGGACCACAUGGAGUACAAACUGCUAUUCCAAAUCUCGCUGCAACAUCCAAAUAAGUCAGCAGAUAAGGAGAGUGUUCUAGCAAGGCUUUUUAAAUUAAUCAACCCCCAUAAACUAUAUGCUGUAUGCCUUUCAAGCCAUGAGAGAUCUUUAUUAAGCGUCUCCCUUUGCCUCAAUGCUGCAAUAUUUUUAGUCUGCUUGGUAGAACACAAGGAUUCCCAGUAAUACUGUAAAGUUGGCAGAUAUAACAUGUCUGUUUUUGUACAGAUGAAGUGCUUACCAGCCUCAGGUAACAUGAUGUGCAUCCCUGAAAUACCUUAUUGAUAAUUAUAUGUUAGGUUUUGAUGCUUAGUGAUGCGACUUGUCUCUGGAGAUACAGGUUGUUGCUGUACUGGUCACACCGUAAACACUUACAACCUAUUGAUGCAAUUCAAUCCUCACAAUAUAGGCAAAUGUUAUAGAAAUAUAUUACAUGAUCUGUGCCAUUGUUUCCCCCUAAUCAAUGGAUACUAAUUAACAGAUCACCUCCAUGCAGUCUACAUGAGCAGCUCAAAAUGUAUAUGUCUUGAUCUGGCUGAGAUUAGUGUGGGCAACACUCCCAAGUGCAACCCGCUGCAUCCUUAACUCUAACUCCUGCUAAUCUCAGGCAACACAAGGACACUGGUGCCUUUACAGUAAAGUCCUCUCCUUAACCCUCACACUAUUCGAACACACUAAACAUUAACCUCUUCAUUACCUUAACAGAACUCAAACAUGCUACACUACAUAUAAACCCCUACAUUAAACUAUCACUAAACAUUAAACACUGUAGUACAUUAUCCCUCCACUAGCACUAAACACUAAAGUACCCUAACACUAGCAGUUAAACCUAACUUUUAUAUAUCAGGUAAUAUACAAAAUACAUAACAUUGAUCUGUGUAUAUUGAUAAAAAAAAAGUUUUGUAGGGGUUCUAAAAGCUUCAUAAUAAACCACAAGACUAAAGCUUGAAUGGGGAAUAAAUCGCCAGAACCCCAAGAUCCUUUGUCUAGUUUGAAGGUAUUCACUAUUGACCCAAGACCUCUCCUCGAGCUAGGAGGUGACCAUGCCUGACUAUUACUCCAGAGUGAAGUGCUCUGGACCCUAUCUGCACUGAAUGAGAAUGCAUAGCUAACGUGCUUUCUAUCUGAUGAAAGCUGUCUUUUGUAGCAGGUAACGAGCCGCCUUUUGUUGCAGGCUUUCUCUAACGAUGAGGCUCUGAAAGGCAGUCAGAAUCAGUUUUAUUUUUAGGUAUUGAGCUGGUAUUAAAAGUUCAACCUUAACAUCAAUAAUACAUAUUCUCUUCCCCCAGUGUUUUGCUAUAAAGAUUACAGCUUGCCGUUACACAGGUAAGACGAUAUUUAUUUAAACAUGAAUUGGUAGAGAGAUAAUGAGAGAGAGUGCAUGACUGUGAGCACAGACUCUGGGAAAUGACGGGGUUCUAGAGAUAUCAUAAAUCACAAACCAGAGAAUUGCGGAUACUUAAGAGUAAACUUGAGAAAUAUAGGCCAAACUUGUUGAACUGGAAAUAUCCAUUAAAGGACCACUAUAGUGCCAGGAAAACAUACUCGUUUCCUGGCACUAUAGUGCCCUGAGGGUGCCCACACCCUCAGGGUCCCACUCCCAUGGUGCUGAAGGGGGAGGAAGGGGUUAAUCCCUUACCUUUUUUUAUAGUGCCGGGCUCACUCGGCGCUGGGACUCUCCUCCCUCUUCCGACGUCCCUGGCUGAAUGCGCAUGUGCGGCAAGAGCCGCGUGUGCAUUCAGCCAGUCCAUAGGAAAGCAUCCUCAAUGCUUUCCUAUGGACGCUGGCGUCUUCUCACUGUGAAAAUCAAUGAGACAGCCACUAGAGGCUGGAUUAACCCAUAGGUAAACAUAGCAGUUUCUCUGAAACUGCUAUUUUUACAGCAAAAAGGGUUAAACCGAGCUGGACCUGGCACCCAGACCACUUCAUUAAGCUGAAGUGGUCUGGGUGCCUAUAGUGGUCCUUUAAAGCUGAGCUGGAGGUAUUAUUUCCAGCUAUCUGGGCUGUGCUUACCCUCCUGGUCUUCCUUGAUGUCCCUGUUGGUCGCAGUCCUUGUGACUUCCAUGGUAUCGCACAUAUGGCCAUGCCAUGUAGGAAAGCCCCAAACCUCCCAGCUAGCCAACUAAAAAGAUGGCAUUGGCUACUUUUCAUUUGUAAGCUUCAGGCAUUUCGCUAGGUCUUAUACCAGGUGCACAGUGGACAAAGUCUCUUCUCACUGUUGUGCAAAUACACCUUUAUUCCAAUAAAUUUUGGAGACAUGUUUGCAAGAUUCAUUUUUUUGUUUUUUUUGUAAAUGCUGUAAAUGUAAUUUACUGUGCUAUAUUAUUUUGAUAUUGCCAGCCUCCUCCCCGGUGACUAUGACUCAGGUUUUAACCCUUCAGAUGUAAACAUAGUAGUUUCAGAGCAGGGUUCCAACCUCUAGUGACUGUCUUCCUGAGAGCCACUAGAGGCGCAUCUGCGACGCUUGAUGCAAAAUUCGCAUCCAGCGUGCAGAACGUCCAUGGGAAAGCAUUGAGAAAUGCUUUCCUAUGGUCUGUUUGAAUGCGCGCGGCACUUGCCGCGCAUGCACAUUCCACUCCACUCGGGAGCUGACAUCAACGGGGGAGGAGAGGUCAAUAGCGCAGAGGGAGCCCGGCGCUGGAUAAAGGUAAGCUGCUGAAGGGGUUUUAACCCUUUCAGCGCCAAGGGAGGGGGACCCUGAGGGUGGGGGCACCCUUAGGGCAUGAUAGUGUCAGGAAAAUGGGUUUGUUUUCCAGACACUAUAGUGAUCCUUUAAAGUCAGGGUCAACCAUUCCAUUGUAAAAUACAAAACAAAAGAAACAACGCUAGAGAAACCAAUACUAAAAAAGGGGCAGCAGACCUAAGGUAGGGUUCCCACUAAGCCCUACUCGUAGGAAUAAUACAAAGAUAAAAAGGGGAAGGGUUGCACCAAAGACAGAAAUACGUAUAUAAAAGUAUAAAUAUAAAAGAGUCCAAUACUGAUGUAAAAUCAAAACACAAAAGAUACCAAAAGGAGUCCUAGAUCAGAUCUUGCCAGGGGAAAGCCAACAGUCUUAUGGAGAGAAUGUUUUCUGUAACAGUCGGAUGAAAACAACGUGAGGGAUCCGUAUGGGGAAACAGAGAAAAGGUGAUAGUGCAAUAAGUCCAAUACGGAAGUGGUCUAAAAGCAAUAUGGCCUAAUGUAGUCCUACUCACGUUUAAUAGAGCUUGAAACCAGCUCUCGUAUGAAUGGCAUACAGCGGUACAAUCCCCACUUAUAGGAUACUUGUUGAGAUGUAAAUAUGCAGAAGUUUGUAGACCAUAAAAACAUAAAAAGAGGAGACAACUAAUAGUGCUAACUGCAUAAAAUAAUAUAGUAUUUUGAUAUAUUUGAUUUUACAUCAGUAUUGGACUCUUUUUAUUUACACUUUUAAAAACGUAUUUCUGUCUUUGGCGCAACCUUUCCCCUUUUUACCUUUGAAUGAACCAUUCCAUUGUCCUGUUCAACCUUUCACGCAUCCGUGUUGGUGUUGUUUAUGUGAAAGAAUCUAAAAAUGCCACUUUGACAGAUAUAAGGUACUCACAAGGUACUCAUCUCUGUGAAUUGGUCAUAAUGCCUGGAUUACAAUGGCACUGUCACUCUAUACAGUGUUAAACUAUUUCCGAGGAGAGGAACACUAAAGGACAGGGAUUGGACGGGAGAGGUAAAAUAAAUAUUAUUGAAAACAUAAAAAAAAACUGACUGGCAUGUAUAUUUUGUGCAUUAACCACUUAAUAAAAAUACUUAUGCUUGUAAGUAUGGCCUUGAUUUGAUAUUUUUAAUUAACUUUUAAAAUUAUUUAAUAUUUUUAAGUUUUUUUCAAAAUAUUAAUGUAUUAAAAAAUAUAUAAUAUAUCAUUUGAAAAGCUUAUCCUACAAUAAGUUGACACAUUUUCCAGGUCAUCAGUUUUGGCUUAACAUUUGUAUUUCCCUUGUCAAUUUGCAGUACUUACCAGUGGAUAGUAAAUGAGCCUAUAUGUUGCGAUGACUUUUCCCCAGGUAAAUAAUUACCUACUGUGUGCCCACAAUUGCUACAUAAGCAUUGAAUACCUAUUCUACUAGAGAGUGCAACAAACGUAUUUCUGAGCUCUUACAGUUAUUACAAUUCUUACAGCUAGGACUGAGUGAAAACGAAAAAAAUGUUUUAUUCUUGUGGAAUCCCACAUUUGAGGUUAUUAAUAAUUUACAUAGUUACAUAGCUGAAGAGACUUGCGUCCAUCAAGUUCAGCCUUUCUCACAUCUGUUUUUGCUGUUGAUCUAAAAGAAAGCAAAAAAAACACUUUGAAGUGCUUUUAAUUUUGCAACAGACUAGGAAAAAAAUCCUUCUUGAUCCCAGAAUGGCAAUCUUUCCUUGGAUCAAGAAGUUAUUAACCCAUGUAGUGGAGCUCACUGUACCCCGGCUGGUAGCUCCACGAAGGACCGCUUCUCAGCGCUUCUGCCCCAGUCGUCGUGUAUCAAGGCUCACAGCUGCACCCGAUUGGUGCAACCACACUGACAGGUUUAGGAGCUUACCUGUACAGCAGCAAACCGGGAUCCGACCCGCUGGGGCAUCCGUCCCCUUCACAUGCGGGAUCCAAAAUGGCGCCGACCACGAGGUAGCGCCCAUUUGUAGCUCCGCCUCUAAAGGUCAUGCGAACGUCUGUGUGACGUCACGAUGUCGAUGCACGCGCACGUUCUGGGGUCAGAGGCCAAGCCCUGUCCAAUUACAGCCCAAGGAGCCAUAUCUAAACCCCUGAUUUUUCCUAGUUCACUGCUCUGUCGUGGAUUCCGUUCCUCAGAGUGCGUUUUCUUGUCCUUUUUAUUGAUAUUCCUGGUAUUCUGACUUUGGCUGUUCCUGACUAUUCUGAUCUCUGGUUUCCCUGACUUGACUUUCUUAUUGAUCUUGUGUAUUUCUGGCUUCCUUGUCCUCGGCUUUCCCUUGACCAUUUUUUGUCUUUCAACGUAUUAACCCGGCCAUUCUAAUUACCGGUUUACGUUCUGUCUAGUUUUCUAUUCUAUGUAGAUGUUACAUAGUUUUGCGUGUUGGAUCACAUUAGUAGUCGUGACACCGUGGCUUGACUGGGGUCCUCCUGGAGCCUCUCCGUCCUGGAAAAGCAUAGGGGACUAGCUCUAUUCCCUUCCAGGGACUGGAUGACACACAGUCCUGGGAGCUCUAGUCCUUACAAGGGCUUUCCCUGCCGAAUCCUCCACGAGCUGGAACAAGGUGCUGAGCAGUGAUUAUAGCCCUUCCCCUCCCAGUAACUAGACAACACAUAGUUCUGGGAGUACAACUGAUUUUAAUGAGCCGUUUUCCUUGCACUAUAGGGUUAAUAGGUCCCCCCCUCCCUCGCGCCCCCCUCCUGUGGGGCUGAAAGGGUUAAAACCCCAUCAACCACUUACCUGAAUCCAGCGCCGAUAUCCCUCGGAGCUCGGCCAGGCUCCUCCCUCGUCGACGUCAGCCGAUGGGGGAGACAUAAUGCGCAUUCGCGGCAAUGGCCGCGUGCGCAUUAGACCUCCCCAUCAGAAAGCAUUAUUCAAUGCUUUCCUAUGGGGAAAAUCUAACGCUGGAGGUCCGUUAGGAUUCCGGAAGUGCCCCCAGUGGCUGUGUGGCAGACAGCCACUGGCGGCCGACUUAGAAUUGCAAUGUAAACAUUGCAGUUCUCUGGAACUGCAAUGUUUAACAUUGCAGCAAUAAGUGCAAAUGUGUCACAGGACCCAGACCACAUCAAUUAGCUGAAGUGGUCUGGGUGCCUACGGUAUCCCUUUAAGUAUUUUGUCGUCAGAAGCACCACUGAUAUGAUAGAAAACCCUGUGCAAUGUUUCAUGUUUGAGAGCCUUUAUCAAGACUUUUAAAGGUUGGUGAAGGCUCUCAGUAGCUGAAACAUUACAUGUUAUAGCGUUAUAAAUCUCCAUGGGAUUAUAUCCAAAUUGUGUGUUUUGUUUUGUGGAUUGCCGGGCUACUAGACACACUCAUGACGGGUGAAUUUCUAUUCACUUGGACAAAAUUUUCACUCACCAGUGGCUAGUGGCAAUAGGAAAUUAGGACCCCUAUAUAUAAACUACUAACAAUCACUGCAACUACUUAAAGAGUGUCCGAUUCUUAAAUUAUCAGUUUUAGGAAUCCUUAGUAAAAAAUCAUUAACACCGACUGGCCAUAUCAACAGAGAAAGCACAAUCCAUUAGUUUAAAGGGAUUCUAUAGUGCCAGGAAAACAAACUUGUUUUUCUGGCACUAUAGAUUUCCCUCUGUCACGGCCCCCUCCCGCAGCACUGAAGGGAUAGGCAACUUUCGGCACUCCAGAUGCUGUGGACUACACCCCCGGAAAUGCUCUUACACCCAUAAAGCUGGCAAAGCAUCAUGGGAGGUGUAGUCCAAAACAUUUGGAGUGCCGAAGGUUGCCUAUGCCUGCUCUAGUGGCUGUCUGGUAGACAGCCACUAGAAGAGGAGUUAACCCUCAGAGGUAAAUAUUGCAGUUUAUAAAAACUGCAAUAAUUACCACUGCUGGGUUAAGGGUGAUGGGAGUUUGCACCCAGACCACUUCAAUGAGCUGAAGUGGUCUGGGUGCCUACCGUGUCCCUUUAAGAUGCACACGGAAAAGCUGAAGUUCUCCCACCUUUCUAAAACAAUGUGCAUUUUUGUUUCUUGAUAUUAAAAAAGUUUGUUUCGUAUAGCAAAUACAUUUUGUGUAUUGUGUUAUUUUCUUUAUAAUCAUGUUGCAUUUAUAUGUUCAUUAAAGACAAUGCGUAGGAGAGGGUGGUAGCAAUGUAUUAACUACCAUAGUAAGCCAAAUUAAAAGAGAUUCACAUUCAAACUGAAUAUUUAUUGAGUAACGCAUUUUAUGUUUAUCACAUAGUCCCCAAAGAACCUUGUUCUAAAAUAAUUCAUGCAAACCAGUGGCAUAAAAUGGAAAUUCUUUGUGAAUUGGGCCAGUGAUGCUAAAGACGAUAUAUUUUAAAAAGCGCAGCUACUUCUAUGUUUUAAUGUGCGUUGCUCUUUAUUUGAGCAAUCAUGUACACUAAUAAAUCCCAAAUGAUUGCUCACUCUCCACCGAGACUAGAAGAAUAUAUUUAUAAUAUGAGCCAACAAAUUAAUUGAAACAUGUUUUGAUAAUAAGAACACGGCUAUUAAAAUGCAAAACAAUUUAAAUGUAUUUCACAUGAGCAGAUAUUUUACAAUGUAGUCAGUGUGUACUGAUAAGAGGAAUGUUUGUAUAAAUGUAUAUGGGAAAUUACGUUUACUGCAUAUAGAGGAAGUGAUCUAAAUGUAUUUAUAUUUUGACAAUCUUGAGGCAGUCUAAUCGUUUAUUUAUUUUUUUAAAUGCAUUAUUUAGCUACCUGUCAAUCAUUAUCCUUUACAUCUUGCAUCCAGAUUAGAGAAAGCAGAGAGAACAGGGACAAUUAAACAAUGAUUCUGUCACUUCUUUUUUAAUCAAUGGUCUCAUUUCCAGAGAAGUGACAGUUUCCUUAUAAGUAUUGUACACCAACAGGAGAAUGCACACAUGAAAAUUGUUGAUCCCCAUAAGGGUGCUCCAGGAAGGGAAGGCGAAUCCCGAAGGUGCACUAGUAGCAGAGAGAUCCAGGCAGUCUGGAUUGAAGAAACAAGGCACAGAAUCAUUUUGACUACGUUUCAGCUUAUAUACAGGAGCCGAAAUGAUGUACCCUGGCUCUGUCUUCUACUAGUUCCCAUAUAAGAUAAGACAUAUUACACAUGAAUAAAUUACCACACUGUUAUAGGAUGGCUGAUACAGAAAUUUCCAAAACAAAUUAAUAAGAAGAGCUAGUUGCCACAAACCGUUAGACCUUUUUUGUGUCUAAAAUUGGCUUUAUUGUUCAGUGAUCAGUCACACAGAGUUAUUCACUAGACAAACAAAAUUGGCCUUCAAAUCGCAAAAUUCAGGUUUUUACAAAAGACACAGAAUUUGAAUAUUUGGCAAACACAGAACAUAAACUGUAUUGCUUCCCAUGGGGGACAAUGUGGCUCUUUUUAUUCUGUCAAGAUGUAGGUACCAUAAAUAUUAAUUAUUCAUCAGCAAUGCAAGAGUGAGGAGAAUGGGGACCCAUUGAACUUGUUCCCCUAGGUAUAUAUUAUGUUCUUUGUAGACUACCAAUUUUUAUGUAACCUGCACAGGCACCUCCAUAAACCUGUCCUUUGGUAAUGGGAAUACAGCCUCUGCUUAGGAUCUGCACUUCUGUGGGCUUUGGCCUUUUGGAUGGGUUCAUUAUCAAACUUGUUUACAGUUUACCUUAUAUUUUCUUCCCCAUAAUUAAGAGAAUCAGUAAAGUUUAAAUCUGUAGAUGUGUGAGUUUACUAGGUACUGAGGAUCUUGGCAGUUCAUAUUAUUCAGACGGGCACAAUACAGCAUUCAGAGAGGUGUGCACCAAUGCCUGACGCAGAAAGACUAUAUAGUUUUGUCCUCCCACUUUAUAGCGGGGUUCCUAUUUAUUUUCUUUCUAUAAAUUAAUUAAUCUAUUAAUCAUCUUGUUGAAAUUUGACUGUUGCCUCUUAAGGGUGUACCAGGAUCUAAAAGCAACAUUCUAUAAAAUAUGCGCUUUUCAUAAAGAAUUAGUUUAAAAAAUAUUUAUCAUAAAAUAUCUGGUAAAAACAAACCCAACCAUCAUACUACUUUAAUUUAAUUGUUUGUAUAAAGUUUAAAGGAGAUUCACAGUUAUCUCUGACUGUUCUCAUUUCUACUAAAAGCAUCACUAGUGCUGAAUCGACACUAUUUUCUAUUGAAUCCUUCGCCAGAUGACCUUUAUUAGUGACAGCUGGUAGGGAAGAUAUACCAUUGAAUGUGUAGCCUCACACUAUUAUCAUGAUAAGGGAGAUAAAAAAAAGCCAAAUAACAGUAGCCACAGCAUAAAUUAAACUGGAGGAUUACAGGAAUGUUGUACCAUUUGUGUAAUUCAUUCUUCAAAAAUCAAUAUAUUGGAUUAUAACAAACAUGCUUUUUUAUUUUAAGAAUUCAUUCCAAAUCUUUACUAAUAUCAUAUCGUAAAGUCAUGAUUUUAUUUAGACACGGAGGCAUAUUUUAUGCUGAACUCUUUCUUUAUUCCCUCAGCAGCAAAGAGAGAGAAAAUAACGUUUGAAACUUCAAAUGAUAUGAUAUAAGAUAAAUAUUAAACAUUAGACAGUGUCACAGCCAAUCAGAACAUCCCACAUAUAUAGAUGUGUGUAUCUGCCAUCCUGGAAGUUCGAGAUGAAGUUAUGUCGCACUAAAAGAAAAGAAGAAACAUACAGUAAUAUGGAAACUUAAGAAAAGACACAUUAUCACACGUAUCACAAAUGUAUUUAAAAAAACACUAUCGUAAGAACGAUCAAAAAUCAAUAAAGCAUUGAGAAAGAUUAUAAAAACAUACACAUAUAAGAAAACCUAAUUUCCUACUUACCAGAUAAAGCAAAGAUUGGGAAGGAAAAGAAAAAGGUAGCUACAAAAGAAAACAAGAAGGGUCUUAAUAAUCAUGACUUUACAUCAUGAUAUUAGUAAAGUAUUGGAAUUUUAAAGACACGGAGGCUCAUAUUAUGCUCUUUUAAUAUACAUAUUAAGUAAUAGCGCACACAUAAAAAUACAGUUUGAAAUGUUAUAAGGGUACUUAAAAAUCGCCUAUCUCUGCAAAUAAAUAUAGGGAUUCAGUUCCCCAUAUAAUCAUAUUGUGGUAAGCCCAUCACUUCUUUGUAGUACCCUAAUAUCGGUGGAUCCUACACUAAUUCCAACAUGGGAGACAAAUGAAAUAGCGCUAGUGCUAAAUAAGCUAAACUGUAUUUUAAUAAUCUGUUGUGAGAUAAUUGUGAUGUAUGUAAUGCAAAAUUAAUGUGAUAAAAAAACAGGAUAUAAAUAAAAUGCUGCGUCAAAAAUAAACAAUUAAAGUGAUAGUGCUUUGAUGUAUUUACUAAUAAUGCAUAGCAUAUAUCUGCUCGAUAUCAAAUGACAAUUAUAAUUAAAGUGACAUUACUAUCCAAAACCUUCUCAAAUUUAUACUUUCCUGUGGUCACCUCCAAAGGGACAUCUGACAGACACACUCACUGACACACAGUCUGCUGAUUUUACAUACACACUGACAGACACAAACACAUUCACUGACAGACAGAAACACACACAUACACACACACACACUUAUAAUUACCUCUGGGAGAGCUGGAGUGGAUCCUUUCUUUGGGGUCUAGCGUGGCUCUUGUCAUCUUCGUGGUCUUUUUGCUCUGCUCCCUUGCGACCUCCCACUGUUGGUGUGUGUUUACUGUGUUGGUGCGUGGGGUACGUUUACCACAGGUUAAGAAACCAGGAUCUAGACUACCCUUUAGUAAAGUUAUAUAAUUGUUUAUAAAGUCUGUUUUUUAUAUAUCUAAAAAUACAUAUAUGUAUUUAAGUAUUUACUGAAAAACUACAUUGAAAUGUACUUUGUUUUUCAAGUAUCUCCCAGCAAGCACAAGAAAUACACAAACAUUGUGCUUUUUCCUACUCUUAACCAACCUAGUAAGAUGUAAAUACAACUCAAUAUGGGAACAUUAAUUGCUCUUCAAAAAUGUUGGCUGGCAUUAUUUUUCAUAUAAAAACAUUUUCAAAACAUCAUAAGUACUUCUCUAUUAGCUUUUGAAGCAAGGACUGAGUGCCGAGCACUAUGCAUUUAAAUUAAUCAUGUAUGUAUAUCUUUUAGCAAACUCUAAAAGGUGUUGAAAAGCUUCACCUUGUCUGAAAUCAAUAGGAUGUCUAUUCUUCAAGGUAUUGGAAUUGUGCCAGUCCAUUGCUACUUGAAAGCAUUCCAGACUUUCUUGGAUGGUUGAACAUUUCUUUACCACAUCCUACAUGGCUUCAUUUAAGGGAACACUCCAAGCACCAUAACCACAACAUUGUGCUGUAGUAGUUAUUUGUUAACAGAGUGCCCUGGUACUCCAAAGAUAAGAAUUCACUCCAUUUGUAAAUGGUUUAACAACUUACCUGGGAUUCACCAGUUGCCGAUUUCAUCCUCCAGGAGAGCCUGAAGCUCAUGCAAAGAGCUUGGCUCUCCUGAAGUAAACACAGCUGUGUAGGGCUGGUUCAUUGACUGAGAGUGCCAACUGAUCUCUGUCAGCCAAUGAGCUAAGCCCUGCACGCCUUGACUAGUUGAGAACAGAGAGCUACUUGCUUUCACUGGAGGGUGACUGCUGGACCCAAGGUAAGUAGUCAAACUACUUUGAGGUGCACUUUGAGGGCCGUCUUGGCACUAUAACUGCUGUGGUGAGUUGCCGUGUUUAUGUUGUUUGGAAUGUCCCUUUAAAAUUUGAGAUGUGAGAACAAACAAACUAAAAUAAACAGUAAUUAGCCAUAUUUUUAGCACAAAUCCUGAAUAAUACUUGUCUUGCCUAAUGGUAAGUAACCAUUCUUGAAAUACUAAUACACAGAUGCUUAAAGGACCACUAUAGUGCCAGGAAAACAAACUCGUUUUUCUGGCACGAUAGGGUCUUUAGGUCCCCCCCACCCUUAGGGUCCCAGUCCCACUGGGCUGAAGGGGUUAAAACCCCUUCAGCCACUUACCUUUCUCCACUGCCAGGCUCCCUCGGCGCUGGGGAACUCUCCCCACUCCUCCAACGUCAGCGCCGAAUGCGCAUGCGCAGCAAGAGCUGCGCGCGCAUUCAAACCGCCCAUAGAAAAGCAUUUCUCAAUGCUUUCCUAUGGAUGUCCAGUGUCUUCACUGUGAUUUUCACAGUGAGAAGCGCGGAAGCUCCUCUAGGGGCUGUCAGUGAGACAGCUACUGGAGGCUGGAUUAACCCUCAGUGUAAACAUAGCAGUUUCUCUGAAACUAUGUUUUCAGCUGCAGGGUUAACACUAGAGAGACCUGGCACCCAGACCACUUCAUUGAGCUGAAGUGGUCUGGGUGCCUAUAGUGGUCCGGGUGCCUAUAGUGGUCCUUUAAAUUAUAACCACAAAGGCUAAUCCAAACAUAAAAGUAACCAGUCAUUUAUAUAUUUGGUACUGCACUAUUUUGGUUUCUCUGUGUUUGGUUCUUCUCCAUUCAAGAUCAAAGUUCCAGAUACCGUGUGGUAGUCAAUUCUUUCAGUUGGGAAUAUUUCCCUCUCCAAAUGAGGCAUUAUUACCCAGAACAAGAAUUUGGCUAAGUUAUCAUGCAUACAUUUGUUGCCAUUGUUGGAAUCCUUUUUAAGCCUCCAUUUAAUACAGCCUUUGCAUAAGCACUCUAGUACUUCUCAUUAUUUGUGAUUUGUAUAUUACUGCUUUAAGGUAUCCAGUUUAUAAUGAGCUUUGACUGCUGCUUCCUACUGUGCUGUUGUUUCUCUGGCCCUAUCUUCUGAAAGCUAAUUUAUAGACCCACAUAGUGAUCUAGUGUUUAUUUUAUUGUCCUAUGUACUUCUUAACACUUUAUUUUUGUAAUAUUACAGUGGGAUAGGGUUGAUUUGGGAAGAGCAGAAGUUAUAAGAAGUUGAAUGUAAUGGUUACUCCAAGUAUAGUAACUAUAGCACGCUGUAGAGAUUAUGUUACGAGGAGUACCCUGGCCCAGUUUACCAGCAAUGGGCUAAACCAGUGGUUCCCAAACGUUUUAGGUUCCAGGCUCCCUUAAUAUUUCAGUAUUUUUCCAAGGCACACCAAGUCACAAUUUCUAGGUUGUAUAUCUGUACAGCGCUGCGGCAUUUACUGGCACUAUAGUGUAAUGUACAGUGUUGGUGUUUGAAGGGAUGCUUGUAUAUAGUUAUUGUGUUUUAAUACAGGGGUGUGUUUGCAUUUAAUGUUUGCGUUUGAUUGCAGGGGUGUGUCUGAAUGUAAUGUUCACUUUUAAAUGUUGUACAUUUGUGUGAAGUAUUUGUGUUUCAGUGAAGAGAUGUGUUUGUUUUUAUAUUUUUUGUUUGAAUGCAGGGGUGUGUGUAUGUAAUGUUUGAGUUAGAUUGCAGGACUGUGCUUGUAUGUUGUGCUGGUGUUUGACUGCUUGGAUACAUACACUAUCUGCACAUACACUACCACGUACAUACAUACUUACACAGAUAUUCAUGCACAUUAACACACAGAUGCAUAUAGAUACACACAGACACAUACACACACAUAGAUACACACCGACAUAUACACAUAUGCACCCUGACACACACAAAUAUUGAUACAUGCCCACACCGUGACACAGAUACACACAAUGACAUAAAAACACACACCCUGACACACAGAAGCACAUACACAGAUGUGUGCACAGACACAGAAGCACACUGACAUAUAUAUAUGUAUAUACACACACAGAUGCACACCCUGACACACUCACAAACACCCUGACACACACACAUACUCAUUCUCACUUACACACUCAUACAUACACACACACACACAGGUCAUGGUCUUAAAGGACUGUGGCACCUGACCAGGCCCCUGUUCAUCAGUAAUGUUUCCCCGGUGCUAUAAUCCGAGAAAACAUUCCGCGGCACCCCUGUGUGCCCUGGGGCGCCGAGGCACACAGUUUGGGAACCGCUGGGCUAAACUGUUUAGCAAUGCCCCCUUACCUGGCUCCCUGCUGGGCUCCGAUACUCCGUGGUGAUUCGGUGGUGAUGCUGCAGUGGUUGACAUUUAUUCUCUGAAAUAAUCAGUUAACCAAUCUCAACCACUCUCAACCAGCGAGCCACGAAAGCGGCACAGAAUUGACAUUAGCCAGCCCGGAACGCUAGUUCUGAUCUGGCUGAUGACACCCCUAUGACACUGCCAUAGGUAAAGUUACACAUUUGGCAGCAGAAUCCCUGAAUAUGCAGAAUUUCAAAGAGAAACACUGCACAUACAGACUGCAGCCACUGUGACCACUGCAAAUGACUGAAGUGGUCAUGGUCCUUGGGUUAACCCUUUAAUUUUGUUUAGGUAUAAAACAUAUAAAACUUGAAGACGUUGAUAACUAUUAAUGGAACAUUCUCAUAAUAAUAUUAAAGCUUUAUUCAACUAAUCAAUGAAUAAGCCUCAUUAUAAUGUAUACAAAUUUCUACUUACCAACUCAAUACAUUACAGUUUGCUUGUAACAAGCAUAAUAUAGCAAAUAUUAGACUUCUAAGUUUGUUCCAAAGCGUAUUAGCAAUAAAAAAGUUGCUAUUUAAAUUCCAGUGACUUAGGUCAGCAACUCGCAGUCGAUUUCAUGGUUCCUCUGGGAGAACAAAUGGAGCGUAAUUGCAAGCAUUGCAGAACCAGGAUUUAUAUAUCUUGUAUUAACAGCAGGCAAAGUAAAACAACAUUAACUGGAGUAUGAAUAUUAGUUCUAUAUUUUAUUAUACAUUCUAUGAUGCUGAGAAGCCAAUAGAAAAACUGCAAUUGACAGCAAACAGGAACACAAUGCUUUCUAACGCUUAUUAUUUAUUGUGAUAUAAUAUUCCAGCCUGUUUCUCCCAUUCAUUCAUGCUGUGUAAUAUAAAGCAGUGUCAAACAUUAGACAAACUAUGACAUAAAACAAAAACAUCCACACUGGGACAGAUGCUCUGAUCUUGUGAGCUUACAAUCUAGCGGCAGGUUGACAGUGAUAGAGACGCGUGUUACGGACAGUAGGUAAAUAGACUGCAAUAGUUAAUGAAAACAUGCUUUCAAGACGUGGAUGGAUUAAGUGAAAGCCAAAUAAGGGAAGUGGCAACAUGGGGUGACAUUAGCCAAGGAAGCUUGAGCUGCAGGGGUGCCUGGCCUUGGCAUUGGUACAGAGGUAAUAUUAAGCUAUUUUUUGGGGAGGGAGAAGGGGCUUGGUACCAGCAUAGGUAGGCUUAUACUACAACUGCUUUUUAUUAAAAUAACCCUUUAAGUGGUUGGCAUAGUGGGCUUGGAAGACCAACCAUGUAACUCUGUGUUUGCCACUUUUUAAUAUUUUAAAGGAAACCAUGGUAUUUACCAGGGCCAUACCUGACCUGCAUUUAGGGAAGGAAUUCUGCAAAAAAAUCAGAUCAGUCUGAUUACAAAAUCCUGUUGCAUGACCAGUCUGUUGGGUUGUGUUGUGAUCGUGAAGACAAAAGUGUCCGAGUUGCUGCUUUUUGGACCCAGUUAUGGCAGAUGAUGGUCUCACAACUAUGUGGAGAUCAUAAUCAGACCUUAACCGAGGCCUGAGUCCUGUAGUUGAAAACCAGUCAUUGCUUUUUAGCCGCGAAGAGGUCUCCCUAUCAUAAAGUACUCCCAUUGACUCUGUCACACACUCUUCUUUUCCUUUCUGCCAUUCAUUCUUCCCUGUCUUCACCUUGCAAAUAGAUAUCUCCAGUGACAUUCAAGGUGAUAGAUAUUGCUCUUUUCUUUAUUUUGCAUGUUUUUUUCCUUUCAGGUUUCAUCCUUAUUUUUCACAUUGCUGCUGGCUGGAUGUUCCUCAGCGUGCCUUGCUCUGAUCAUUUAACCACUUAUAGCAGAGAUUUCACUGGUUUCAAACUCAUCAACAUUUUAUUUUCACACCUUUUAUAUUUAUAGUGCAAUUAAACCUUUGUCCUCCAAAUCGUUCCAUAGUUUUCUCUCAAACUACUAACAAAAUGUACAAACCUUUGAAAACCCACCUAUUCAUAAACGUAUUCCUCCUCCCUUAACAGCCCACUAUCCUUUUUUGACCACAAGCAAUAUCCUCCACUUUCCAUUCAACUCAUCUAAUUUCCUAAUAUUCUCCUUUGUUCCAUGCCAAUACCAGUAUACCCAUUGACCUGCAUUCUACUUGUUUACCCCCAUUAAUUAAUCUUUUUUUAAAAAAAAAAAAUGUAUUAGUGUAAUAGUGGGGAACUAUAUUAUGGGCCCUGGAGAAUAAUGCUAUAUAUGUAAUAUAAGUAAUAUAAAGUAUUAAGUAUUAAACACAUUACAUUAUUUCUCCCUAAAUCCAGCUUCUUACCCGCACAUGUCUAACUCCAAGACCAAUUUUCCAAUAGUUCCCAAAUACAUAGAGUUGAAAUGGUAACAUUUCAAAUACUCUGUUUUGACAUUUGCCAUUCUAGAAUUGCCAUUGCAAUGGGUGAUGUCCCAAACCACUGAUAUUGAAACAAAAUUGUCUCUCCAGGUUUAUAUGAAAGUGUUCGUUCUUUAUGAUUUUCAUUCCUUCUCUGUAUAUUGUAAAUUAUUUAAUUCAUUUAUAUAGAAAAUGGUUUUUUUUUUUUUUUUUAUAGAGUAGUGUAUUAUUGGGAAUUCUCUUGAGAAUUUUGUUUUUUUAUGUUUAAUUGGUUUCAUAGACUACUCAUCACAGACAAGUCCAUAUAUAAAUAAUUCUAACAAUGUUCUAAUCACAUUUUAUAAACAUUAAUGCUAAGUUAGAAUGUUCUCCAGUUGUUAAUAUUGUUCUUGUAUGUACAAAAUGUAAUACACUUAAGGAAUCCAAUUAAUUACUCAAUUGAUUUUAUUAAAUGCUAUCAAUGAGAUAUAUAUAUAUAUAUAUAUAUAUAUAUAUAUAUAUAAAAAUAUAGAAAACCCCUGCACUCCAACUAUAACAAAACAAAAGAUACCUGGUGCUCUGGUGGCUGAACCAUAAGAGAAGGAAAAAAACGGCACUCAAGGAUUUCCAUAUGUUUAAAUCUUCAUUUAUUGCGAAGAAUAAAUCGACGUUUCAGCUCCUCUAGGGAGCUUUCAUCAGGACACCUGAUAAAAGCUCCCUAGAGGAGCUGAAAACGUCUAUUUAUUCUCCGCAAUAAAUGAAGAUUUAAAUAUAUAGAAAUCCUUGAGUGCCGUUUUUUUCCUUCUCUUAUAUAUAUAUAUAUAUAUAUAUAUAUAUAUAAUUACUAAACUAUUAAAUCAUUGUAAUCGCUAAGCAUUUAUUUAAUAUGAUACAUAUAUUCAUAAAGAGGUUACAUUUUGGUUGUUAUAUGAAUAUAUAUAUAUAUAAAUAACAUACAAUUAUUAAUGUUUUCUGCUGUCUAUUGAGUCUGACAAGUUUGGGAAAUUAACAGAAAGGAAUAUUGUGUAUUUUAUCUGUUCUCCCAGAAUGGGAGUGUUUUCAUACUGUACAGCAUGUCAGUAGGUAUCACAUCAAAUUCUUAUUUAAUUACACUCUCCAUAUGCUUAUAAUGUUUUCAUUCCAGCUCCAUGCUGCAUUACCAUUAUUUAAUGGGAUACUACUCUUAUGAGAAGAGUCUUACUUUAAGCUGAUAAUAAUGUAAUCUAUGCUUGCAUGCGGAAUGGGCAGAAAAUCUAUUAAUUGCAUAUCAUUUAUAAGUUGUUACCCAAUUUACUGUUUAAUUAGAUUUAUGGAAAUUUAGUGUGCAUGAGUGUUAUUAGACAUCUUCUAUAAUACAUUGGCCUAUGAGUUAUUUAUUGAUUAUAAUCAUGUGGGCUGUGGCAUACACAUGGAACUAGAAAAUGAGAUAUUAACUUUGCAAUCAAUGUAUUUUCGAGCCAUUUUAGGUAACAGAAUGUAUACAUGACAUUAUUAACAAAUGAAAAUACGACUCUGUCUCAUUCAUGAUACAGUAUGUUAAAGAGAUACGCUAAGAUGUUGUAGUGGUUGUGGUGCAAGGAUUAUUUAGGUUACUGUCCCACUUGCUUUUUAAUUCAAACUAUUGUUGUUCUGUUUCACAAAAAAAUGGGUAUCUCCUGCUACCCAAAGUCUGGCAAACCUGCUGCCGAUAAAAUAAUAUGGAAGUUGUACGUCUGCAUUAUAGAAGUACAUGGAUGUUGUACAUCUGCAUUGUAGAUGUCUUACGAGAUUUUGAUAACAAUGAUAAUGAACAGCUUAACACCUUAGUCAAUUUGUGAUGAACAAAAAAACCUUGAUUUUUAUUCAGCCAAAGUGACUGAAUCAGUAAUAUUUUGACCCUGGAUGGGUCUUGAUGGGUUGCAACAAUGAGGGUGGCGUUAUAUGGAUUUAUACAAAUAACUUGUAAGUGAAGCAAUCAGGUUAUCUGAGCAGCAACAUAUUGGCUGGGCAUUGGUUUCCAGGUGAACCCGUUUUUUAUUGGAGACUACUAGAAACGGUCAAGAUAAAAACAGAGAGGUGGAAUCCAAAUAUUUCUUGCACUGUUACCACUAAAGUAUUCCACAUGAGUUCUGGUGCUUUGAGUGUCCUUAAACAUUCAUAUUUAAUAAGUUGCUUUUUCAUGUAAUACAUAGUAAUUUUCAUCAUCUGUGAGCAUUACAUUUCUUUCUAUAGUUUCUCUUCCUUUUGCAUUUUCACAGCGAUCAUGUACGUCAUGGGAGCCCUUGGUCCUGCCGCAGGAUAUUUGUUAGGAGGGGUCCUUAUUGGUUUUUAUGUAGAUCCCAAAACCAUUGUCCAUAUUGAGCAGGGUGAUCCUCGAUUCAUUGGGAACUGGUAAGAGCAAUAUUUCAUUACAUGUACAUACCAUACAUUAACCUACGGUUUAUUUCAGAAGCAAAUCUUCAUGCACCCCCCAAUUAUGAUACAAUGAUUUUGGUUGAUCUAGUUAAAUAAUUUACAGACGGUAAAUAUGCUAAGUGACACUGAAAAUACUCAAACGCCAGUAAUAAUGUACCUUAACUAACCAAACUAUGAGCGUGGUCUCAGUUAACAUCCCCCCCAAAACUUCAACAUAUUAUGGACAAAGGAAUAAACAGAUGUUCUCAUAUCGUGACAUGCUCAACUUGACAUUGACCUCCAAAUGGUUAAUUCAUAGUUCAUAAAAGCAAAAACGUUUUCCAGUCUAAUGACUUCUUAGCCUGUUGUAAAAGAUUCAUAAUGUGCAAUGAAAUCUAGAAAAUGUGAACUGUACACUUCUAAAUCCUAGUUCUAUGGACAUGAAAUUUGUAAUUAAAGUAGUAAUGUGUUAAUAAAAAAUAUAUUUUUUGAAAUUCUUUAUUCAUGAGAGCCAAUCAGAAGACAUGUAUUACCUAUCAGAAGACAUGUAUUAUAUGCAUUAUAAGCAUAAACCAAGACAUUCGUUAUCAAGCCUUUGAAUGUAAGCUGAAUAUCUAUACAAAACAUACAAUAUAUUUUGUAGCAUAUCACAACUUGAAUAUAUAUUUUCUGAGAGCUCCAGCACUUACAGUACAACCCGUGGCAACUCUCUGGCAUUAAAGGGUCACUCCACUGCCCAAGAAAGCAAAAAAAGAAAGUCUCUAUUUAGUAGAUAUACCCCAAAUGUAUGCAUUCAUGCAUUUCUAUGCAUGUAUUCAUUGGAGGUAUAUCUUAAAAGAGUGUAUAUCUUAUGAGCUGUAGCCUUAAAAAGUCCUCCCUUUUCCCCCCCCAGAAGAGACUUUCAGUCUUUUCAUGAGGAAAUAACCAGCUUAUCAUGCACACGCGUACGUCUAGUCUGAGGCCUAGAGGAGCCGGGUGAGCUGAUCUAAAGGCUGUGGGGGAGGUGGCAUGCGUGCCUCCCCCCUUACAAUAUACAUCCCCCACAUACCUACAUACAGAGUACACCUCCCCAUACAAAUGCAGUACACCUCCCAACACACUUUACCUGCACAUAGUUGAUCUCCACACACUUCACCCCUAUACACAGACACUACAAAUCUUCUAUACAUACAUAACACAACAGCUCCUUGAUAGAGACACAGCGCAGCACAUAGAGCACCCUAUAUGUGCGCACACACACACACACACACACUACAGCUCCUAGUUACACAUUGUACACCACAAACAGACACCUUUACACAUUCAUUUACCACAGUACACCACAAACAGCCCCUUCUAGACACCAGCCCUGUCCAAUUUGAUAUUUGGCAUCCUACUUAUAGGGACACCAGAGACAAGACACCAGCAAACACAAUGCAAGUGUGUCAUUAAAUAUGCUUGCGCUGUGCAAAACAACCCCAGAGUAUUUCACCCAUCCCCGAGUGGUGUAAGCCUUGGGUGAAUUCCCACACUUUUCCCCCUAGGACUUGACCUCUGAUGAAGACAGUUUUAUUGGGGAUUCAGUCAAGUUGAAAUAUUUAAUAGUUUGAUUAUUGCAGUUCACUAGAGUUAGGUAUUAUGCAGUACUGGUAUUGGAGAAGCCUUCUACCGUGAUAAUAUUGAUACUGGAGAAUGAACAAUAAGCAAUAAAGUCCUUUGAUAGAUCGUUUCAUGGGCAAACUGACAUGAGGAACAUUUGUAACAGGCGAUUAGGCAGGGAUAAUGAGACUUAUGUAUACAUUGCAACACACCACAUUGAGAAAGGAGUCCUUCUCUAUUUUGGACUACAAAAAGCAUAUGAACAGUCAUUAAAUGGUAUGUCCCUCCAACAUGAAAUGGUAUGUCCCUCCAACAUAAAAUGGUAUAUCCCUCCAAUAGGAAAUGGUAUGUGUCUCCAUCAUGAAAUAGAAUGUCCCCCAGUAUGAAAUGGCAUAUCCCUCAAACAUUAAAUGGUAUAUCCCUCCAAUAUGAAAUGGUAUGUCCCUCCAACAUAAAAUGCUAUGUCCCUCCAACAUAAAAUGCCAUGUCCCUCCAAUAUGAAAUGAUAUGUUUAACAUGACAGCAAACAAGGGAUUUUAAUUCAGGAAGAGUAGAGCUUUCUUACUUCUGGAGUAACCCUGCUGGCAGUCAAUGCAGUGCUCUGUCGUGUACCUGCAAGAGGUAAGAGAUGCACACAAUAUUUCUUGGCAUUUGGCUUAUUAAAUGGGCUUGCAGUCCAUCUCUGAUACAGUAUAGAUGUGCCAAACAUAUUAUAUAGCAUAUGUAUUGGUAUGGUUUCUUAACCACAUGUUUGAGAUGGCAUAAAUGAAACAAUAUAGGGCAAGCUACCACUUGGCAUGCUGAAUAUUCAGCUAGUGAGUAUUCAGCUUUUUUAAAGCAUCUGGCAACACCUAUUUGUGCAGCCUCCAUAGGCGUGCGCACGGGGUGUGCCGGGUGUGCCUGGGCACACCCUAAUCCCCGUGGCACGCCUAUGGUUUGAGUCCUGCUGGAACGCUGUUCCUGCAGGCACUCAGCGCCCCACUCACCUCUUGCCCCUGUCAUGGGGGGGCAAGAGGUGAUGGAUUCCUCCCCCCCCCCGCUCUCCAGCUCAGCCGCAGCUGCUGUCUGCUCCCUCUCGCAGCGCGCUGAUGCCGGGAGUCGGAUUAUGACGUCAUAUUCCGGCUCCCAGCUACAGCAGACAGCCUGCGCGGCGAGAGGGAGCAGAGCGCAGACAGCUCCCUCGCCGCGGCUGAGCUGGAGAGAGGCGCCCGCCCCACUGGACCCCAGGGAAAAGUCCACUCCAGGUAGGAGGCUGGGUGGACAUUGUUUUUUUUUUAAAUAUAAUAAUUUGUUCUUGUGUGUGUGUCUGUGUGUUUGUGUGUGUGUGUCUGUGAGUGUGUGUUUGUGUGUGAGUAUUAAUACACUAAAAACUAUAAAAUAAGGAAAAUGUAUAAUAGAUAGUCCAAAUACUUGGUGUGCUUAUGAAAAAUUCCAAUGGAUAGAUGAAAAUCUCAGUACUUUGUGUCCAUCUCUUACUGUUUACGGCACAGAAGUGGUGUAUUCACUGAAAAACUUGAUCUUCUAAAGUAGAUAUAGAUGUAGUCUUGAUUCAAUGGAAACCAUGAAAAAUAAAGAGAGCAGAGAAAAUCCAAUAGUGUAGAUUGUCUGUAGAUAACUGAGAAUAUGAAGAAUAAUAGGGAGGUAAUACACUCACCUAUUUCAGAGCAUAAACUCGCUCUAGUAUAUUUGGCAUUCAGUGGCGUUUGUCCCCCACUGGUAGGAUAUAGGUGAAGACGGUUCCUCCGUAUGAGAAAAGUACUGAGAUUUUCAUCUAUCCAUUGGAAUUUUUCAUAAGCACACCAAGUAUUUGGACUAUCUAUUAUACAUUUUCCUUAUUUUAUAGUUUUUAGUGUAUUAAUAUAUAUUAUAGUUUUCAGUGUAUUACCAUAUAUUAUAUUUAUUUGUUGUAGCGCGACCUAUUUUUUCUGUUUUUGCCAUUUCUCUUUUGAGGAUUUUAGAGGGAACCUCAUACCUAUAGGUUGCAGCUAUCUACCUGUUUCUAGCCUCCUAGUAUAUCACGCAGCGCUGAUCCAUUUUCCUUUUGUGUGUGAGUAUGUCUGUGUGUGUGUGUCUGUGUGUGAGUAUGUCUGUGUGUGUCUGUGUGUGUUUGUGUGUGUCUGUGAGUGUGUGUCUGUGUGUUUGUGUGUGUCUGUGAGUGUGUGUGUCUGUGAAUGUGUGUCUGUGUGUGUGUGUGAGUGUGUCUGUGUGUGUGAGUGUGUCUGUGUGUGAGUGUGUCUCUGUGUGUGUGUGUCUGUGAAUGUGUGUCUGUGUGAGUGUGUGUCUGUCUGUGUGAGUGUGUGUCUGUGUGAAUGUGUGUGUGUCUGUGAGUGUAUGUAUGUGUGUGUGUCUGUGAGUGUGUGUGUGUACGCAUAUAUAUAAAUAUAUAUAUACACACACACACACAGAGCAGGCGCUAUCUGAGUGCCGGCUCAACUCUAAGCCUCCAUGGGCCGGCGGGGAGACCAAAGAUCUACCUCACCGGCCCACAGCAGCAUGGAGGGAGGCAGGAGAAGACCCAGGGAGCUCUAGACAGAAGCUCCGCCAGGUUCCUCUCGCGAUAUCUGAGCGUUGCUGCGGCAACGCUCAGAUCUCGCGAGAGUUAACUCUAGCCCCGCAGGCUAGAGUUCACUCUCCACUGGACCACCAGGGAUGGCACAUGGCAGCAAGGAUUUACUAAUCUGCCAAAUCCCUCCAAACAUACAGCACACACACAUACAGCACCUACACACAUACAGCUCACACACACACAGUACACUAACCGCACCCUCACAAACACACACAGCACCUUUAAAAAAAAAACACAACACCCUCACACACAGCACACUAACCCACCCUCACAAACACACACACAAACAGCACCCUCACAAAUACACGACACUCACACAAACAGCACCCUCACAGGACAAACAUACACACACAAACACCCUCACACACAAACAGCACAGUCACAAACACACACACACACAAUACCCUCACAUCACACUAACAGCACCCUCACACACACAUCACACUAACAGCACACACAGCAGUGUAUGUGUUUGUGUGUGUGUGUAUGUAUCUAUAUAUAUAUACAUAUAUAUAUAUAUAUAUAUACAUAUAUAUAUAUAUAGAUACAUACACACACACACACACACGGCGGGUGUUUGUGCUUUAGGGUGCACACCCUAAUGCAAUAGGCUGCGCACGCCUAUGACAGCCUCCAAUUGAUAUGACCACUCAUCCAGCUUUAUGAUUAUUAUUAAAAGCUCCCUGUUACCCACUGAGUAGUUAAGAGUCCCCUGGGCUUUAUAACUUUGUAAGGGAUGCUAAAACAGUCACUAUAACUAAGUAGUUAAGAGACAUUCCAAACCCCUUCAUCACUUUAGCUUGCUGAAAUCCUUUCUGUGUAAAGAGUGUGUCUUUUUCAUUUUACAAAAGUACAGAUAUCAACAAAAACUGGCACUUUUAUCAAUUAACAUUCUUACACCUCCUAGCUUUCAAUCAGACAAUCGACCUGUUACUUCCUGGUUUGUUUAGCUCAGUAGAGCUAAACUCAAGAAGCAGGCAAUUGCCCAGAGCACCUGUCUUGCAAAGACUUCUCAUUGAUCUGUUUUAAAAUGUCUUUGAUUGGACAUCCACAGAAAGUCUGGGCGGGGUUAGAAGAGGAGGGAUUGCAAAGGCAGCAGACAAAAGAUCUGCAGCUUUAGAGAGUUAUUUUUACAAAUAUCCAGAAUUAAAAAAAAAUGCUUGCCCCAUGUUUUAAUUUUGGGUAUACCUACUUAACAGUGUCAAGUAGGCGAGGCGCUGACAGACCAUCUUAAAAUGAUAUAAAAACUAUCUGUUGACUCACCAGUUAUUGUGCAUCACGUAAGUCAGGAAUAAAAUGCCGGAUUAAGAAGACUUUGAGACUUUAUUGAGUAAAGUGCUGUUCCAAAGAAAUCUUUUAUAAAUAUUACUUGUGGUAAAUGCUUUUGCUUGCAGCCCUAUAAGAACCUGUAAUAAUCACAUAUUACUUAUACAAUAUUACAUCUGCAAAAAUAUUUCUAAUCUUUCAUAACAGCUGUUACACACAUAUAAAGGAAAAUAUGUGUAGCUGUCUUUGUAUUGUGUACAAGACCAAUCUCCAGUUACAUAGCCAGUUAGGUACAUCAUUAGUUAGGUUACACAAAUGCAAAGUUCAUUUGGUUUAACCUUUCCAAAUAUCAAUAUUUGUUGAUUGAAUAGUAUACAAAGUAUUUCUAUAUAGGGAAGUCUUGCAUUGACCUUGAAUAUACUUGUUAUUGUAAACACCGCUCCCCAGUGAUUAAUUUUCUGCAGUGUAAGCACUUGCGAUUCGAAAGCUGUACCUCAUAGAUUCAAUAUUCAGUUUAUUUAAUUAUUUUUUUCUCAUCUGUGGUUGCCUUUCUGUAUUAUAUUGUCUGUCUUGUGAAGCACCAUGCUUUUGUGCUUCUACUAGAUAAACCUUGUAGAAGGGGCAAAGUAGGCAUAUGUUCUGCUUUUGGUAUGUUCUUGGUUCCAUUGAGUUUAUCUUUUCAUUGGGGACUUUAGUAAGUUCUAAGAGGAGCCGCUCUUUGGUUUAUGGAGUGAUACGAUCAAUUUAAGAUUCACGUUCAAGGAUAUUGUGAUGUGGGAGGGCACAGCCCAGAAAUGGACAUCAUUCAUUUAAAAAAUAUACAUAUUGAGGUUGGAGUUGAGGGUCUGAACCUCCGUCAUCCCAAGAAAGCAUGCUUGAUGGUUUUCCUUGAAAAAGAAAAAGCUCAGACUCAACAAAUGCUGGGGAAAGGUUUGAGAAAAUUUUCCUCCUCAAAAAAUGGGACAAUGUAGGGGGCGGAGCCUAACUGCCGAGCCGGGAGGUUGCAACUCGCCUGAGCUCCGGCAAAAAAGUGCCCAAACAGGGGUAAAUACCACUUGCACCGAGCCCAUCCACAGCCAGGCUACUCACCAGAGGCUGGAGAGACACCCGGUGAACGAGUACACCGCGACGAAAGUGUCGGCUCCGAAAUCGGCGGCAACUCAAACCGCGGCCUACCACGUGUACGCAGACGGGAGGUGGCCAGCCCCGCCGAUCAGGUACCUGAAGGCUUAAAGGCGAGUGUUGACCCCACCAGAGACCACUGCACCCCCCCCCCACGCCGGCAGGGGUAAUUGCUAGCACCCCUAACAACUUACAGCAACUAUGGGGCGCAAACACAAGAGGCUAAUGCAGAUGGAAAGGCAAGCACUUCAGGACAUAAGGCUAUCCUUCGAGAGAGCAAACCCGCCAGAACCCGCAAGGGUGGCACUGGCACCUGACCGUUACAGUGAGCAAGGGGCCUCAGACGACUCCCCUGGAGAGCUGGAAUCCAGUAACCCUCCCUACCCAGCUGGUGUAUACCUGCAAGCUGACUCAGAUGAAGAUUCCUCCCCAUCCACAAAAGGCGACAUUAAAAAGUUACUAGUGGACCUAAGGGAGGUGUGGAAGUCAGACCUCCGAGAAACACAAGCUGACAUAAAGGCCUUGCAGCAUACAGUAUCAGAGGCUGAGGUCAGAGAACAAGCUCGGGAUACUCAACUCAAAUUGACUACACAACGGGUGGAGUGUCUCGCCUCACAGGUCAAACAACUGCACAAAAUAGUGACCACACUGGAGUCCCGGCACCGAAGACGAAAUGUGCGCCUGAGAGGCAUACCUGAACAGGUAGAAGGGGGAGACAUACUGUCAUAUGUCCAAAAGCUGAUUAUCUCAAUGGGAAUUCAAAAGGCGACAGACACCCCAUGCAUCCUAGCUGCCUUUCGGGUGCGCAAAGCUGCAGCGGCACCAGCGGACGCACCAAGAGACAUUAUUGCAACUACCAAAGAUAUUGCGGUGCGAUCAGCCAUCCUGAAUAAAUCCAGAACAAUGGGUCGAGUACAUUUCGAGGGCCAUAACCUAUCCAUCUACAGUGACCUCCCAUUCCUUGUUCUAGCAGAAAGGAGGCAGCUGGCACCAGUGGCUAAGAAGUUGCGUGACUGCUCAGUCAAGUACCGCUGGAACGCAGAAGGCUCUCUGGCCGUCACACGAGGCGCGGACACAUUCACCCUGACAUCCUCGGAUGACCCAGAGACGCUCUAUCAUAAGUUAGGCCUAUCGGCCACCAACGCGUUAGAGGGUGCAACCAGGACAGAUACUCCACGUGAAAAAAGAACCUCAGGAAGAGCACACCAGCGGAGAAGUCCGACUAAACAACAAGUACCUACCGUCAGGGACAGUUCGGACACUCCAUAGCGAUUGCUAAUAGCCGGACUAUAAACUAAUUAUACUGACUUAUGUGGUCAACCGCUACGCCCAACCUAAGGACCAAUGCUAUUGUUUUUGAUUGACGCCUUUCAUUUGUCCUUUGUCCCUCUCACUUGUCACUUGUCUAUGCUCUACAUCUCUUGCUAACAUUAGUGUGUUUGCUGAACCACACUGAACCGUAUACUCUCUAUUUGUUUAUCCCUCGCAUAUAAUGGCACAGAGAUAUACUUGCUUAUAACUCUAAUAAAAUAUAAAUAAAAAUAAAAUAAAAAAAAAUGGGACAAUGUAAAAAAAACGUCUAGAUCUGAUCAUAGACCUCAUUGGUGUAGAUACUUGGUGACCUUAACACAGGUUGGUCUUUAUUCUAGAGCAACCUGCAGUCCUUUGUUAUAUCUAAUAGUGUAUCGUAACCAUCAAAACCAGUUAAUUCCCAAACUAAUAAAAAUAUAUUUUCUUUUUUUUUGUCUAAGGUGGAGUGGAUUUCUACUUUGUGCCACAGCAAUGCUUCUUGUGAUAUUCCCAAUGUUUACAUUUCCGAAAAAGCUUCCACCACGGCUGAAGAAGAAGAAAAAAAAGAGUAAUUCAUACGAUGUUUCCUCUGAUGAUGAUGUACUAAAGGAGAAGACGAGCAAUAAGAUCAAAGUAGAUGCUGGCACUGGUCCAUCGAUUGGGUUUGGAAAAAAUUUUCAAGGUAAUAGGCACUGUUGUAAUUUUGCAUCUGUGAUAAUUAAAGGAUUUAAUCACUAAAGAGAUGCACUCAAGUCCACUAUAUUCAACAUUAAGCGGCCUAAGUCUUGAAAAUUAAUUUUGUAUUUUUAAUUUACAUCAAUUCACUGAGGAAGCACUGAUAGUUAAUAAUAUAAAAAUAAUUUUAUAAAAUAAAGUGGUAUAAAUAGAAACACAUAUAAUAAAAAUAUUUAAUAAAGUGUGAAUUGUCUCGAAUUCAAAGUGAGUUUAAAAUUUUAGGCAAAAAUAACUGAAAAAAUUCUCCAUGUGAGCUGUGUUUUCAGAUCAGCUAUUUAGUCAUUAACUUUAAAAUGCACUUUGAAUUCCAGACAAUUCACACUUUUGUGCAUAACACUGCAAGUGUCAAAUAGCAUUCCUUUGCCAGCAUGAUCCUACAAUCCCCCCACUGGGAGAAAGCAUCUGUUUACAUGUGCUUGGCUCAAUGGGACAACCUACGUGUAUAGUUUAUGCUCCAUGCUGAAAAGAACUUGACUGGGUCCAAAAUAAUUAAAGUGAAAUUUUAAUGUGCAUUCUAAAUUCAAGGUAAAAACUGGAAAGAUUCUAUCAGUAGGUGCUAUCAGUUCAGCUAUUUUGAAUUCACUUUGAAUUCUCAUUUUAGUAAAUAGCCCUGAAUAACGUAUCUAUGUCUGGAGAAUGUAUUGAUUAAUUAAUAUACAAAUGGACUUGGCAAUUUCACUUUGUAGACUAAAAUAUUAAAAUUGAAAUCCAAUAAUUUUGCAAAGCUGGGAUAUUUUGGCUCUAACAUAUACAAUGCCCUGGCCGAUUUCCCCAAAUUCUGAUUAAAUGAAUUGUCCUGAUUGUUUGCUAAAUCAGUGAAGGUAAUCAGAAGAUAAAGACAUCAAGCAGGGUUAUUCACAAAAAUUUGGAUUGCUAGAAUUUCAUUUAGUACAUUUCAGCUCUUUUUGAGAAUUUUUCAAAUUUAGCUAUUUUCGCCUUAAAUAUAAAACGAAUUUUGAACUCACUUUGCACUCUCAACAAUUUACACCUGACCGAAUAACCCAGUAUGCGCAAACUGCUGCGUGAUUUCUUUAGUGUAGAAAGCUCUUAUCCUCUACAGAAGCUCUGUCUUCUUUUAAAGCUGCAUCUCAUGAAUGAGGUAGGAACAUUUUGAAAUCACUUUGGAAAUCACUCUGGAAAUUAUACCACUGAAUAAAACUGUGAAAAUCACUUAUAACUUGUGUUAACCUUUUCUUCAUGUUCUGUUUUUUUUAUUUUUUUUUUAUUAUGAAUGAAAAAAUUUAGCAGGUGGCAUCACAAUCCAGUCAGAGCCAGGGUACACAUCGCAACUUGGUUUCUCUUUCUCCUUCUCUCGCCAAGCUAAAUGACUGGUUUUAUACCAUUGUUUGACAAAUAGCACGUUAAUGAUAAUUUGUAGAUUGGAUGUAGAUCGGCUGUAGAUUGAUUCAGAUGAGUUUGGAAUAUCAGUGAUUUCGUUAUCUGAAGCAAUGUUACAGAAUCUGUCAGACUGACUGAAUUCUGACCGCAUAUGGCUUUACUGAAAAACUAGAAUUGCUAAUGCAAUUGGAAUUCAAACGGAAUUUGGACCAGGCACUGUAGCAACUCUGAAAAAAGAGAGAGAGUGAUAGGCGCUCACUAUAGUGAUCAGGCAGCAGUAUACAAAACAGGAGUUCCCCAAUCCUGUGAGUGAAUAGCAGAGAGAAAAGAGGGCGUAUACCGCGCCUAGUAAUUAUUUUAUACAGAAAAAUACAUACAUAUAUCCUUGGAUAUUCCAAUCAGUUGUAGCCUCAAAAAAAAAUAAAAAUUAGAAUAAAGAAUAAUAGUGCAAUACAGUAGAUGGAAUUAUUAAAUAUAAGCAAUUAUUGCUAUGUACAGUCCACUCACAUUUGAAUGAGCUAUAACAGAGCUCUACUGUAAAGCGCCUGGACGGUACAAUCCCCGUCUUAGGAUUCGUAGUAGUUGCCACGGAUGAUCUCAAGGUGCAAUGUGCAUAAUAAAUAUAAGAAGAGAUAGCAGCAAUAUGGUGAAGUAAGUACUAAUGGUAUAUUCAGUAAUAAAAGGUAUUGUACUUACACUUUUUAGAGCAUAUAACUUGCUCCAGUAUAAACAGCUUAGGUGGUAUAAUCCCCACCAAGGAUAUGCAGGAUCCAGGAAAUAAAAAAUACUAUAUAUAAAAAGUAACUUUUAAAAAUAAUAUAAAAUUAAAACAAUAUAGGAUAAAGGAAUAUAAUAGAAUGUCCCACUUAACGCGUUUCACCUUAACAGGCUUCUUCAGAAGUGUGGUAAAGAGUCCAAAAAGUCCAUUUUUAUAUCCUGGUUAAUGAAGUGAUGGUUUCCUGGUGUGUAGCUUCCUGGUUCCGGGCUCCGGUUGACAUGCACGCGUCAUACCGGAAGUGACACGCACGCGUCAUACCGGAAGUGACGCGGCACGCGUGUCAUACCGGAAGUGACGUGUCGCUCGCGUCGAGCUAGAAAAUACUUGCGGCAUCAACAUGAAAAAUAAUAACAGUAUUGUGGCGCAUUGGGACGCACGUAUCACCAAUAUAUGGUGUGCGUGACGUUCCGAGCGCUGCACGCUCUAAAGCCUCAUGGAGUGAGGUGUGGGCAUAUAGUGCUAUGUAAAUAGCUUGGCGGCCAUCUUUAUUUUGGGCAGCCAUAAACAAAAGAAUAAAGUGAACAUUAAGAUAUUACCUAUAUGUAGCAAGUGCAAAAAGGGCUAUACUUCAACAAGCUAUAUACCUCUAUUACAGGAAUAACAUAAUAAAGUAUCAAGUCAAAUGAUAAAUAGUAUUAAAAAACAAAAGGUCAAUACUAUUAUAGCACUUAGAGAGUCUAUAAUACGAAUAUAAAUAGUAAAUACCAAUGUAAAAUAAUAAUAAGAUAUUUUAAUAUUUAAAAUAUUUUAAAAAAUAGUAUCAAUAUUAAAACGUAUCUAUUAUAUAAAAUUAAUUAAGACUUAUACAAAAAAAUGAGUACAAUCUCUAGGCAUAUACAUGUAUAACAGGUUGAUUUACCGGAGAUGGUGAUAGGGAAGAUGUACAGGUGAGGGAGAUGGGGUGUUGUGCUGGGAAGAGUUUUGGGGAAAUGCAAUGGAUGCAAAUGCAAAGAGAUGUAUAGCAUUAUCCUGGGGACAUGGGUUGAUAUACUUAACGACAGGCAAGGAAGUAUGCGUGCAAAUUAUGUGACUGGGAAGAUGCAUCGAAGAUGGUAACGAGAAGAUAUAUUGGGGGAGCGGUGGGGGAAUGUACCGCUGGUGUGUGUGGAGAUGUACUGGAAGAGUUGUGGUUGGGGUGAACAUUCUGCGGAGAUGUAGGUAGAUAAACCGGGGUGAUAUGUAGGUAAAGGUGAUGUAUGGUGGGGUAUUUUGGCUUAGGGGAGAUGAAUUGUGUGAUAUAUCUUAGACAGAUGAUUGAGAGAACAUGGCUACGGAAAUAUAUUGCAUACAUGUAGAUGGGAGAGAUGAAUACCUCUGGUGAGAUGAAUCAGUGAUAGAUCAUUAGUGAAAUAUGUCAGUGGUGCAUGCAAUGGAGAAAUAUACUGGAUAUUCAAGAAGACUCUGGAAACUUCAGAUGACUUCAGAACACUCCAGAAUACUCACAAUAUUUCAUAAUACUCAAAGAUAUGCAGGCUAUUUCAGUGUUUACUUACUCAGCCCAUGCAAGGGUUCCGAUCAUCUCUUCUUGUUGUUUGUUACACAAUGCUUCUUGCUUUAUUUCUACUAACCUCUGACUUCACUGUGACUUUUUGUGUCUUUAUUCUCUCUCUCUCUUUUCACGAGCUUAGUAUAUAUCUCAUAUAUAUGCAAAUGCAAAUUUGAGUACAUAAUCAGAAAUGACUAAUAUUGUGCUUUACUUUUUAUCAAAGUUAUAUUUUGAGUUUUUGCGUGGAUUUUGUAUUUUAUUGUGUAUUAUAGUCUAUGAGCAAACAAGUGAAAGAACAAGUUGUGCAUUUGUCAAGAUUAUAGGACUAAUUCCCUUGUAUAAAGUCUAUUUGCCCAGCAGAAGCGAGGAUAUUCUAGAAAAAUAGCAUGUGCCAUUGACAUCAAACUCAUUUGAGAAGUGGUGAAAUCCAAAUAGUUUGCCUGCCUUAACAUUUUCAUUGAGCGUUCUUUUUUUGUUUUGUAUUGUUUUUUAUUUUUACUCUUGGUGGAGCUUUUUGAUUAAACUUUGGUCAUCACAGUGAUUUUGUAAUUUUGUUGAUUGUUUGGUAACCAUGUUUGCAUAAGUGGGAACUUGUUGGAUUUCAGCUGGAGUGUCCUGGUCCACCCUUUUUAUCUGGCUGUUGACGAAGUGGGCAGCCUAUUUAUCUUGUAGACUCAGUCUCGAAUCUGGUCGAACAACAGUUUUGCGGGAUGGACAACUCCCUUUUCACCAGAACCAUUUAUUCCAUUCACAUAAGUUGAGCUGUUUAGCAAGGGGAUCUGAUAAGUUCCUACGUAUGCUACAUUUAGAACUGUAUUUAUAUUCCUGAAUAAACUGUAAGCUUAAUGCCGCAGAACGGGCAAUCUGUAAACAAAUGGUAUCUUGGGUAUCCAUUACACGCUUCUCAUUUCUCAGGACAUACAUUGUUUUUUGUUUUUUUCAUUUAUUGUUUAUAAAAUCCAUUUCUUGUCAUUUCUAUAGACCUUCCAAGAGCAGCAGUCAGAAUUUUAAGCAACAUGACAUUCCUUUUUGUGAGUUUGUCAUACACAGCUGAAAGUGCCAUUGUCACCGCUUUUAUUACCUUCAUUCCCAAGUUCAUCGAAUCACAGUUUGGCAUCCCAGCUUCUAGUGCCAGCAUCUACACUGGUAAGAUCAUUGUGGCAUGGUACAUUAAGGGGUACAAUGGUGCAACAUAGAAAAAUGAGUCAUGUAAAGUGAAUUUGUGAUACAAUGAGCAAAAGCAGAUUGUUUACCCAGUAUGAUUUUGAUUCCGAUUGCCUUUUACACCAUAAAACAAAUUAUUAUAUAAAUUGUAUGGAUAUUAUAAUUGCGUAAAGUUUCAACACAUAAGACGUCAGUUUGAUGAGUUGGAUGUUUAAUAAUUACCGGCUCUAGGACAAGAUUCAUGUGUGAAAACUUGGCAAUGGAUUUAACGGUAAGUUCAAACAUAACAUACUUUAUAUAACAAACCAUAACAUGUCUAGAUUUUUUCUAAGAAAGUAUAACAAAUGAGGUUCACUGUAAAGCCAGCACACUGCUGGAUACCCACCAAUGGUUGGAAUUCUUCUAGCAUCCUGUGAGAAGCAAAAGAAAAGCAAAGGAUAAUCCAGUUGAUAAAAGGUAGAAAUAUAUUUUUUUAGACAAUAAAAUAGCACUAAAAUAUAAAAUAGGCACAAAACUAAUUGGUUAUGCCAACUGCUCAAACAUAAGCAAUGGCUCUAACCAUCUUGGCUCGUUAUUAGAAAUUGUCCUCCAUCAUGGAACAAAACCCUGAUAGGAACAUGGACAUGCAAGAUGGAAAUCCGAGAGAGAACUCUAGAACAACACUUAAACGAUAUUAAAUUAGUCUUCUUUCAUCUCAUGAAACCGCAGCUUCCUCGGGUUGACAACAAUAAGACAAGCAGACUAGCCGUCUUUUAAAAAAGUCCCAUUAAAUUUCUAUUUUAUUCAAAUUGCAGAGACAUUUGUGCCACACGUUUUUCCAAGACCUGGAUAGACUGAUUGAAAUUGUUUCUGGCAUGAUCAAUAAAAAAAGUGUGAAUGUAGAUUUCCCAGUGAUUAAUUAUUAUGAUCUAUGUGUCCAAAGUUCAGUCCUUCAAAGUAGACUGGUAUUUUCUAAAUUCAUAUUACUGCAUAAAAUGAAAAAAAAUUAUGAAUAAAAAUGUAUUGAUUCUAGAUGUAACAAUUGAUUGCAUUCCAAACAUGCAGAAUAAUUUAAAGGGACACUACUGGCAAGAGUUGAACCACGUCCCCAUUUCCAGUUUUUCUGAUAAUGACUUUAAGAUUAAUCGUGGGAAAAAAAAAAAAAUAGAAGAAAGAAGACGAAAACAUCUGCAGAGAUUCUCUUUACAAACCUUCUUCCUUGUUUUUGCAAACUUGGCAGGAACAUGGUAUUGGCUAAGCAUGUUUCGUCCAAUCAGUGCUUUCCCAAACAAAAAGAUGGAGCAACACUAAGAAUUUAUUUUCUGUGGAAGUAUGUACAGUAGUUAGAGAGAGUAUUCCUUAACUUCAAAUUAGCCAAUGGCAAAUAUAUAUAUUCAGAACAGUUUCCUUCUAUAGCUCUCUUAUGUAUUUGCCAUUAGUUACCUUAUGGCACUCCCAUGCCAUUCCAUAAAUACUGAGGAGGAAUCAUUUCGAUUGGUUAGUUUCAGAGCAUAAUACACAUUGGGCUCUCAGUUCAUCUCUUUAGAAAGCUCUCAGUUCAUCUCUUUAAAUCAGAAACAUUGCUAGAAAUAUAUUCCAGUGUACAAGAAAACCCAUGUGAUUCAAGACACACUUUCGAUGUAUACAUAGGCACUGAACUUUGGAAUAGUUUAGAGAUGUGUCCUUUGCCAUAUUAUUUAUUUAUUUAUUUAAAUUAUUUUCCAGAAAUGUUCUUGAGGAGUGGAUUUAUGCUACGCAAGGAAUGCUAUAAAUUUAACCUAUUUAAGGGUAUUUUCUUUUUUUGGUUUGUGCUAAUUUAAGAGAAAUCCAUAGAUUUAUAUUUGUAUGUAAGCCGUUUAUCCUUGCUCUGGCGAUGGUCGGGGUAGCUUUAUGGAUUGGUAAUCUGGGAGCUGUUUGAAGUAUAGCUCAUGGGCACUGCCAGCACAGUGAUAUGAAAGGGUUCACGCACACACAGUGCAAUGUAGAAUGGAGUCCUGUAGUGCACUCACUUAUGGCACAUAUUGGGCAUUUUGAUUGAUAACCCAGAGAAUCACGUAUAUAACUAGGGACAGAGAUAUUACCAGCCUGGGUUUGGGAAUAUUGAGACUCAUGAACAGACUCAACUAAAAUCUUGAUAAAUGUCCACCAUUGAAGCCAUUCCCAUGUUAUUAAUUUCUGACAGUGUAUACUAGGACAGAUAGUUGAGUGUUGGCUAAUCCUAGUUACCAAUUAAUUUACACAGUAGACGAAGCCAAUUAAUAUUUUUUACAGGGCCCUUGGAAAAGAAGUUUGUGAUUUAAAUAAUCCUUACAGCUACAUAAUAAUAACAUAAUGAGUGCCGAUAGUAAAUAACCAUCCUAUCCCAUUAUAUGCUGUAAGUCCCAUGAAACUCACCCACUAGUCCUUGAGUGCCAUAGCAUGCCUGAACGUAAGGCACUAAGAACUCAUGAGUGUCUACUUGAUAAUUCUCCAUUUUUAUAGUAGAAAGUAUAAAAGUAUAUUUUUAAUUACCGCUUAUUGAUAUUUUGCUCCAAAAGAACUGCGAAGCUGUUUGCUGGGUUUGAUUGAAAAAAAGGUACAUCAAAACCACAAUCUAUCUCUUUAAAUUGAGAACAGAGCCUUUCUGGCAGCAGAUUGUAUCCAUCAAUAUAAUAAUAAAAUCCUGGUAAUCUGCUCAGUCAUCUGGCAUUUUUCUAUAAUGUGAAACAUGCAAACACAGGCCGAAACCAGAGAUGUUUGCAAGGUUGUUAUUCAAUCUAUAAAAACUCUAUCUCUUCAAAAUAUUACUAAUCAGUUAUAAUAUAGAAAAAAAAUCAUGAUAAUAUAUGGAAAGAUGUUUUUCUGUGCAAGCAAUUCAUCUUUUAAUCUUAAAGGAUCACCAUAGGCACCCAGACCAUCUCAUUGAAGUAGUCUGGGUGCAAUGACCCUGUUCCCUUAAUCCAGCAAUGUAAAGAAUUGCAGUUUUUCAGAAACAGCAAUGUUUACAUAGCACGGUUAAGACUGCCUCUAGUGUUUAUUUACCAGACUGCCACUAGAGGUGGCACAUGCAGUUUUUAUGGAGUUUGAAAACAACAUUGGGCGUCCUCAUGGAAUGACGUUGGACGUUCUCUCUCUUUGCAUGAGGGCCUCCAGCCUGUAGAAUAACUCAAAUUGAAAGCAUUAAGCCAACGCUAUUCUACACGUAAGGCCUAAUGCGCAUGUAGCGCUCGCCUUGCAUGCUUAUUAGAUUCCUGGAUUGAACAGUCGUCGGUGGAGGAUGAGUCUGAUCCAGCGCCAAGGGAAAUCGUCGCUGGAAUAAAGUAAGUGUAAAUAGGGUUUAACACUUCACAUGGCUUGGGGGGGAAAGGGGGAAGGACCACAGGUGCAGAGGGACACUAUAAAGUAUUAGGUAUACAGAUUUGUGUUCUUAACACUAUAGUGUUUGUUUAACCCCUUAAGGACACAUGACAUGUGUGACAUGUCAUGAUUCCCUUUUAUUCCAGAAGUUUGGUCCUUAAGGGGUUAAACCUGAUGGUCACUAAUUGUCAGAAGCGACUGAAGAGCAUUAAAAUAUAUGACAAAUUACAAGUUUUGGAUUCUGUUAAAUAUAUAUAUAUAUAUGUGUGUUAACCUGCAAACAGAAAAUAAAAUAAAAUGACGUAAAAUGUCUGUUUUAGAUUUCUCUUUUUUAUUUUUUAACCUUGACUAUACUCUUGAGUGGGUGUAUUCAGCAUUCAAAAUUAUUUCUCAAAAAAAGUAAUUCUUAGUUGUUAUAUAUAUAUAUUUUUAAUAUAGAUUUUUUAAAAGGUAUCAACUGCGUAAUAUUUGUAAUUAUGAUUUCUACCCAUUAAAAAUAUAAUUUAGACCCUACAUUGUCCUCAGCCAAUGCUUGUCAUUUCUAAACUGUAAAAAAAAAUUGUGCUGUAAGUUUUCAAUAUACCCCUGCAUAGAACUGCUCAUUUAUUUAAAAAAAAAUAUCACAUUCAAUACCUGGAGUGUUUAUUACAAAAUGAAGUUGAAAAUUGCUGCAUAUAUCAUACUGAUUAUUAUUUUAUUAUUUAUAUAGCGCCAUCAGAUUCCAUAGCGCUGGCUAUGUAUAAUGUUAUGUUAUUAUCGAACCUUUAAAGGGGAAGCCCAGGAUUUUUAAUAUUCUGUUUACUUAGCUCCUAUAUUUAGAAAAUAUGCUUUUGUUAGAUCUGAUAAAUAAAGCUAAAUAUAAAAAUCCACAUAUAUCCUGGAACUGGGCACCUCCAUCUUUUCUCCUUCUCAUAGUUGUAAAUGUUGCCCGUUUUUUCCUCUUGAACAUAGUUCGUAGAAGAAGGAAGACUGAAACAAUGAGGGCAUUUAUCAAUGUUCUGGAAAGUGUCUUUGAAUUUUGGGGUCUUAUCUGUUUGUAUUUUUAUCAGCUUUUCUAUGUCUAAAUUCUGCUAUUUUUUUCAAAUAUCAAUUUCAGAAAAGGUUGACAAAUUUACAGUGGUGGAAAUAAUAUAAGUGAAAUAGAACACUUUUCAGGUGAAAAAAAAGCUGAAAUUUGAAAUUUAUAAAUUCAUUGUGUUGCUGAGACAAAUCGUGUACACUCAAAAGAGCAACAGAAACACAGGUGAAAACACCUGACAGAUCUAAUAAAUUGUGCAAAAAAAAAAAAUACAAAAAGAAAGGAACAAACCUGUCUAUCACACUUUGAUCAAUCUCCUCCACUGUUUUUAUUCUCCUCCUCCUCAGAGUGUGCUCUGACAAUGUUUGGGACCGAAGUGGAUUAUGCUGUCAUUGCUGAACCCUAAUAUCCUUAAAAGGACACAAUAGGCACCCAGACCACUUCAGCUCAUUGAAGUGGUCUGUGUGCACUGUCUCUGUCAGUUUAACCAUGCACUUGUAACUAUUGCAGUUAUUGAGAAACUGCUAUGAUUACAUUGCAGGGUUAACUCCACCUCUAGUGGCUUUGUACCAGACAGCCACUAGAGGCGCUUACGGGUCUUUAGGUGACUUUUGGUUGCCUAAUUAACGCUGGAUGCAUGAGGACAUCCAGUGUCAACUAAAACUUCACAGGAAACAUUAAUUCAAUGUUUGGGGUUGUCUUAAUGUGAUUACCGCGCAUGCGUAUUAGGUCCCCGACGUAGGGGGAGGAAUAGCGGAGGGAGAGCCUGGCCCAGCGCCGAGGGACAUUCAGGAUUCAGAUAAGUGAAUUAAGUGUUUUUACCCUUUCUGCACUGCAGGGGGGAGUGGGUGAAGGAGGGGGUGGGGGUCAUGUGAGCAAGGAGGGCACUAUUGGGUACUCUAGUGCUAGGAAUACAAUUUUGUAUUACAAGCAUAUAGUUUCCCUUUAAUGUACUUUGAAAGAGAAUUGAGCAAUACAUUAAAAAAAGUUAAAAGAAAUUAUGGAUACAUUUUUAAUGUUUUCUUCAAUAGUGUCAUUUCUUUAGAAUUAGCUGUUCGGCUUUAAAUCCAAUAGCAUUAAUUAUGUGCUUUCGUAGUAUUUUAUCUUGUAACAUGUGCGAAAAAAACUAAUAGAAGAAAGCAUACUUUAUUAACUAGAUACUUUAUUAACUAUUAUUUCAUUGUGUCACCUAAAUCUCUUUUAAUACUGUUCCGAUAGAGCUAUCUGUUCUUACUUGUCAGUGAGUUGAGUAAAAAUUGAUGGUUUUUGUUUUAUCUAUGGUAAUUGCUACAUCCUGAAGAAGUCUUAAUGCAGUGCUCGGGAUGUCGAUAUACUGUGAAAGCUUUUAGUGGCUCUCCCAUUAAAGAUAUAAAUACAAGGGAUUGUAUAUUUAACAUGAAUAUUGAAUCAGGAAACGAAAAGACUAACCUAUUUAUAUACUGGAAAAAAUGCAUUGUUUUGGCAGGAGAUGAUUGGGUUAAUUGGCUUGCAUCUAGUUAAACUCCGGUCUCGAACACUAAGACUAGAUCACAAGGUUCCCCAUCUGAUGUUGUCAUCGUCUGUAGACGAUAGCGGUUUGCCCUUGAAAAGUCCUUCUGCAUCAAGUUACAAUGUAAUACUUGAGUGUGAGUUCUAUUUAUAAUGGCACAUGUCUGGGAAUACAAUCAUAGCAGGUUGUACUCUGAAUUCUUCAUCUUGAAUACAUUAUUUUAUUGUGCCGUUUGAUUUGUCUGCCCCAAAAUUUUCGGUUUUGUUGAUUAACAAACUCAAGAGUACAUAUGGGUUGACCUCCCUCUUGAAUCAUCCCUACCAAAAUACGAGUAUUAUUAUUAUUAUUAUGUUAUUAUUUAUAUAGCGCCAACAAAUUCCAUAGCGCUUUACAGUGGGUGGAUGAACAAACAUGUAGUUGUAAUCAGACAAGUUGGACACACAGGAAUAGAGGGGUUGAGGGCCCUGCUCAAUGAGCUUACAUGCUAUAGGGAGUGGGGUAAACCAAAAAAUAGCCCCAUUAUAUUGUCUGAUUGCCUAAUUGCGUUAUUUGAUUGUUAGCUGGCUCCCAGUUCCAUCUUGAACAGUUACCCUUCUCCUUCACUGCUAUGCUUUUACAGGUACAUCCAGUGAUAAACGGGGAAGAAAAUCUGCUUUAACAGAUAAUUCUUUAGUCAUGUGUUCAAACACCAAAGUACUUACACUGAAAUAAUGUGCUCUAUGCAUUAUACAUUACAUUUAGAUAAAGAAUCAAUAUAAUUUGUUUUUAUAUUUUAGGUUUUUCAUUGCAUUCCGCAAGUUUAUUUUCCAUGCUACACUAAUUUAUUUUUAGUACAAAAGUAACAUAUUUUAGCUGUGCUGUGUACAAAUAAAAUGCAUAGUUCAGUAAUAUUUAUGCAUUAAAAAAAAUCACUUAUCCUCAAACAUUUGUUGUACAUGCUGUAAUGCUGCUGUAGUACUUAUGGUGCUAAAAGGCUGCAGGAGCUGCCCUCCUUUUUGUAGCCAAAUUACAUUUGAGCUGUGACCUUGAUUUUCGAAGGUCUUUAUAUUCUGCAUAAUCAUGUAUAGCAUGAUGAUGCUGCAUGCAUACAAUGGUAAACAAACAUCAGAUUGCAUCCUAUGUCCCCAAUGCUUCCCUAUGAGAAGCAAUGGAUGGACACUAGCCAUCAAUACUGACGACUUCGACAAGGGGGGAAUAGACUGCCACGACACUGGAUUACAUGCAAGUUUUAUUUUUUUAUUUUUAAACCAAGGGUGGUCUGAACACAUCAAGGAACACUCUAAAAAUAAAUAUACUCAUUUUUAAUGUUAGAGUGUACCAUUUAUAGUUAUAAAUCACCUUAAAUCACCACUAACACAGAAUUUGGCUAUUGAAAGAUGUUUGCAUUACGUACAGUUUUAUGAAAUAAUACAUUUGUUUUUUAGGUUUGAUAAUUGUUCCGAGUGCUGGCGUUGGUAUUGUGCUUGGAGGUUACAUCAUCAAAAAGUUGAAACUUGGCGCCAGGGAAUCAGCCAAGUUAGCGAUGAUCUGCAGCGGUGUAUCUCUGUUGUGUUUUUCAACACUUUUCAUUGUGGGAUGUGAAAGUAUUAACCUUGGUGGAAUCAACAUACCUUACACUACGGGGUAAGUUAAAAAAAACCUACCUUGUCUAGAGAUCCUUAUACGUAUACUAAAAUCUGACAUGAUCGUCGCACAGGUACACAGUAUUUGUUUGGUCUUUUUAAAUAGUUAAUAAAUAGACAGGUCACACUGGCCAGUCACGGUACCAUGAUUUGUAUGAUGAGCAGCCUUUAGUCGAAGUGUAACUGCUUCUCUCUAGUAAUUCCUGAACAUGUUGCCUAAUUGGAGGCUAUCCCUUCAAUUGUUUCAUUUAAAGAAAGUGAGAUUAAUUAUUCUGGAAAAAGAAAUGUUUAAUUAAGUAAGACGUUAGUUUAAAUAGAUUUAAAGAGAUAUAACUCUUUUGUCCAAAACAGCGGAAUAAAUUUUUUAAUUUAGCAAUGUUUGUUGAGCUGUUUCGGGGAUGGGGCUCUUCCGGGCACCCUGUCCCUUCUCAAUCACAUUGAGAGAGUAGUCUUUAUCCUUUGGCAUUAAUCGUAUGAAUGUUGUUUAACUGGAGAGCCAUGAUAGGCUGAGAGUGUUGGGGGCAGGUGACGGCCAUCCCGGCUGAACAUUUAUUAAUAUUGAUAAUGAGGAAAUUUAAAUGAAUACAGGGGUAGUGAGUGCCAGGGAGAUCUGUCAUGGUUAUGCUGGUUAGCCUGUCCCAUUUAGAUAAGAGGAAAAAGGGUUCCAAAUGACGAAAAUGAAGGGUUAGCUUGCAAUUUGGGAAGUAUAAAAUAGGAAUGCCCUACACGAGGAGCUGGUGACUUCAGAUACUUUUCAAUGAAGGACAUAGAUGGACAUAGAUUCUUUUGGAGGGUCAAGAAUUCCAAUGUAUACAUGAGUGGUUCCUGAAUCUAUGCUUGAUAACUAAAGACCCAUAAGCCAAAGAUUGUAUCACUACCCUAGCAUGUUAAAUGGGAAGAACAGGAAGACAAACUUGUGAUCUUAACUUGAGAUAAUUCAAACCCUAAUUCUCAACUUUCGUAACUCUAAGGUACCUGAUGAUGUUUAGCUGGAAGGAUCUAAAGCAUGAUGCCACUAGUUGUAGUGGAUAGUGGAGCUUGGACCCAGGGCUAGAGAAAGACAUUUAAUUUUCAGGUUCUCAUUGCAAAUUUGUACCCUCUGCUAGAACUUUCAAACCGUACCUCCUGAAGCCAUUUACACAAACAACACAUCACACACAAAUAUAACCGUCAGUUCGCAUAUAUCUAGCUAGUCAUACAUGUACACACAUAAGUAGCCAUUUAUACACACUUAAUUAGACGCAUGCAUAAUUAGCCAUGCAUAUGUAAUUACUUGCACACAGAUGUAACUAGCUACACUCUUACCUAGUUAGCAAUACACAAAACACAUUGACAUAUAUACACAAAAAUGUACAUAAAUAUAUUUUCACACAUAUACAUAUGUGUGUGUGUGUGUGUGUAUAUAUAUAUAUAUAUAUAUAUUUGCAUACACACUUAUUAGCUUUUCAAGGUAUUCACCUUCAGUCCUGUAGCUCACACAUGUUGGUGGUAGGAAGGAAGGACGGCAUAGGUCUUCUAUGUGCUGUCAUAGAUUUCCCACCUUCUCCUUGAAGCAUCACUCAUUAAGCAAGAUAUGGAUGCUAGGACAUGAGUUCACCUCUAGGCACCCACUGCCUGUCUCACAGUAAAUAUGUAAUGAUAGCUACUGACAGUAACACUGCUUUAAUAAUAAGAUAGUGGUCACUCACACCUUUCUAGUUGUUGCAAUCCUUUAUAUUCAGUACACAAAGAAGGACAAUGUUUCAGGUAACGUAUUUGCCCUCGUCAAAGUCAAUGGACCUCACAAAUGCUAAUAAGUUAGCUGAAACGUUGUCUCUCCCUAUGCACUGAAAAUGCACUAAGAAUUUGUGCUUGACCAUUAUCUAUUUAUUUAUUUCAUAUAUGGAUAACAGAUCCUGAGUUCACUUGCACCCUUCCACAAAUGUAUGUUUUUUUUUGUGAGUGCUCACCAACUAUAUAUUCAUUUUUACCUAGGUAAGACUGUUUUACACAUUGCUAGCUUGGUGUCAGUCAGUGGUUAAUGCUCUACCUGCCAUUCUGAGAUGCUAGUGGUGUUCCCUGUCAGGCCCCCAUGUUCACAGUGGUGUAACAAUGUGACAAUCAGCCAGCAGUCUAUGUGCACUUAGUUAUAUUGCUGGGAACCAGUGGGUAGUUCACUCACCUAGGGAAUGGCCUGUACAGGUAAACAGGUGACUGCCAAGAGUUCCAGUCAUGCGAGGUAAUGAAACAUGAUUGUGAUUACAAACUAGAUUAGCAAAAUACCCAUCUGAGUUCCUCUAGGACACAAUGGACCCACUGGAACCCCUAGGUCUGACCCUGCCCAUACCUAUCACUAUUACUGCUGCAGGUGUGUCUGUCCCUAAAAAUUACUGGGGUUUAAUCAUAAGUAUAUGUAGAUACCAUAUGUUUCUAUGUUAAUCCAGAACAAGUAAUGUAUAUUGCAUUGUUUAAUAAUAACUGAUUUAUGGUAUUGAUUCUCAAUUUUACAUAAUAUGUUUUGAAAGGUUAAAAUGUCAGUUUCUCAAAUUAAAAGCAACACUUUCAUUUGAUUGCUUUUUAUUCAAGAGAGAGAGGUUCUAAUCUUAAAUACCUAUUGUGGAGAUGAAGUUUAUUAAUUGCUUUUGAUUUAAUGAAUGGCUACACUCUUAACAAGUAGCAAAUCAAAUUUUAGUCCAAUAACUGAAUGUAGUGAUAGUUCAAAGAGUGAAAUGUUAGUUCUGUAACCAUGUUCUUCCUAUAUUCUGUAAUAUAUUUUUUUAUUUACUGCCUGUAUGUUUGUCUUUCUAUUUGUUGCUAUAUCUAAUUUAAUUUUUUGUAUUUAAGUGGAACUGUCACAUUUUGGGUCUUUGCAUAUCUUCUCGUAUUUUGACACCCAGGGUAAGAGAUAUAUAAAAAUAUAUAAAACUUUCCCAGCUCUCAACGCAAUCUUUCGAUCUCUAUCUUAUGAUAUUUUUUAUUGGGUUGGAAUUGCAGUAUAUGGGAGUUUUUUCAAGGAUUCUAUUUGAACUGUAAAGUCAGAAGUGACAGUUGUGCUUAAGUAAUGGCUUAUGCUUCUUUGUAAAGUAACGUACUUUAACUGUAUCUUUUCUAAUCUCUACAGUCCCACGCUAACCAUGACACACCGGAAUUUAACAGGUGGCUGUAAUGUUAACUGCGGCUGUAAAAUACAUGAAUACGCACCAGUCUGUGGAUCAGAUGGAAUUACAUAUUUUAAUCCUUGUCUCGCUGGUUGCAUCAGUGUGGGAAAUCAGAGCAUAGCAGUAAGUACACAAAGAGUGCAAACCUUUUAGACAGUGGCUGAUUGUGAGUGAAGAAAGACACUUGUAUACUGUUACAGCACAUCUUUCAGGUCUGUUCAAUGGGUAGGAAUAACAAAAAAUCGAAAAGUUCUAUUCCAGUAAGUAAGAAAGAAUGAAGCAUUAAAAGAGGCAUUCUAAGCAACACAAUCACUACAACUGCAAUGGUUAUGUUGUCUAGAUCAGUGUUCCCCAACCCAGUCCUCAUGGACCACCAACAGUCCAGGAUUUAUGUAUUUCCCUGUUUUAUACCAAUGGAGAUACUGACAAAACCUGGACUGUUGGUGGUCCAUGAGGACUGAGUUGAGGAACACUGGUCUAGAUUAUCCAGGUAUAAUAAUGAAGUGAUUAAGAAUGAUUUGACAUAAACUAAGGCUCUUCUUGGACACCACCAUCUCCUCAUUUGUACUGAUAAUGCAGAAUUUACAUCCCCAUCACUAAAUCACACACACACAAACUGUCAGACAGUUAUGGACUGGAUGAAACAGGCUUUGUUAAUAAAGGGUUAAUUAUGCAUUAUCAUUAUGCAUUAUCAGUGUAAAGAGGACAUGGUACAUUAUCAUUGUGCAUUAUCAAUGUGAAGAGGACAUGGAACAUUUGGAAUUCUCAGCAGAUUUCUUUUGGGCUGAGCACUCUACCCUUCCACUUCAGGUGACGUUUUGAAAUGGAGCACAGGGUUGCAUACAUUGUCAAGAGCCUCUUGCAGCAGUUUGAGGAAUAAGUACUGCAGUUAGCAUGUUUUCAAUUUAACUGUUAAUAGCCUUCCCUCUACCACCUUGCUUCCUCUCCUGCAACUGUACUAUUCAAAAAAGAAAACACCCUUCUCUUACCCUUUGUAUCACUUUACCCCACUCCCUCUAACAUGUAAGCACAUUUGAGCAGGUCACUCAACUCUGUUUCUGUGCGUCCAACUUGUUUGGUUACAAAUACUUGUCUGUUGGUCCACUAAUUGUACAGCACUGUGGAAUUUGUUGGCGUUUUAUAAAUAGUAAUAAUAAUUAUAAUAAUAAUAAUAGUGAUAUGAUUAAAGGUACACUAUAGGCACUUCAUCGUAAUGAAGUGGUCUGGGUGCCUUGUCCCUGUCAUUUUAGCUCUGAAAUGUAAAACAUUGCCAUUCUGUAGGAUUUAUAUGCCUCUAGUGUCUGUCACUCUGACAGCCUCUAGAGGUGCUUCCAUACAAAUAACCAAGUGAAACUCGGCUAUUUCAAUAAGAUGGUCUACUGCGCAUGCACCAUAGUCCUAAUAUCAGCCUUGGAAGCAGGAUGGCAGCACAGAGACUGGCGCUGCAAGGGAGAAAAGGUAAGUAGAAUGGAUUUUUUUUAAUAGAAAUGGGGUCACCUCACUAAUUAGAAAGGCAUUAUAGCAUUAGGAAUACACGUUUAUAUUCCAAACACUAUAGUGUUCUUUUAAUGUAUGACCCAGCAGUAUUACUUUAUAUACUAUAAAGCAGUGGCAGGCUUAAACAUGAUAUUGCCAUCUGUUGUGACUAAAUCCCCAUCAUUUUUUGUUAAAAUAGGUGAUUUUAAGUAGCCUUGUAAGCAGUGGCGUACCUACCAUGGUCGCAAUGGUUGCAGCUCACUCCAAAGGGCCCGGCCAACAUGUCAACCCCGUGACCGAGGGCCGCCAUAACUUCAUGGUUGGUUGCACAGUAGCACUGGGUGUGUGGUGGCCGGGUGACCAUCUGGUGGGGAACGCACAGCACAGCGCUCCCCUUCUGUCUCUAUAUGUAACAUGGCCAAGCGGACCAAGGGUAGAGGGUAGUUUCCUCUACCUGGUCUGGCAGGAAGUGCUCAUUAAGAGCACCUCCUGUCAGAUCAGGUACCGGGGUUCACUCUGCCAUGCUACAUGAGUGACAGCCACAAGAGGCAGGUUAACCUUGCAAUGGAAACAUUGCUGUUCCUGCAGAAUGGCAAUGUUUUAGUUUACAGGGUUAAAACGGUGGGACAUGGCAACAAGUUAUCUUCAUUAAGAUAAGUGGUCCCUUUAAUCUGUAUUUUGCCUAUAUUUGAGGUGUUACCCCAAUUCCAUUUUCUAUGUUUAUUUAGAAUCCUGACCAGAUUCCUUUUAGAUUGAAUACCCUGCCCUUCCACUCAAGCUGCCCCAAACUAGCAAGUUGGAGAACAGCCAGUGGAUCCCAAGAAGUAUCAAUGAUCUUGUCAAUUGCAAUAUCUUAUGUUACAUUAUUUUUUUUUGACAUUCUUUAUUUUUACGUGCUGAGACGUACAAAACAUCCUUGUAGUGCCACAACAGCAGGUGCAAGCUUAUAAGGAUAACUCAGAGUGAACAGUAUUAUGGCAGCACCUUUUUAAGAAUAAGUUUAGCACAUUUUAUAUGAAACAGAGAUUUAAUACAAUAUAAUACAGUAGGAGAGUUGCUUAACCUACUAACUCACUUGUUCAACAUUAACUAAUAGUUUGGUCAGAGGUGUGUAGACACAGAAACAAGAGUUAGGACAAGCUGUCUACCUUGUAAGAGUAGUGGUAUGUGAUUCAGGAAGAUGUAAAGCCUUAUGGCUGGUAUUUGCUUAAAGACUGCUUUGUGUUGUGUCAUAAUUCCGGCUAUAUGCUAAGGCACGUAGGCUAAGGUGAGAUACAAAAAACAGUAGGAAUUAAACACGCUAGACUAAAGUUAACAACAAAUUAGCUUAAUGGGUAUUCAACACUCUUGAAAAGCUCAGAGAGGAGAACAGAAAUCCCAAUACUGACAGUAAAAUAACAGUGAAGUCUCUGUUCAUCCGAUGCCACAGAGAGGCCUCCAGAGACCGGUAAUUUCCAUGCUGGGCCAUGGCAAAAAGACCAGCUCCAUAGCUGUGGUAAUUCCCACUUUCAUAUCCAUCAGACCGGGUGAGCAGUGCUGUAUGUGCCUCUGGGACUGCAGCUCCAUGAAUCUUUGGCUCCAGGCCUGAUAGGAAGCCCCUGCCUUUAGUCCCUGGAUCCCCCUUUCCGUGGUGGUAUGAUCAUGGGUCUGCAGGAUUGCUGGCUUCUAGAGAACCCUCGGGUAUGAGGUUGCCGGCGUGGAGGUUUCUCUGAUUGGGCAACCAGCCCAGAAUUGGUACAAGCAGGUGACACUACUCUGUGGCUUCGCUGUGUAUCAGGAGUGGGGAGUGUGUCAGUUCUGUGGGCAAUUCGCUUCUAGAACCUCUGGCAGAUAUCAUCAAAGUGUGCAUUGAAGAGGUCUCUUCACCCCAGGCCCUGAGGGCCCACUUGGCACUGUUGAGAUUAUUGCAUGUCAGCCAUCUUGGGCACGCCACGCGGCUUCUAAGGUUAGCCGAAUGUCUUGUGAUGCGGGUUAAAUGUGACCCAAUGGGGACCAGAAUGACCUCGCCAGUCCAAAGGGGAGGGAAUGAGUUGGUAGGAAGGGAGGGAUUUUAAUUAAAAUAAACUACAAAAAAAUCUGUUUAGUUUAAUGCAUGAAGGUGGACGGACUGCACAGAUGGUAAGCUUCCCUUUGUAUGUAUUCUGCCUGCAAGCUGUGCGUGCUGGCGACAGAUAUAAAAUAUGCACAGAAUUCACAGUAGGCAGCUCAGAACAGAGUUCCAGAAACGCUGCACAUCCAGCAUGCUUGGCUUUCUGUGGACUUUUUAUGGGUCCUAGAAGUGGAAAGCUGAAGUAUAAUCCAAGGGUAAGACAGGGUCCCAAAAUUGGAACUGGUCUGCUAGCCAUACGCCAUUUGGGUAGUAUACAUUAUGGUGUAAAAGUAAACUAGGGUAAACUGGCUCCAAAAAAAUAAAAUAAAAAAGUGAAAAGUAAACAGUUUGUUCUUUAAGGGUACACUUCAAUAAUUAAAGAUUUUGGUGCUAGGACUGGUGCAGUCUCAAAAUAAGUAGUGAAACAGUUUAAGAAAGGUUUGACAAUUUACCUGGGGCGUGCCAGGUCCACUACCACCUUCUCUGUGUCUGGAAGCUCCUAUACUGAGCUAAGUCUGGAGGUGCACGGUCACGCUCAUUAGCUGAUAUUAGGGCUUAUUUCAAUAGAGCUAACGUGAGGGGGCAGUAGCGAUGGGUACCAAAGGUAAAUUGUCAAAUGGCUUUUAAAUAGAUUGGCUGCUUGCUCUGGAAAGGUGCCAGGGCUGUCCUGGGACCACAACUACUACAGCAGACUGCAGUUGUUUUACUAUUCUAGCAGGGUUGUCAGAUUACCACAAGCAGGGAUUACUGAAUACAUCGGCUAGUGAAUGUAUAGGCCACAUACAGGUUAAUUUCAGAAUGAUGUCACACUGUACAUUUAUAGACUCGUAUAUGAUAAAAAAAAGACAUUCAAAGUACAAUGAGUAGCUACCUAAAAUAUAGCUUCUACAUUGUGCCAUUACCCCCAUAGUGACUAUUUCACUCUUAAUGUAAAAUGUAUGUAAAAUGUAAGUUUUAGUUUAAUACAAUCUAUUCAUAUAAAAGUAAAUAAGCAUAGAGUGUUGAAAAAGUAUUUUCGACUUUUUGUCAUACUAGUUCAGUUCCUUACUAAUCAUAUCCUAAGGCCUAGGCCAGGGGUAGGCAACCUAUGGCACUAGUGCCAUGAACAGCACUAAAGGUGUCUCUGCAUGGCACUCAAGGCUGCUACAGCCAAACAGACUCUGGCCUAUCAGGAGUCCCAGUGAAUCUUCAGAUAUCUGCUAAUACGAAAAGGUGGUGAAGGACAAUCCUCAAUUUAUCUCUCAGAUCACUUCCUCCCAGCACUUGUGAAUGGGAAUCCACACUAUAGUAGAGCAGCCUGCAGCUGCUGUUGCAGCUCCUGUCCUUGACCUGUAACUGGCCAGCCUGGUCCCCACUUGAACCCAGGGAAGCCUGUGCUAGAUUUACACAGACAAAAAACCCUCCCCUCAUACAAAUAAUACGAACAGCCCACAAACAAACAUACAUACAAUGCUCACAAACGUAACCCGCUAACAAUCCACAUACAUGCACACAACCCCACGUGCAGCCUCUCACAUGCAAUACCCCAAACAGCCCCCACACAUACACACUCUACCAAACACACAAUGUGAUAUCCAUCCACACACACAAUUCCACAAGCAGCCCCCAUACACAGCCCACAUUCAUAUGUAUCAUACACGAUACCACAAACUACUCAUGAACAUAUGCAAUAUAAUAGCUUAUAGACGCACAAAUACAAUGAUACAAAGCAAUUACAGUAUAAAUAACACAAGAAGAAUACAGCAGCAUACACACCUCAAUUUGAAAAAAUUGGACUGGCACGCUACGAUACAUCACAAUCCUAUAUCGGCACAGUGCUGCUAAAAGGUUGCCUACUUCUGGCCUAGGCUCUUCAAUGUGAUUCUUUUAUAAUUCUAUCUUCAUACUUGCUCUUUUGUGUUGAGUUUAAUGUAGUGUUCAUUAUUAAUUUGACCAGCAGUGCUGCUUAUUUUUUCUUUAACUUCUUUUUCCUUAAAAUUAUCUUUUUGUAUAUUUUAACUUUGACCUAAUUUUAAAGACCCUCCUAUUCACCUUCAUGUGGCUAAGCAAUGUGGUAGCUUCUAGUCCAUUAUAAAUACUCAUGGACUUAUGCUCAGACACUUGAUACCUGGCUUUUUUUAAAGAUCCAUUUUAGAAGAGUUGACAAAAAUGUUUUGCUGAUUGAAAAUUAGCUCAAGACAAGGAGCUGGGGUGUCCAGACAGUGUAUCAAUUACCAUUUUAGGUGGUGAUCUCAGUGCUCGGGAAACAAAAUCACAGCGUGUUGGCAUUCCAUCCUUUCACUGUCAAGCUGAUGUAAGAUGAGAACGUCAAGUCAUUGGUAUCAUAUCUUUCUAUGUCUGAAGGUCAUCAACGCUGAGGUUCCUUUUACUUUUUUUUCUUUUUGUUUUCUUCUGAUCUUAGAAUUCUGAUUGUGCAUUCAAAAUAGCAGUGUUUUUUUAUCUAUAAAAUGUGAUCUAAAUUUUUGUAAUCUAAAAAUCUAAUCUUUGUCAUCGUGGUUGCCGAUGGUUUGGUUAUAGCAAAUAUAUUUUUUCGAUAUGUUAAAUUAUAUAUUGUUCUGAAUGCCUAAUGCAAUCCGAAGCAGGCAGCUGCUCUUUAAUAUUGAGCAUUGCUUGCAUGAUCUUAUUUCCAGUUAGUUGCUUUCUCUUAUUCAUAUAAAGGGAACUGAUCAGUGUCAUUGAUUUAAAAAUUUUCUUUGAUUUAUUUAAAAAAAAACUUUACUAAACAGUUUAUUAAAAGCGUCUGCACUUUGAAGCCAUAAUAACUUAAUUAUAAUUGUUAUAUGUCAAAAAUACCUUUGUUCUAGAUAUGUCAAGAUAUUAUCUCACUUAUUUCCUACACUUCAUUGGAAUUAAAAUAUGAUAUUGUAAGCUGAGCACCGCAUAUAUUGACGGAGCCAAGAUAAACUAGCACAUCUGUGUGUGUUUGUGUUUGUUUUGAGCUUACAUGGUAACUAAGUGCUAUAGUACGUACUUUUUUAUUUUUUUUUAUUUUACUAAAUUCCUUCAAGUUUAAUUCCAUGCUGUAGAUAAAAUAUAUUCAUACAUUACAGAUUUGAGGUCAAAAUACCCAAACCAGAAAAAUUGUCAAGUUGGAAAUAUUUUUCAAUUUUUGUUAUUUUUGCCUAAAACCAUGUUCUCUAGAAUUCUUGGUUUAUUGAACAACCCAAACUGGGUCAAGUUAGCAUAACUCAUUUAUGUGCCUUUUAUCGAGACCUAUGGUUGCAUGAUGGGAAAUGUAUUUGCACAGCAUCUGAUGAUCAUCCUCGAUCUAAAAAUGGUUUGGUAAUUCUUUUCAAUAUUAUAGGAAAUGGCAAAAAAAUAAAGAAGGAAAAAAAAUAUAUAUAAAAAAACAAAACACAAAAUCUUCAAGUUUUGAUUGUUUUUAGAAUAUAUUGCGUAAAUGGUAUGUGGUUUUUUUUCCAGCUUGCUUUAUAUAAAUAUAUAAAUGUAAUAUUUUAGCACCUCCCUUAUGUGCCAGUUGUUCCUAUUUUAAGCAAAUACUACUAAUUACAGCAUUUACGUUUUAUUCAUAGCAACGUUUAACGAAUCACUUUAUUUUUGCAGAUAUCUAACUAAACAAACUAAAACAAAUAUACUAUUAAAGAAGCUGUGAUACCUAUAUAAUGUAGUAGAAUCACCAUGUUCUUUUAGCGAGCUGUAUAGCAUAAUGAGUUUGAUUCCAUUAUGAAAGAAAGACAGUGUCAAGGCUUUAAAAAGACUGACAGAUAAUUACAUGGUAUCCUGGCAGACUUAAACAUUCCCUAAAUAUUAAAUUGUGAUGAAAUGGAAAAUGCAUUGCAAUCUCUAGUUGUAAUAAAGUUGGAUAUAUCCUAUAUAUUGUCUUAAAUUUUGCGUUUUUGUUUGUCAGUUUGUCAUUAGUCGUUGAAUAUAUCUUUCUAAACUGGUGACACUGUGUACUGAAGUAGCACACCAACAAAUUAUAAGUACAGACAGUGUUGACAAUGUAAACAAUUUUGCCGUUCCAACAUUUACACUCCUUGUAUGUGUUUUUUAGAUAAGAAAUUAUACUGAGUGCGCCUGUGUCCAAAGUCGUCAGGUGAUCACUCCGCCAACAGUGGGUCAGCGCAGUCAACUUCGAGUGGUUAUCGUCAAGACAUACCUAAAUGAAAAUGGCUACGCUGUGUCUGGAAAAUGUGAUCGAACCUGCAACACACUCAUUCCAUUUCUCAUAUUCCUCUUCAUUGUUACCCUCAUCACUGCGUGUGCACAGCCCUCUGCGAUCAUAGUUACCCUCAGGUGAGACUCAGCAGUGUCAAGUCCUAACCACCUGUGGGACAGAGAUGUGACCAGGAAUGGUGGAAAGGUGGUGAGAUACAGAUAAACAUACGCUUCCUGCUUCCAGGAUCUUACAUUUUUCAUUUUAAUGCAUGAUGAUAAUUUCCACUGCGAGAUGUUAGACUUAGAAGUGUUGUGUUUUUGGAAUGUGUGCACAUUUUUAAAAAGAUUUUUAAAGAAAAAAUUUAAGCUCAGAGAUAUGGUUUGAACUAUUGGGAUUUUUAAAUCAUAUUUCUGACCUAGCCACGUCUUGCAGUAAAAUAGUAGUUGCAGAAAUAAAUCAUGGAAAUUAAUAGUUACCCGAACAGAAAUAUCUUUCUUUUUGAUUUUAUUAUAAUUUGGCAAUACCGAAUAUUUCUCCGAACACUGCAAGCAAUUGUUUUUGUUUAAACAUAUAUUUUCUGGUUUCUACUUUACAGUUUUCCUUUACUUACCCUUUCUGACAAAUAUAUGAAAAUCGAGUCACCUUCCAUGCUUAUCAUGUCUUCCCGAGGAUAUCUCCCUCUAUGUGUCUGUCUGUCUUUCUGUGUAGAAUAGCAUGAUGCAUUAUUCUGCUAGUUAGAAAUCAACAAAUAAUGCUGUUGAAAUCAUAUAUUGUUGAACAUACUAAAAAAUAUUUAGGCAAAAGGAGAACUUUAUCUAUUUGGAUAUAAAUGAAUAGAUAUAUGUAUUAAUAAUAUGAAGCAGAACAAAGUUGCUUUUCCCUUAUCACGUGAAGAAUGUGGUGAUGUAGAACAGCUGUCUGAAUAACUCCACUGAUCUCUGCAUAGUGUAAUGUGAUAUGACUCAUGCAGCUAAUAGGAAUUAUGCAUACAGCAACUCUACUUUCACUAUAACUAAAUAAUUAGAUCCAGGUUCAUAAAGCCACAGUUUAUAAUCAUCAAAUUUCCAUCUCUUACGUAUAGCUUGUUGUUUUGAUUUUUCUUUUUUCUUUUUGGUUACUGAAGAAUUAUUGAUUUGAUAAUUGUAGCAGAACCCUUUUGGCUGUCCAAACUAUUCCCUUUUUAUGGUUGGCACUUAAGAGUUUUCACUGUGCCUAGAUUAUACAGGAUCACCUACCACCAUAGGUGGCUACACGUUGUUACAUUCCCUUGAACGCACGAACACUCUGUUGUAUUCCCUGGGUAACCACAAUUUCGGCAGCCGAACACGUGGCGGCAGCCAUCUUAAACCCGCGAACAGCGGUGUUUGGUCGUCGAGUGUCUGGAACUCAAAACGGACACUCGACUAACCGAACACCGCUAAGACCUCCAGGGCUUCAGAAAAUACAGAUGGAAACGUGCGAACGGCCCGUCGUUCGGUAGGAUGAAUCUCACGAAUAAGGGAAUUCAUCCGGUUACAACCCUAAUUGUGGAUGGCAAAGCCUUUCGGGACUUUUGAGGCACGAACAGAGACCGACCGCAGGGCCAGAUCUCAUGGAACUAAUUUUGGCUUCUUUACCCAUGAGGUCGGUCAAAUCUUUACCUUCUCAUAACUCCCGAACCCCUGGUCUGAUCUGGGUGAUUUUUGGAUAUGUUCCUCACCCAGAUAAGGGCUACCACGGGGUACCAUAUUUAAAGGUGUAUCCCCCAUAUUUGGGGUACAUCUAAGAAUUGGGGAAAAGUACGUAAUAAUUAUAAGUAUGUAUAAUUAUGUUAACUGUUAAUCUAAGGGGAGGAGAUGUGUGGGAGAUAACGUCUAUGGGAUUGGUGUAACGGAGUCUUACCUGAUAGGGAGUCCAGCUCGCAGAGUUAUACGCUCACCCUUGCAAAGUAGACACAGACCAGGGUGACCAGGUAAGACGCCACCUGGCCUGUGAGUCUGUGCACGGGGGCUUUCCAGGAAAAGUGCUCCAAGACUCAGUACAGCAGGGAUAAGCAGAAGCGUGGUCAAGGGAAGCCAAAAUCAGGGAAGCCAGAGGUCAGAGUAGUCCAGGAGGAAAGCCAAGGUCAGAAGCCAGAAUUAGACAAGAAUCACUGGAACGCAGGUACAGAGUAACAGGAACCAAACAAGAGAACCAGAGUCAAUGAACUGACACCCCUCCCAGGGUGAGGCAGGCUUUUAUAUCCUGUUAAUUAGGAUCAGAUUCAGCUGGAGAGUUACUGACAGAUCAGAGCCUUUGGUGAAGUCCAGCCCCCUAGUGCUGCAGGCAAUACAAGAAUAAACAGGGAGUUAUCCAAUGUCCUGAAAUGGCUCAGAGGAAGAACAGCAGGACACGGUCCAGGAGAACCACAGUUCAAAAUCCCCUAUCGGGCGCUUCCGGAGCGACCACGUCUGGCAGACUGGAUGUCACGGCGUGAACCGUGACAAUUGGUUACUGUAGUAAUUAUGGUGAGAAUCUCAUAAAAGCAGGAGUGUUGCCAUUAAAAGUCAGUUCUACUCCUGAUACUGUGUGUCGUCCAAUGAUUGGGGAAGGUGAUGGGAUACUGUUGGAUUUUAUUGCUGAUUGUGCUGGUUACCCUCUUGGAUUUACUACUUGUUCCUGCAUUCUUUUCAUAUCCCAGUGGAGUUAAAGCUGUGGGAAAUCAGCUCUCCGCUACAUUGGUUGGCAGCGUCGGGAUCCAGAUCCACAGAGGAGCAAGUACCAGGAAAGGCAACAGCACUAAUGGAUCACGGAUGGAGAUCGAUUACACCACAUUUAAGCGAUCCACUUUAAAGGACCUCUUAUCCCCGCCAGUAACAAGACCAAGGCAGUCCUGGUUACAGAAGUCAUGGCGGAAUACAGAGCAGAGGAGGGUCCGGCUUUGGUACAGAACAACUCAGCAGAGGAACAGGGGCGGUUGGAAUUCCAGAGAGAGCUGCAAUUCUGCCUGUCAUUCUAUGGGGAAAACCCACCAGCAGAGAUUAUCUCAAGAACCAUGACGGAGGUACAGGAGUUCGUGCUAAGACAAAGGGUGCAACAAACUCCAGAGAGGAACCAGACAGUGCCCACGGUACAGGAGAGCAAACCAAAGGUACCGUAUCAGGCUUUUAAAACUUAUGUAGAAGCAGAGGAAGAAAUUGAUGCCUUUUUAGAGGACUUUGAGAGACUGUGCCACCUACAUAAGAUAAAUGUUGAGGAUUGGGUUCCUAUUCUAGCAGGUCGGCUAACAGGAAGAGCAGCUGAAGCGUACCCCAUGGUACCAGAUGGAGAACUAAGGGAUUAUCAUAUUAGCUAGAUAUGCUAUGACACCAGAAGCUUACCGGAGAUGGUUCAGGGACCUUAAAAAGACUGGUAAAGAUUCUCACACAGAGUGGGUUUGUCGAAUACAAAGAGUGGCACUGGGUUGGAUACAGGCGAAUAAAGGGCAAUCCAUGGAGGAUUUAUUGCAGAUGAUACUUUUGGAGCAAUUCUUCGACGGACUGGAACCAGACAUGCAGGAGUGGGUGAGGGAUCGCAAUCCUACAAACCUCACCGAAACAGCCCGAAGGGCGGGUGAUUACCUAGAUGCCCGGAGACAGGGCCGGACUGGGGAAAAAAUUCGGCCCAGGCAUUUUUAAUUACAGCGGCCCACUGAAAAGGGGGCGGGGCCAGAUAGGGUGUGUUUUGUCAUCCCCAAUGACAAGCAUGCCCCAUCUCAAAGUGAGCAUGUUGGUUCAAUGCUCUUCCAGGGCAUGAGAAAAGGGCCCUGUAUUUGAUCUGCACAGCGCAAGCAAAUUUAAUAACAUGCUUGCAUUGUGUUUGCUUGAAACUUGUCUCAGGGGUUUCCAUAAAUGGAAUACUCACUGUAUUUUAAUACUCACUUUGCUUAAAGGGUAUCUAGUGUGUUCAUAGGGGAUCCUGAGUGUGUAUGUCAGAAAUGUAGUGUUUGUGUAAGUGGUGCAGCGACUGUGUGUAGGGGAUCUAGUGUGUGUUUGAAGGACUCAGGAGUGCGUAUAGGAGAUCUAGUGAGUGUGUGAGUGGUGCAGUGUGUUUGGGGGGUGCUGUGUGUGUGAGGGGUGUAGUGUGCAUUUGUGAGGAGUAUAGUGUGUGUGUGGGAGGGUGGUGUGUGUGGGGGGGUGCAGUAUGUGUGUGUGAGGGUGCUGUGUGUGAGGGCGCUGUGUGUUAGGGCACUGAGCGAGGGUUCUGUGUGUUGGGGUGCUGUGUGUGUGUUGGGUUGCUGUGUGUGUGUUGGGUUGUUGUGUGUGUGUUGGGUUGCUGUGUACGUGUUGGGUUGCUGUGUACGUGUUGGGUUGCUGUGUAUGUGUUGGGGUGAUGUGUGUGUGUGUGCUAGGUUGCUGUAUGUGUUAGGGUGCUGGUGUUAGGGUGCUGGUGUUAGGGUGCUGUGUGUGUGUUAGGGUGCUGUGUGUGUGUUAGGGUGCUGUGUCAAUGUUAGGGUGCUGGUGUUAGGGUGCUGUGUGAGUGUUAAGGUGCUGGUGUUAGGGUGCUGUGUCAAUGUUAGUUGUGUCAAUGUUAGGGUGCUGGUGUUAGGGUGCUGUGUGAGUGUUAGGGUGCAAUGUUAGGGUGCUGGUGUUAGGGUGCUGUGUGAGUGUUAGGGUGCUGUGUGUGUGUUAGGGUGCUGUGUCAAUGUUAGGGUGCUGGUGUUAGGGUUCUGUGUGUGUGUUAGGGUGCUGUGUCAAUGUUAGGGUGCUGGUGUUAGGGUGCUGUGUGAGUGUUAGGGUGCUGUAUGUGUGUUAGGGUGCUGUGUUAGGGUGCUGUGUUAAUGUUAAGGGUGCUGGUGUUAGGGUGCUGUGUGUGUGUUAGGGUGCUGUGUCAGUGUUAGGGUGCUGUGUGUGUUAGGAUUCUGUGUCAAUGUUAGGGUGCUGUGUGUGUGUUAGGGUGCUGUGUCAAUGUUAGGGUGCUGGUGUUAGGGUUAGGGUGCUGUGUGUGUGUUAGGGUGCUGUGUCAAUGUUAGGGUGCUGGUGUUAGGGUGCUGUGUGAGUGUUAAGGUGCUGGUGUUAGGGUGCUGUGUCAAUGUUAGGGUGCUGGUGUUAGGGUGCUGUGUCAAUGUUAGGUUGCUGGUGUUAGGGUGCUGUGUGAGUGUUAGGGUGCUGUGUCAAUGUUAGGGUGCUGGUGUUAGGGUGCUGUGUCAAUGUUAGGUUGCUGGUGUUAGGGUGCUGUGUGAGUUUUAGGGUGCUGUGUCAAUGUUAGGGUGCUGGUGUUAGGGUGCUGUGUGUGUGUUGGGGUGCUGUGUCAAUAUUAGGGUGCUGGUGUUAGGGUGCUGUGUGUGUGUUGGGGUGCUGUGUCAAUAUUAGGGUGCUGGUGUUAGGGUGCUGUGUGUGUGUUGGGGUGCUGGUGUUAGGGUGCUGUGUGAGUGCUAUGGUGCUGUGUGUGUGUUAGGGUGCUGUGUCAAUGUUAGGGUGCUGUGUGUGUGUUAGGGUGCUGGUGUUAGGGUGCUGUGUGUGUGUUGGGGUGCUGUGUCAAUGUUAGGGUGCUGGUGUUAGGGUGCUGUGUGUGUGUGUUGGGGUGCUGUGUCAAUGUUAGGGUGCUGGGUGAGGGUGAUGUGUGUGUUUGCAAGGAUUUUGUAUUGGGGGGAGGCAGGUAAAUGGCACUAUUAAUGUUUUACUAAAAAAUUAUAAUAAUAAUAAUAAAAAAUACAUAAUAAAUAAUAAAUACAUAAUAAUAAAUAAUAAAUACAUAAUAAUAAUAAAUAAUAAUAAAUACAUAAUAAAUAAUAAAUACAUAAUAAAUACAUAAUAAUAAAUAAUAAUACUAAUAAAUACAUAAUAAAUAAUAAAUACAUAAUAAUAAAUAAUAAUAAUAAAUAAUAAAUACAUAAUAAUAAAUACAUAAUAAAUAAUAAAUACAUAAUAAUAAAUAAUAAUAAUAAAUACAUAAUAAUAAAUAAUAAAUACAUAAUAAUUAAUAAUAAUAAAUACAUAAUAAAUAAUAAAUACAUAAUAAUAAUAAUAAAUAAUAAUAAUAAUAAAUAAUAAAAAUAAUAAUAAUAAUAAAAAUAAUAAUAAUAAUUAAUAAUAAUAAAUACAUAAUAAUUAAUAAUAAUAAAUAAUAAAAAUAAUAAAUACAUUAUAUUAACCCCCCCUCUAUUCUUACCUGUAGUCUGGAAGGGGGGGGGGGGAAUCGUGCUCCUGCCAGCCAUCCCUGGUGGUCCUCGUGGUAAGUGAACUCUAGUCCUUUGGGGCUAGAGUUCACUCUCGCGAGACCCGGCCGGUUGCCAUAGCAACGGUCCGGAUCUCGCGAGAGAAACCCGGCGGAGCUGCAAGUUAGAGCUCCGCCGGGUCCUCUCUCCUGGCGGCUGUCUCCCUCCCUCUCUCCCCGCCGGCGGCCGCGUUUGAGCGCAUGUGGGCCGGUGAGGGAGAUCUUUCAUCUCCCCACCGGCCCUUCAUGGAACAUAGCGGGGCCGGCGCUCGGAUAGCGCCGGCCCUGCAUAGACCGGCAGGGGAUGUCCUGGGAUCUCCCCUGCCGGUCUCGGCCCCGCGGCCCACCGGGCAUUUCCCCGGUGUGCCCUAUGGCCAGUCCGGGCCUGCCCGGAGACAACAGAAACCAGCCUUGGGUAAAACCAUAACACAGCCAACUAUAGCAACCACCUAUCCGUCAAGUGCAACCACUCCACCACGACAGCUUCCACCACCUGCAGUCGCCCAACCACGGUUCAGACAGCCUAACACCAUUCAGUGUCAUCAAUGCCAGCGCUGGGGACACUACAAAAGAGACUGUCCGCAGCUUCGGGAUCGCACCAAAUGGAUCCGGCCCGGUCCACCACCACUUCCAACCAGAGCAGCAGCCCAUUGUUACCAAGCAGAGGCCGCAAUGACAUAUGAUGCAGGAGUUCCCACCACUACCGUGGGACAGUGAGAAGUACUACAUGAGGCAGAUCCCCUACAGGCACACGCAGACAACCGCCAACACCAUCGGCAUACAGUCUACCUAGAGGGAAAGGCAGUACAAGGGCUUCGCGAUUCUGGAGACACCAUUCCUUUGGUAAAGAGCCACCUAGUUCCCACGGACGCAAGAACCAGCAGAACUGUAACUGUAAGGGUCGCCGGGGGAGCAGUAUACCGGCUGCCCACAGCCCGAGUGCAUUUGAAUUGGAGGGCAGGUCAUGGGAAGGUGGAGGUGCCACAACUACCUGCGGAAGUUUUAUUGGGGAAUGACUUGGGGAAACUAACGUCAGCGUAUGAACCUCAGAAACCAGCUGUUGGAGAGGCUCACCCCGUGGUUACACGCCAACAGGCCCGCACCCAGGACUACAACUCUCACCCGGAGGUUCAGGUAAGAGACCCUUCCCCAUCUAUGGAAUGUGUACCCUGGGCCCCACCUAGUGAAUUUAAAGCCGAGGUAGCUACAGACCCUACGUUACAGGUAUAUAGGGAUAAGAUAGCCACAGGGCUGGCAGGAACAGACGGAGAGAAAUUCAUAUGGGAGGGCAAGUUGUUAUACAGGGAGACAGAGAAAAAGGGAGACCCGGUUAUUAGUCGUCAGUUAGUGGUACCACAGUGGGACCGAUCCGAGUUACUCCGGAUAGCGCAUGAUAUACCGCUAUCCGGACACCUGGGGGUCAGUCGCACCCGGUAUCGACUGACCCAGAGUUUUUUCUGGCCGGGGAUAAGUCAUGGAGUCCGGAGGUACUGCGGUACCUGCGACACCUGCCAGAGGGUAGGAAAAAGGGGGGAAAGCCAAAUUACACCCCCUACCCAUAGUGGAGGAACUGUUUAGCCGAAUAGCGGUGGACAAAGUAGGUCCCUUAAAGAAGGCUAGCCCCUCGGGCAAGAAAUACAUAUUAACGGUAGUGGACUAUGCUACCAGGUAUCCCGAGGCAGUAGCGCUAACUAACAUUCAUGCAGAAACAGUGGCCGAGGCCCUCAUGCGGAUUUUCUUCCGCGUAAGAUUACCCCGGGAGAUUAUUUCGGAUCAAGGCACUCAGUUCACUGCGGGGAUCACCCAGCAGCUCUGGAAGUUCUGUGACAUUAGGCCGAUCAUCAGUGCCCCAUAUCACCCCCAGACCAAUGGGCUCUGCGAGCGGUUUAAUGGAACAUUAAAACAGAUGCUCCGAACGUUCGUGGAGACCCAUCAGGACUGGGAAAAAUUCCUACCUCACCUCCUGUUUGCAUAUCGGGAAGUGCCGCAGGAAUCCACGGGGCUUGAAUUGUUGUAUGGGAGGCGGGUCCGAGGUCCCCUGGAUCUCAUUAAAGAGCACUGGGAGGGAGACCACAGCUCCACAGGUACUCCCUUCAUACCAUAUGUACUGGAGUUUUGGAACCGACUAGAGGAAUUUACCCGAGCAGUACGGGAGAACCUCCAAGCGGCCCAGACACGCCAACGCACAUGGUAUGAUCGGAGCGCCAGGGACCGUAGCUUUCAGGUGGGACAGAAAGUUUUAAUUUUAAAACCUGUUCUGCAUGACAAGCUACAGGCCGCCUGGCAGGGCCCUUAUAAGGUGCUGGAGCAGCACUUCGACACCACCUAUAUAAUUGGCCCAUGUGCUGGCUCGAGGGGGCGACGCAUGCUCCAUGUGAACAUGCUGAAACCGUACCGGGAGCGCUCAGACGAGGUGACAGCCAUCUGUGCACCUCCCUCUGAAGAGUUUGACUACCUUCCCCUUCCAGACCUGCUGGAGGACGGAUAGUUGGGUAGUGACAUAGCCGAGGUUAAGCUGGGGGAGCGGCUAAGUCCCCAGGAGCGUAUGGAGAUACAACAGUUGUUGAGGGAAAGACAAGAAACUUUCUCUAAUGUGCCAGGCUACACGCCCCUGGCCACUCACCGCGUAGAAACCCCAGGCCAGUUACCUAUGCGCCAAACCCCGUACUGCAUCCCAGAGGCGGUGCGGGCGCACAUGCACCAGCAGAUCGAUGAGAUGCUCCAACUGGGAGUCAUUGAGCCCUCGGAUAGCCCCUGGGCUUCUCCGGUAGUCCUCGUACCUAAACGGGAUGGUACCACCCUUUUCUACGUGGACUACCGGCGAUUAAAUGAGAAAACUGUAUCUGACGCCUAUCCUAUGCCCAGGAUAGACGAAUUGCUGGACCGGAUGGCUAGGGGCCAAUACCUCACUACAAUUGAUCUUUGUAAGGGGUAUUGGCAGAUUCCGUUAGCCCCAGACGCUAUCCCUAAGUCGGCGUUCGUCACCCCCUUCGGUUUGUACCAAUUUAAGGUGAUGCCGUUUGGGAUGAAGAACGCCCCGGCCACAUUCCAGCGGAUGGUAGACCGACUAUUAGAUGGGUUCCAGGACUAUGCCUGCGCAUACCUCGAUGAUAUUGCCAUCUUCAGCAAUACCUGGCAGGAGCACUUAGCCCAUAUAGGAGCAGUGAUAGACAGGAUCAGGGAGGCAGGGUUAACUUUAAAACCGGCCAAGUGCAGUAUUGGGAUGGCUGAGGUUCAGUACCUCGGCCACCAAGUAGGUUGCGGAAGGCCGUAGCUCAGUGGCCAACCCCUAGAACCAAGACCCAGGUGUUAGCCUUUUUAGGGACUGUGGCGGAACCAGCCUCACCACUGGACAUUGGAGAAGCCUGUUUGCCCGCCUCCUGUCUGCUGACUAUGGCCCCUGGGAGAUUUGGCCCUUUUAAUACAGUAUUUGGGCAUAUUGUAUUUUAUUAUGCCGCUGGCCCUUUAAGAACCAUCUGGGGAACAAUGCCCCUUUAAGACUAUGGCCCUUGGAAGAUAUUACCUGUUAAAGACUAUUUUAGCAGAUUGGAUUUUAAAAGACUUGCUGCCCCUUUAAAUUGUAUUGGAGCAUUUCUGCAGCUUUAAAUUGGCACUUCGGAUGCAGCCGAAGUAGUCGAAGCUGCCGCCAUUCGACAAACGAACACGUGGCGGCGGCCAUCUUUAAUUCAGCUGAAGUUUUACCUUCUCCAGACUUCAAUGCAUUCGACAGUUCGAACGCCAUUCGACAGUUCAUUCAACAGUUCGACAAUUCGAAUGGUUGUCGUUCAUCUGUUUGAACUGACUUUAACAUGGGAAAUAGACCGACCACACAGCCUGAUUCUCUGGAACUGUUUUGGGCAUGAAAAUGUGCUUGCGGUCGGUCAAACUUGACAUAUCUAUCUCCCGAACGGCUGAACGGAUUCAAAUGAUUUUUGGGUAUGUUUAUAUUUGAAAUGUGCUGAUUAAUAAAAUGUUUUUAUUAAGAUUGGAUGUAUAUUUGGAUGUACAUAUAUAAAAACUGUAUUUUUCCUGCUUAUGAUAAUUAUGUUAACCCAUUGUGUACCAUAAUUAGAUCACAGGCAGAGGGGAGGAUUUUGUGUAUAAUUGCUGGGAGUGUUUUCUGUAAUGUACGUGUGUUAUUGGUUGUUCUGUAAAACCCUGUGGGCAGUACUAAGUUUGUGAAUUGUGAAUAAAAGGGGCUGUAUGUGCCAGUACAGACAGUUCUACUUCACCCUCAAUUUGGAGUGCCGUCUCUUAUUGGGGGAAUCUGCUACAAGGGAUUGCUAUGCUCUGCAUACUCCCUUGCUAUAUUCACUGCUAAGCUCUUGUAAGAGCUUGCUCCUGUCUUGCUCUCUGGAGGAGUCUACGGUGGUUAUGGUGUCGACUGGAGUGCUUGGAGCCCUCAGGAAGCGCUAGGAGCAUCCAUCAACGGAGGUACCCAGUCGAGGUGCCAGGUGAUCCGUUACAGGGACGGCAGGGUAUUAUAGAAAGUUUGUGCCCAAUUAUAGUGCCCUGGCCAAACUCCUUACCGACCUUACCCGUAAAAACCUUCCCCGUCAGGUCACCUGGACCCCGGAGUGUGAGCAGGCAUUCCAACAGUUGAAGAACGCACUUGUAAAUGCUCCUGUCUUGGCAGCCCCUGAUCCAACUAAACGCUUUCUUGUUCACACAGACGCUUCUAUGUUUGCAUUGGGGGCAGUACUGAGCCAAGUCGGGGCCGAUGGCGGAGAACAUCCCGUGGCUUAAAUCAGUAGAAAGUUGUUGCCGAGAGAAGUAAGCUACGCCGCCAUCGAAAAAGAAUGCCUGGCCGUGGUGUGGGCCCUGAAGAAGUUACAACCCUAUCUGUAUGGACAGCCAUUUUCAUUGCUCACGGAUCACAACCCGUUAGUAUGGUUGAACCGGGUGGCGGGGGACAAUGCCAGGCUGCUGCGCUGGAGUUUGGCGCUGCAGCCCUUUGACUUUAAUAUACAAUACCGCCCGGGAAAACAGAAUGGGAACGAUGACGGGUUGUCUAGACAAACUGAAUUGGAAAAAUGAUCCGUGAGCAUCCCUGGACAUCCCCAAGCCCAUCGGUGCUGGAUCUAACUGUGUAUGCCGGCUUGUGGGCAAGGGGGAGCAGUGUAGCAGAACCCCUUUGGCUGUCCAAACUAUUCCCUUUUUAUGGUUGGCACUUUUUCCCUGUGCCUGGAUUAUACAGGAUCACCUACCACCAUAGGUGGCUACACGUUGAAGGUAGAAAGAUGUAACAGCUUACAUGUGAACGGCUAUAUUCACCAUACGAAUUAAACUACCGAACAACCGGACCACCCUGAUGUGAAGGGUGGCUGUAAUUUACCUCCCUGAUUGAUUUUUACAUUCCCUUGAACGCGCAACACUCUGUUGUAUUCCCUGGGUAGCCGCCAUUUCGUCAGCCGAACACGAACAAGAUUCUGUUUUUGUUUUUUUAUUUUACACUAAAAAUGUAGCAAAUUACAUCAUACUGUAGUUCAGACAAGGCAAAGCCAGGGCAAACAUUGCAAAUGAAGACGGGGAAAAGGAAACAUUGUUUCAGUUCUUCUCUUGUCUGUGUCUUUUAUUUAUGCCUUUUGCCAGGUACAAAGGACAAUGCUUAUAGCAAUGAUUGACAGGGAGCUAAAAUGGAGGUGCCCAGCAACAGCAUAAAGAAGGGUGGAUUUCUACUUUGAAUGUAGUUUUUCACACCACACAAGCAUAUUUGCUAACCAUAAACAGGGAUAAGUAAACAUAAUAUUAGAAAUUCCGGGAAGUGACAGUUCCCCUUUAAGACUGUUCUUUUUAUUAGGAAUUUUAUGUCGUAGUUUGCUAUCCAUGAUUCAGGCAUGGUCUUGCACGCAGCAUGUGCUUGUUGGGCAGGUAUAUGCUGACAAUGUCUCUCCUCUCCUUUUUCCAGUUCUGGAGUAGACUCCAGCAGUACUUGUGUGGCAGCAGCUUGGAAAAUCCCUGCACACAGCUGAUUCAAACUGUGAAUAGCCUGAUAGCAGCCACAGAGUGACCACUGUCACCUCUAUAGACAAUACCACUCACCCUAUGUGAUAAUUGGAACUACUGAACUACAAGUUCUAUUAGAAAAAACAACAGUGCAUAUAGUAAAUAUAGAUCAUUUAUGCAACUGACUUGAACAAACUUGCAAUUCAUCAGAUGUAGUGAGUUGCAAUUCCCAUCACUGUGUGGCUUGCUGAGAGUGUUGAGAGUGGUUUUACUGUAAGCAGCAGUUUAAGGGCGCAGCUCUAAUCCAUCAUUUCUUUUUUACGUCCAGAUACUCCGUUUAUAUUAGUUUGAGGCAUGGUAUGAGUCAGAUUUAAUUAUGUGCGUCAUGAAAUGAAUGACAAAUAUUUUAAGCAUGUCGCUCGGAUGUUAAAAAAAAUGUCUAAGAUAUUUCAUAUUCGCAUUAUAUUUAUAGAAUUCCCAAACAGAUAGUGAAUCGUCGUUUCAGUCUCCAGAUGAUGCAAAUGAUAACGUCUGUAUGGAGAUGACAUUAGCAUUCUGCAUAGAUUGCAUUCUCAUCAAUGUCCUGGGAGGCACUCAACCAAAUACCGUACUACACAACAGUUUGUUCAGCUUCAGCCCCGGGCUUUUCUGCACUGAAGUGGUGACUUUAAUUUGCUGACGUUGCACAAGAUCCUGAAUGCCGAUGAAUAUAUAUAUUAAAAAAAAAAAAUCAUGUUUUUGCUAAUUCCAGCAGUUUCUUUCAGAGGAAUGUAAUUUUUCAUCUUCUGCAAUUCAUGCAUAUAAACCAUUCUGCUUUAGCACAAAUGUCACAUAGUAAAAUUGUAGGAUAUAGAUGAAUAUUCUGUAUAUACACAGCUGUACAGCAAACUAGCAGCUGCAUAGCAGGAGAAUAAGCUUACAUGACUAUUUUCAAGAUUCAGAAAAAUAAGCGCAACACUAAACUUAAUUCCUUUAUUCAUAGCCCUAUCUCUUCACCUAAUAGCCCUAACACUUUGCAAUCUUUUUUCAUUCAUUUGACAGUUGACUCAAGUCAUCUGAUAAUUUGCAAGUGAUUUGUAAUUUCACUAAAAUCUAGAACAGGAGGCAAACAUUCAUUGGCAGCUGAAUUUUUCCUCCCUCUUAACAUCUGUAACCUGGCUACACGUUAAGUUGUAACAAGUCUCUUCCAGUGCUGCUAAAGCAUGAAUUAUGACCUGGGAGGUACCUAACCAUAUGAGCUGACACUUUUAUAUUUGAUAAACAAGCAUUUGUCCUCCGUGGUGGAUAUCAUGGCAGCCAGAUGUCUGUUUUUGCCAUUAUGCUAAACUAAAGCUUCUGGAUGGCUUAACCAGAAUAUUUAGAACAUUUGUCUUUAAAAUACUCUGAAUGGGUUAUAAAAGUGAGUUUUUGAGAAACGAUUGCCGAAUUGCUUGUGAAAAUGGUGGAUGGAGGAAAGUUGUUAUUGCUUAAUAUCCUACAUGAUCCAUAGGUAUGCCCCUCCUCGUUCCCUCCGCUCUGCCCGUGACCACCUCCUGACCGCUGCUCGCACCCGUACAGCCAACUCGUGCUUGCAGGACCUCUCACGGGUGGCUCCUUUCCUAUGGAAUAGCCUGCCUACCACCAUCAGACUCUCCCCUAGUCUUCAAUCAUUUAAGAAGAGCCUCAAAACCCAUCUCUUCAGGAAAGCUUAUGGCCUCCCAGAGUAAUCUCUACCUUACAUACAUGUCUCUUGCCCUCUCCUAAAUGGCAGCACUCUACCCUCUCCUCCAGCUCUGCUUCACUCCCACCCUAUUUGAUAUUUCCUGUCCUAACGUGUCUUAUACCCCACCUCCUAUAGACUGUAAGCUUGUUUGAGCAGGGCCCUCUUCAACCUAUCGUUCCUGUAAGUUUUCUUGUAAUUGUCCUAUUUAUAGUUAAAUCCCCCCUCUCAUAAUAUUGUAAAGCGCUACGGAAUCUGUUGGCGUUAUAUAAAUGGCAAUAAUAAUAAUAAUAAUACAUGGCAAUAAAAAUAACUAACUGAUAUAACUCACUAGGGAACUAGUCUACAGCAUUAUGUGUCAUUGUGGAUUUUAGGUGAUAUUCAGUAAGGACAAGGAUUUCAUUGUGUCUAAUAGGCUAAUAUUGGGAUUUAAGCCUUGGAGAGAGAGAAAGGAAGCAAGCUAGGUAUGGGUAGGGACAGAUAACUCCAUAUGAUGUAAUCUCACACCUUCACACUAGUAACAGCGGGCAGGUUGUAUAUUCUUCUAACAAGUAUUGGAAUGCUCUGGUUUAUCAUUUCCAUAUUAAGGUGUCCACAGUCAUCAACCAUACCCUCAGUAUGCUGGCAGAACAGAGCCCCUUGUGACCUGUAUCUGUAUUUUUCUGUAUGCAAUCUAUUCCUUGCUCCACCACUGAGCCGAAAGGAAAUUGGAUUUGGGAUAUAUUUGAGUUGCUCAAUGACUACUGACUCCAUAGAGAAAUGACAGAAUAACAAACCUGUAAUGAUUUAUAUGCCCAAACCACAAGAUAACAAAGCCAACGCUGUAGUGGCAUACAUUAAACAUCAUAAUAAUAUAAUGGGUUCUGAUGUACAAGAAAGUAAUAUAAACAUGUAAUGAACUGGUUAUAGUAAGAGAAGCAACAAUCAGCCAUCAGUAAUGAGUGCAUUUCUUUUGAUUCCAGGUCAGUGGAGGAAGGAGAGAGGCCCUUUGCCUUAGGAAUGCAGUUUGUUCUCCUGCGGACUCUUGGUAAGUAUGCGCUGUCACUAUCACAUUGCUUAGUGCAUGCACUUUCUUUAAUGUCUAUCCAGCCAGGGAUAAACAAUGUCUUAAUUCUAACUAUGUAGCUAUAUUAAUGGGCCAGUUUGGCACUUUUGUGAUUAAAAGAACAAUCCAGACACACUUUGGGCACCAAUACAAUUAUAGAAACACAAUGGGCACCAACAUAAAGCAAAACCCUGUAACUACACGUUCUCUUUUUUACAAAGCAACUUCUUUAUUAGAUAUAUUCUGAGUGCAUACUCGGCUCAGCCAGUGAAAGAGGCUGGGUUACUCUGUAGAAAGCAGUAAACAUUUUUCGUUUUUUUAAUCAAAUGCAUUUGCGUUCUAUUAGUACAUUUAAGGUGGGAUUUAUGUCUGUGAGUGACUGUAUGUAAAGCCCACACCCUACACACCUUUAUGUGAGAUCAAAAGAUCUUUUUGUCUGGGCCUUGGAUAGCUGACCCAAAGAGGGGUCUCUAUGGCUGGUGGGGAAAUCAAAGACUCUCCUACUGGCCUGUAAAAAUGAAAAUCCAGCGCAUUCACUUAUCUACUAAACAGUUAUUUUAGUACUGAAAACUUUUGUUAGUUUUAUUAAAAACACCUAAUCUAGGCAAAAAAAUAAUGGGGGUUUAGUUACAUUAUAUGAUCAUACAUUGCAUAAGCCUGCCACAACGCAAGUGUACCCCAUCUUUGGCAGGUCCUACUCUGUCUGCUAAAUGAGCUACUCACUUGGGGAAAUCCUUCCAUCUCGAGUUCUCUGCAGUACAAGGCUAAAUAGGGUCCUGAGAUGAGGCACCUGUAACAGGGAGGGGUGCAAAACCAAGGAGCUGGCUAGACUCCUAAAUAUAAACAUAUAGGAGAAAACAAGGGUUUGGCUGCAAUCACCUAAACAUACUUAAAUGGGGUGCUGCUGGGGGCCAAUAAGUACAGUAAAAAUGAAAAUCCAGCGCACUCACUUAUCUACUAAACAGUUAUUUUAGUGCUGAACAAUUUUGUUAGUUUUAUUAAAAACACCUAAUCUAGGCAAAAAACAAUGGGGGUUUAGUUACAGUAUAUGAUCAUACAUUGGCGUUGUGGCAGGCUUAUGCAAUGUACGCUAAUGCUGGAGGAGAGGAGGAAUUACAUUUUAGUUUUGAUUAAUUUUUUUUUAUAUAUAUAUACUUGCCUAUCACCCCCUAUCCUCACUACUUGAAAGAACAUCUCCCACUACAGAAUGUAUCCUUGCCAUAUUACGCCCCAAUCCCCCACCUACAACAGCCCAUAACCCAACAUACUACACCCCCUUUAUCCCCAUACACUAAAGUCUCUAUUUGCCAUCAGCCACUGUCUCCCCCAUACAUUACUGCCACUAUUCCUCCGCACACUACAGCCCCUAUACCAUAGUCCCUGUCCUCCCCACACAUCCAUCUACUUGCCUAUCCCUCCUGCUACAACCCUAACACACCCCACGUACCACAGCUCCUCCACCCCACAUGCAACCCCAUAAACAGAAAUCCAAUACGAAGACUCCCACAAGUAGUCUCCCAACAAAUGCAAAAACAAGCAGAAUUCCCACGCAUGCACCCCACACACACUCCUUACACAACGAACCACAGUAUUCUACCGUACACAUGCAGUCCCAUAUAUAGGAUAUCCUAAAUACAGCCAAUACAGGACUGCACUCAUUGACUGAGUGGACUCAGCUGACGCUCUCAGCCAAUGGGCACAGCCCUGCAUAGCUCGGUGGAAGUGAACUGGAUUGCUGGACAGCUGCCGGUGCUGGCCCUUGGUGGUUCCAUGUAAAUUUGUUAAACUGUUAUAAAACAAUAUGACUAAUUAAGCUAGGAACAUGACAGGGCUGUCCUGGCACCAUAACCACUUCAUCAGGCUGUAAUGGCUGUGGUAUUUAAAGUGUUCCUUAAAAAAAUACUUAUAUAAAAUAAAAAAUAACAUAGGGAAAGAACUCCCAGACAAAUGUAUUGCGUACACAUAUGUGCCGAAUGUGUAACCUCCCCCUUAAAUUUUAUAUUAAAUUUAAAUUAAUUGUAUACUUUUAAACACUUAUGUCGGGCCCCUAAAUAUAUUAAGACACACGUGUGAUGAUCGGCAUUAAUGAUGUAAAGGGCUAUGCUUAACACAGACCUCUAGGGCAGGGGUUCCCAAUUAAUUUUUUACGUGGAACCCUUUGACAUAAUACGCUAACAACGUGAAACCCCCCCAAAGAAUAUGGUGUCCUGCAAAGUCGUUUGAUUUAGUGCCAAACUAAGCCUGGCUUUGGUGCAAUCUGAGCAUAUCUUACAGUACGCAACUGUAGAGAUUCUAAAUUGAAACAAAAAAACAGAAGUUUGAUUUGUGUCAAAUAAAUCCGCAUAUAUAGAGAUACCCUUAAAACAAAAAGGAAAAGUAGCUAAGCGAAUAAGCCCUCUUUAAGAAACAGCGUCGGACACUCCUUGUAUGUCAAAAUCCUUACUAAACUCAGGAAACAAGGCAAAGGCAACUCUUUUUGUUGGGGCUGCCCCACACUCCAGUUAUCUUUUCUUCCGUUGUUUCCUUUUUAUUUAUUUUUUGUUUUUUUGUUUACAAAAAUUUACAAUGACAUUGAAAAAAAACUUAGAUACAAAGCGAGCCAUUAACAAGAAAGAAAAGAAGUCUGAUAAUAAAACCGAAAAACAGCUAUCCUUCUUCUCUCCACAAUCUAGUAGGGCAGACUCCAAACCGCAAAAUUAAACUGAGCCUAUAGCGAAAGAACUAGCGGUAGAACUCACCAAACCGAAGAAAUAACACCCUCAUUACAAGAAUAUUUAAAUACUUGUUUUGAGAUUCAACUAGAGAAGAUCAAAUCUGAAAUCCAGCUCAACAUGAUGGUAUUUAAAACAAAAUUAUCAUAAGGCACCGGAGUUAAAUUAACUGAGAAAAAAAAUUAAGUGCUAUUUUUUUUCUCAACAAUAUAUUGAUCAAAAGGAUCGAAAGAUUCUGAAAAAAAAAAGGAUAGAAGAAAUGGAACAAAAACUGGCCGAUGCAGUGGAUAGAGUUAGAUGCAACAACUUUAGGCUCAGAGAUAUAACAGAACAAAUCACUAAUGACAAACUAGAAGAAUUUGUUUUAGAAUUUCUUCAGAAAUUAGGAAUUUAGAACGCCACCAACUCAGCGAUACUGGAAAGAUGCCAUAGAACUAUGAGAACACGUCAAAUGCCGGAACACUCUCCAAGAGAUGUAUUAAUAUGCUGCACAUCAUAUAAAACAAAGGAACAUGUAUUAAAACUAUCAAGAACAGCGCAACUGGAGGACCCCUUUAACAGAAUCAAAAUAUUUUAAGAUUUUUCCUAUUACACAAGAGCGAAAAGAAGAUCGUUUGUUUACGUUCUGUACAAAAAUUUUAAGGGAAAACAAUAUCCGCUAUAAAUGGGGUUUCCCAACUAGACUCAUUAUUCUCUAUGAAGCAACAUCUUACAUCAUGGCAGAUCCAGACUCAACAUUUCAGUGGCUUAAAUCCAAGAACCUGGAAGAAGUUGACACAUAAAAUAAAGAGACACAGCAAAGGAACACAAAAGAGAAAGGAGCUUUUGGUUAUUUUUAUUUGUACUUAGAAGUUUAGUUACAAUGCCACAUGGUUCAACAAGAAGUAGGAGGGAAACUACUAAAAGGAGAAAAAGCACAAAAAAAAAAAGUAGGUAUUAGACAUACAGAUUUCGGGGAACUCCUCCGUUUUGAGAACUGAUUAAUUAGUAUAAAGCACAUAUAAGUGGGAUAUGAUAAAGGAAAGGGGGGAGAAAGGUACUAGGGGGAAAAUACAUAUAAGAAACAAAAUCAAAUAAAAUCACUAAUGGGCGUAAAGGAAGGUCACAAAGUUUGAGAGAUUGAGAUUGUUACACUAUAUAAGAAAAAUAAGAAACUGAAAUAGGAUCCACAGAAAAUACCGUAUUUUUCGCUCCAUAAGACGCACUUUUUUCCCUCAAAAGUGAGGGGAAAUGUCUGUGCGUCUUAUGGAGCGAAUGUGAAGAUUUACUUACCUGUCUUGGAGCGUGGGCCGGCUUCACAGCGCGCUCCGCGGUCCAGGAACUUCUAUUUCAGGUUCCGGUUUCCGGCGGGACUGAAAGGAAGUGCACAGUGUGCACACUUCCUUUCAGUCCCGCCGGAAACCGGAACCUGAAAUAGAAGUUCCUGGACCGCGGAGCGCGCUGUGAAGCCGGCCCACGCUCCAAGACAGGUAAGUAAUUAUAGGACAAUGGGAGGGGAGACACUAUGGGAGAAAGGGGAGGGGGAGACACUAUGGGAGAAAGGGAGGGGAGACACUAUGGGAGAUAGAGGAGGGGGAGACACUAUGGGAGAAAGGGGAGGGGAGACACUAUGGGAGAAAAGGGGAGGAGACACUAUGGGACAAGGGGAGUGGGGGACACCUAUGGGAGCAGGCGAGGGGGGACACCAUGGGCGAAAAGGAGGGGGCACCAGUGGACAAGGGGAGGGGAGACACCAUGGGAGAAAAGGAGGAGAGAUACCAUGGGAGAAAGAGGAGGGGAGACACCUGAAGGAGAAAGGAGGGGAGACACUAUGGGAGAAAGGGGAGGGGGAGACACUAUGGGAGAAAGGGGAGGGGGAGACACUAUGGGAGACAAUGGGACAAGGGGGGACAAGGGGACACUAGAAAGGGAGGGAGACACUAUGGGAGAAAGGGAGGGAGACACUAUGGGAGAAAGGGGAGGGGGAGACACUAUGGGAGAAAGGGGAGGGGGGACACUAUGGGAGAAAGGGGAGGAGGAGACACUAUGGGACAAGGGGAGGGGGAGACACUAUGGGAGAAAGGGAGGGGGAAACACUAUGGGAGAAAGGGAGGGGGAGACACUAUGGGACAAGGGCAGGGGGAGACACUAUGGGACAAGGGCAGGGGGAGACACUAUGGGAUCAGAAAACUAAUGGACAAGGGGAGGAGGGGUUAAAGAACACUAUGGGACAGGGUAGGAGGGGUUAACAAUCACUAUGGGACAGGGGAGGAGGGGUUAACAAUCACUGUGGGACAGAGGAAAGGGGGGUUAAAGAUCAUUAUGGGACAGGGGAGAAAAAAAAAUAUUCUGAACAUACUGUCCCAUAGUAAGAAACACUAUGGAACAGUUUGUUCAGAAUAAUUUUUUUACUGGGUUUCCUCCUCUAAAACUAGUUGCGUCUUAUGGUGAGGUGCGUCUUAUGGAGCGAAAAAUACGGUAGUUUUUCAGUGGAUCCUCUGUAGAUUAAUUGCACAGUAUUAAUUAUAGGUUUCACUUAAUAUCAUUUCAGGUCAAUAAGUCGACAGUAUAGAAAUACACAAUAAGAAUGAUAAACCAAUGUUAACAUGGAUAAAUAAAGGGAAAAAAGAUGAUAGACAUAUAAAGAAAAGAUACUGUUGAACAUUAAUAGCUAUCACUAAAGUUUUAAUAGGUCAAAAAGAGUAUUAUUUUAGGUUUGAAGUAACACUAAGGUAAUGUUAAUUACUAAAUAGUUAAAAAGAAAGGGAAAGGAGAAAGGGAUUUUUUUUUUAUGAAUCCAACAACAAUUUGUCUCUAACAUAAAGAAUGUCGUGCCUUUGAAAUUAAUACGAUUGCUCGGGUUGUAUCUCCACACCCUCAGCUCAUAGAUUUAUGAGGUGGGUGAAGUGUCCCUGUAGCCCAUAUGAGCCCAGGAGAUACUUCCUAAAUUCCCAAUUAAUGAUUUGAGUUAGUUUUAUGGUUUUUAUGUGGUUUAUGUUUUUUUAUGUACAUUCUGGGACCAUGGAUGAAAGUGUGGUUGGAGACCGCUUGCGUGUACUGGUCAUUUUUUGAUGGUUGAUGGUUAGGCUGGUCUCAAUCAAUGCCCAAGGCCUUAAUUCAUUUCAAAAAAGGAGCAUGCUUUUAGAUUGGUUAAAAAAGGAAAAAGUUUCAAUAGGAUUUAUACAGGAAACUCACUGGAGACUGAAGGGUAAAAUAAGACAGACAGGAAUCUCAUUUAAUCAAGCUAGUAAAUUUAGUCAGCUAAUUCUAAGAGUGUCCUUAUUAGAUACCUGGAGGACAUUACACCCUAAAAAGAGAGAUUUUAAGUUUUUCUAAGUCCCAUUGCGCCUAUUCGCAUAUAGAUAUGAUUUUAUCGCAUGUAGGAGUGCUGACCAGGACAGAGGCCUCAGAGAUAAGGCUGGUUCCAUGGUCUGAUCAUGACCCUGUACUGUUAGAACUGCAACAACAAUUAAUUAAACAGAGACCAGAAUGGAAAUAACACGACAGGAUACUCUUGCCAGAGGCAAAUAGAAAACAUAUAGCAGACUCAAUAUUUUGAGGAAAAUAAAGAGUGUGGAGUCUCUAUUAUGACAAAAUGGUGUGCACUUAAAUGUGUGAUUAGAGGUCAGUGGAUAAAAUUAGAUGCCCAAAUGAGAAAAAAUAGAGAUCUCACCAUCUAGCGGAGAUCUCACCAUCUAAAGAAACUAGUGAAAAAAUAAAGGAUGUAGAAUCUAAAAUUAACAGUCAGUUAUUAAAUAAAGCAAAUAGAAGUCUCCAAACGUUAAGAACAAUAUACUAUUAUAAAGGAAAAAAGGUGAAUAAAUUGCUAUCGAAUAAAAUUAAAAGGAAUAUCAGCCAAGCUAUUAUGGCCCUUUAUUCAGCUCCUUUGGGCAGAAUUAUAGGACAAGGGAUCAAUUCUGAUUAGUUAGACCUGGGAAAUGGAACCUGCCAGGGAUGUCCUCUCUCACCUUUCUUAUUCAUACUAUCAGCUGAACCUCUAGAAAUAGAUAUCCGCUCUAAUCAAAAAAAUCAGGGGUUAUAAUUCUAAAAAUAGAGAAAUAAAAAUAAGUCAGUACGCAGAUGACACUUUGUAAGACUCUCAUAGAUCCGUUCAGAUCUACUAAAGAAGCAAUGCAUUUCAUACAGAAAUUUGGCAGCGUAUCUAUUUAUACGUUAAAUGUGGCAAAGACUGUGGAAAUGCCACUACAUAUGAGGAACCAAUAAAUUAAAGAAUUGGAUAGGCAAAAUGGAUUUAGAUGGGGAAUAAAUAGCUAUAAAUAUAUAGGAGUUAACAUCACAGCACAUCCCAAUAAGAUAAUUGAAGCAAAUUUCUGGCCACUAUUGAGAGGUACUUAUCAUUCGUUGAAAUGAUUGAGAACAUUAGAGAUUUUGUGGUGGGGUAGGGUGAAUAUAUUAAAAGCAUACAUUGUACCAAAAUCUAUUUACUUUUUCAGAAUGAUACCACUAGAGGUCCCUACUCCCUGGUUAAAAAUGCUCAAUAAAGCUUUCUCUAAAUUCGUAUGGCUCGGAAGAAAGCCUAAGAUAAGCUCAAACCUCUUAUCCCUAAAACAAAAAAAAACCAUGGAGGAAAAGGCUUCCCAGAUAUUUUUUUAUAUCAGAGAGCAGCUCAGUCCUUUGAACUGAUUAUGUAUUGUAUGUAAUGUCAGUCUUGACAUUAAGCUUUUUGUAAUUAGAUAAUCGUUAACCGAUCAAAAUAUUAUGGUGAAUGUUUUGUACUUUAUGUAAGUAAUUUAUUAUGAAAUUCUAAAUAAAAUAUAAGUUUGGAAACAUAGGAUGAUAGCUCAUAAAGUUAGAUCAAAAUUGUAACUUUGUGUACAGAUUGCUCUUUAGGGAUACCUAUAAAAAUUAAAUUGUAUACAUGAAAAAAAAAAAAACUUGUAUUUUUUCCAUGAGAAACUGUAUCAAUACUGGGGUACACAAAUAAUCCCUUAUCUUGUAAUACACAUUUAUGCUUGAAAAAAUAUGAAAUACUUAUUCAUUAUAAAAAAAAAUAAAAAAAAUAUUUCAUUACACCAAGUGCAACUCAAGAGAAGUCAAAUCAAGAGAAGUAAUGGAUUCUUUGGAAGUUAGGCCAUGUUACAUUAGAAAAAUGCAGAGUGAACUCUAUACAUGUACACACUCUCGCCCAGCCCACUUUGCAUAUGUGUAUAUCGUGGGUGCAUUGAGGAUACUGGCUUUGGGACAGCAAUUAGGGUAAAUCCGGCCGCGCCUAUUGGAUUUCUAUAACAAAGUUAUUUUGGAAUCAAUGUAUAGACUCUUGCAGACUUGAAUGUAUGGCAUAAUGAAUUUUGUUACUUGUAUGUAUUUUAUGCAGUUAAUGUGUACAAGGCAUAAGGAACAAACUCAAAAUCACAUGCUGAUAAAUAUUUAAGAUCUGGUUAGCCUGAGAUUAAUUUACUAAACACAGAGUGGACCCAACAUGGGAUCAUUAUCUCUGCAAUUAUUUAUUCAUUUUACAUAGUGAAAGCUAAAGCAAUAGGCUGUUUGCCCAUUUUGGCCCAAACUGAUUUUUUAGCAAAAUGCUUUUGCAGUUAAUGAAAAGGCAACCACUAUGGAGAUUUCUUGAGGAACCUGAAGUAAUCAAAGGGUGCAAAGCUGUAAACGUGAAUGAAUCACCUAUGAGAUUAUUUUGCUGUUUUCAAUGGUUUCUAUGGUGAUGUUCCAACUUUUAGAACUUUGCAUCACUUUUUUUCACUUUUUAAGUGUUCAGCUCCCGAUCACAGUUCAACAAGGCAAUAAGGAUAUUUGUAUGAAAACCUAGGUUAAGAAUGAACUACUGUGAAUGAAUGCACCAUACACACACAACCAGCCCAAAAUAUAAUAUAUAUAUAUUUCCAGAAUAAAGUGGAUGGCUUCUCUUAGGACUUUGCCCACAUUCCCAAAUAAAAUGCUGAUAAAAGGAGAAAAAAUGUUAGAAAUACAAAAUGAACACAAAAAAACACAUAGUGUAACACACACAAUAAAAUACAAUAUUGUAUUGCUUCUGAUUUAUUGGACUAAUGUAAUAUUUCAAAGACACGCUUUCGAGAGAAUUCCUCUCUUCCUCAGGAAAACUCUUGAAAGCUUGUCUUUGAAAUAUUAUGUUGGUCUAAUAAAAAAGGUAUGAUAUACGGCUACUCUAAUCUACACUUCUGAUUUUAUUACAUAUCCUUCGGCCUACCUUCGGCCAAGAUCCUUGAACAGAGGUUGAAGUACAUCACACUGACAGAUUUAUUCACAAUUAAAAGUGAAUUUUAAAUUAAUACAUAGUAGGGAAAAUAUUCUAAGUCAACUUUGCCUUCAGUUCAGCAAGUUUAAGCUAAAAUGUGAAAUUCUCCUUGAAUUAGAAUUCUCACUGCGUGAAUAACCCUGUGAGUACAUACAAGGCUAUUGUUUAUUGUUUGUGAGUGCAAUAAUUAUUAUUAAGGUUUGUAAUUGUGUUACACCUGUGUUAUUUUGAAUUCCUUUUGGACUGUCAGUGUCUCUGCUUUGUUAAGGAAAGAAAACCACUAAAUUCACAUUCUGCCUUUUCAGACAAUUUUAUUCUAUAGUUAAACUAGUUUUUCUUACAUUUAAUAAAUCAAGAUUUUUUUUCAGUUUAUCAGUACAUGAGUAUAAUUCCACAAAAUCUGUAAGUUUGCAGUUUUCCACCUCCUACUAAUGCUUCAUCUACCGAGGACCACAGUUCCUGCUAUGCUUUGAGAGCCAGAGGUCACCUUUUUGUGGCAAGCCCUGUUUUUAAUAGAAUUAAUACUUCAGCAAUUGCUCAUGGUAAAUUAUAGUUUCAUUUCAAUUACUCGUAUGUUGUUUACAAAGAAUGGCCAUUAGAUGGCACCAUUACACAGCAAUUAGACUUGGUGCACAUGUAUAGCUUGGUUUUCAUUUUAGAGACUAUUUCACAUAUAUUGAACAUAGGUGCAUUUCAUGUUAUAAUUCAUGAGUUUUUCAAAAUCCUGCAUCACUGCAUACACUUUGCUCUUCUGUAUUCUCUCAGGUUUGUUAUAUUGUUGAUUAUGUUUAUGCAGUUUCAGACACAUUUGCUUUAGUAAUUAUUAUUAUUUUUAUUUUUUUUAGCAAAUGCACUUAUUUUUUUUAGGAAAUCUGUAGGGAGGUUGUGUGAAUCUCAAAAGGGGCUAUGGCUAGUGCUGGAUAAGCAAAGUGAUUUAUCCUUUAAAUGGCUGAAAAUUGAACAGUGAGAUGGGCAGGGUCUGUAAACCAAAACCGCAUCAUUAAGCUAAAUAAUGGGGGACGGACAGAUAACUGUCCACCCCCUGCCCUCACCUAUGGUCAGCAGGUGGGGGCUAAUAUCAGGGGGAUAAUCUAGUUUCUUCCCCCACUCCCUACCUUUAGGCAGUGGUUGUGGGGCCUAAUUAUAAUAUUCACUGGGAAGAACCUAUUGGCAUGUAUAAUUGUGGCCUUCACUGCUACCAGGGGAGGACACUAGGUGUGGGCCAGGGGAGGACACUAGGCUCUCACCCCUUUUCUUUUUUAAAUAGCCCCCAUACACUGAUAUUUAAAAAUCCACCGUACAUAAAAUAUUCUAAAAUCCACUGUAAAAUACCCAUACACUGAUAUUUUAAAAUCCACCAUACGAUGCCCACAGGGUAUGUUAUUUAUUCAGUGGGGAUGGUGCCAAAAGUUCAGUAGGUAUGCCACCACCUGCCACAUGGCAGGUGGGGGCAUAACAACAUUUUAAACCUCCCUUAUUGUAAUAUGGUGCUCUUACUGAUCCCCAUAGGUUUUUAUUGAUUAAUUUUAACAUUUUUAAUGUGGUGGCUGACUAGCAAGUGCCACAUAAUUAACCCUUGUACCGCUGAGGGUUAUUAACCAGUUUAGGUUUAGCCCUGGUUGUUAGUGCUGCCAGUGGACAAACAGCUCAGGUUUUUUUUUUGGUUCUUUUUUUAAAUCCGGGCCCAGAUUUGAAGCAUUCAUGUCUGCUUUUCAUCUAUCUGCCAACGUCUGGUCUGACUAAAAUCUUAACCUCAAUUCAGGCCAGUUGAAAGCCUGAAUUGCAAAAUCUGGACAUUAUUUGUUAGUGUGAAUAAUGUUCUGAUUUUUCAAUCAGAAUGGCCCUGUAUGCAGCUUGACUGUCUUGCCCUAUUUGGUACAUGGCUAUUUGAACUUUGAUAAAUAACCCCUAUAGAUAUUUCUAUUAUUCCCCUUACAAUAAGUAAUAAUUAUCAUUACAGUUAUGUUAACGAUCAAUCAUUAUUCAAAUAACUGAGAUUGAGAUGUUUCAUAAAUGUAUGUUUAUUUUAUUUUUGCAGCUUACAUUCCUACUCCCAUCUACUUCGGGGCUGUUAUUGAUACAACUUGCAUGCUUUGGCAGCAGGAUUGUGGAGUUCAAGGCUCUUGCUGGGAAUACAACGUGACAUCAUUUCGUUUUGUUUAUUUUGGACUGGCAGCUGGUCUGAAAUUCUUAGGAUUCAUUUUUAUAUUUUUGGCUUGGUAUUCCAUAAAACACAAAGAAGAUCAGUUGCAGAGGAGGCGGUGGAGAAUGUCUCCAAUAAGCACAGUCAGCGAGAUGGUUGGGAAUACAAGAGCUGAGCCAAAUUAUGCACGAACUAGAUCUUGUCCUGCCUUCGGUGGUCGAAAAGAACACAAUGAAAAUACAAACCUCGAUGGAGGAAUCCAGCAUGUAGCACAAACCUAUCCUGGGCCCUUUCUGGAAGCAAUAAAUACAUCCUUUGAAAAUUCUCAAGAAGAAACACCGGCCGACACAUAA